AUGCCAGCCCUGUGGAUCCUAACUUUGGCGAUCACUUUAAACCAAGGUAAGAGAUGUUUGAGAAAGUUUUCUCUCUUUUUCUUUCAUUCCUCCUCUUCUUCUCCAGCCUCUCUCUGUGUCUGUGUGCUCUCUCUCCCUCUCUCUCUCUCUCUUUCUCUCCGUGGGUGUCUUUCUGUCUGCUCUGGCGCUGCAUGUGUUCGCGCGUCUGUAUGUCUGGCACUGCGCGCGCGCGUGUAAAUGUGUUAUGUUGUUAUAGAUUUGUGCUGCCGUGGACAUCAUCAUUACAGCCCGCAGGCGCUGGAGGGGAGAAAGAGUCACGGGGGGGUUUUGAGGGUCCGCGCUCUGCUGGGGGAGAAAUGAGAUUUGGAGCGCGGACACAAACGCUGCGUUCAUUUUUCUUCAAUUACACGAGAGAGAGAGAUGUGCGGCAUCUGCACGCGACAUUGCUUUGACGUGACCUUUGAAACGCACGAGGAGACAGAUUCGCUUGACACAAACAAACGCGGCGUGGGUCAGCUGGAGACGUGAGGGGAACGCACACACGGACUGCGCAGAGCUGCCAACGCGGGGAUGAUUGAUGAGGCGCGGAUCCGGCGCACAGUCUGGCUUUAACAUGAGUCACACAAGAUCAAUUUCCAACACGCACGCGCCGGGCACGUGCAUCCCUCCGAGCUCGGUGCGCGCGUUUCCAAGAAAGAGAGUGGAGAGUUGAGAGGAGCGCAAAGUGUCCCUCGAGACUGAAAGAAAGUGUGUGUGUGUGUGUGCGCGUGUGUGUGUGUGAAAGCGAGAGUGAGAGAUAAUACAGACCCUCCUCCCCCCUCCUCCUCCUCUUAGCAUGCAGGUAGAGUCUGGCGUGCUCGUGCCCGUGCGCGCGGCCGCGCUGCAAACGUGCAGGUGCCAAAAAAAAUUCAUAUUUUACUGUAAAGACGGAGACAUAUUCAGUGGACUGAAGGAGAGCCCCAUUACUAAUAUUAAUGUCCCUCUUUAUCGAUCACCUUGAUAGAUUGCCCCCGCUCCUUCUCCUUCACACACACACACACACACACACACACACACACACACACACACACACACACACACACAGACACACACUCUUCAGAGGGAGACAGGAUGAGUGUGUGUUGUGUUUGAGGGCAGUCACGGCUCCAAAGGCAGAGGUGAUUAAUUGAGGUGGCCUGAUGUGAGCAGUUCAGUUGUGCAUGUGUGUGUGUGUGUGUGUGUCUAUGUGUGUGUGUGUGUGUGUGUGUGUGUGUGUACCUGCCUCAGCACCUGGGUCCCCAGUGCCGCAGGCCGCCAGUGUGAUGAGCCACAGACGGUGAUGUGCACAGACAGACAGACAGACAGAGGAGCUCCCAGGCUGCAGCAGCAGCAGCAGAGGAGGAGGAGGAGGAGGAGGAGGAGGCGAUUAUCAUGAGGAGGAACAUGUGGAGGAAAAAUCAACACAAGACGACGAGUCUCUUUGGUCUUCUGAUGAGGAUAUAAUGGAAUAAAUCAGAUCAGAUCAAUGAUAAAUCCACGGCAAUCAAUCAAUAAUCCGAGGGGCUUAGAUUAAUUAGGGCUAAAGAUAGGAGAGCUUCGGCUGAAGUGGAUGAAAGAGACGAGAGAAGAAGAAGAGAGUUAAUCAGAUCAGGAGAGUUUGAUUAUCGGAGCUGAAGAGAAUCAAACAGAACAAAGACGGGAAGAGAAGAAGAGGAGAAGAAGAAGAGAAGAAGAGAACAGAGAGGAGAUCAUAAAGAGCUCAUGAAGGAAUCAGAGCUGAACAGAACCAAACGAGAGGAGCAGCAGAGUGGAUCAGAACAACAGAGAUCAGGUCAGGAAAUGAGCAGCAGAGAACCACGAGACUGUGAAAUAACUCACUGAUCACGCUCUCGAACAUCUGUGAUCAGAAACUGGGGAACAAGUAUUGAUCAGAGAAUCAGGUUCAUGCUAGAUCCAGAUUAUGAGGCUCAGAAGUCCAGGAUCUGCUCUGAAACUCUUAUUUUAUGAGUCAAUAAACGCAGAUAAAUGAAGAAUUGGACACAGAGUUUGAAACUGCAGAAAUGUAGUUGACGAUCCAGCUGGUUGUGGCUUUUUUUUUCACCGACAUGAACAAGGAUGUUCGAGUAAUUUAACGGCGAGGUGAAAAUCUGACAUCCUGACAGCCUGAGCGGAAACUUUAAAAACUAAACAGAAACAGGUCCAACAGGAAAAUGUGGGAAAAACUGAAACUGAACGUCCGCUUGUCGAUUCCCCUGAGCUGGAGCAGGAAUUCGUCACUCAACAGGCCGCUGUGACAUAAUAACCUUCUCCACUUCUGCCCCGUAUCUGAAUGUGGAAGAUAAAGGUGGGGUAGUCAGGAUCUGAGGAAGUGACAAUUUUUAGGAGAAAUCUUGAAUGUAAACUCGACCCCUCCAAACCAGUUUUCCCCUCAGCUCCUCCUCCCCUCAUGCCCCGCCCACAAACAGACGCUCCUGCUCGCUCGUAUUGGUGCAUUGGUGCUACUGUAGAUGCCAACAGACGACCAGCAAACACAAUGUUUGCAGGACUUCUACAACGAGGAUAAAGUGACAUAGUCCAGGACCCGAGGUCAACAGUUUAGCGAUGGCGCUACAACACGCUACAGCAGGUCCGUUUGACAAGAAACACUUCUGUUACAGACACUUGUCUUACUUUGUUAAAGCGGUUUACCUGUCCAGCAGAAAGGUUACAGGGUCACCAAGAUCCCGAGGCGUCCCCCAUCAUUGUUGACCCGGCUGUUUAGCUCUUGUCCGGUCUACCUCCAUUUUAAGCGCCCGUUAUUCCUCCAGAGUCUCCGGUAUUUACUUUGUUUUCUUGCUUGUGUCGACAGUCGAGGCCAAAGGAGGAUUCAGACAAUUUUCCGAACUUUCUUACUGGUUUCUACUGUCCGAUAUUGUAGCACGCUAACUUUGUUUGGGCUCCUGAACGACACAGGGAGCAGCGUCCACCUGUAACUAAUCAGGAUGGGGGAGGCGGAGAACGGCUUUGUUUACAGUCAGAAAGAGCGGAGUGCUCUGAAAUUUUAACAUGUUGACUACAGAGACAUGACAAAACACAGCAAUAUCGUGAUAUUCCCAAAUGUCAUCAAUAAGUAAUAGCGAAAGACUGAUAUUAAAAUCUUUUUUGUUUGUACACCACAAAAAAAGAUGCUUCUUUAAGGGAUUCCUGCCUACCCCACCUUUAAGAAUAAGAACAAGAAUAAGAAGAACUUUAUUGAUCCCCAAAGGGAAAUUCAGUUGUCUGUCGUCUCAUUUGUCAUGUCUAAACUGUUGUGAAGUUCUUUAGAAUAGUCUCCACCUUCCUCGGUGUAGAUCUCUCCACCACAUCCUCCACUGAGUCCAGCUUGAGUCCAAAAACAGAGCCAGCCUUUUUCACCAGUUUGUUCAGACGUCUUCCAUCUUUGUGUUUGAUGCAAAAAAGACGCAAGACGUCUGAACAAAGAACGGCUCUUUGGUUGGAUUGAAGCUGGGUGUCACCUGCUCGAGGGUGAAACACAUAAUGCACGGUCAGGUGUGUGUGUGGUUACGUUUAGGACGUAGGCAGAUGUGUGUGUGUGUGUGCAUGAGGUUAGACUGCAGGAGAGAAAGGAGAACAGAAGGAGAAGAGAGGAGGAGAAGUCAGCUUUAAGUCUGUAAAUGUGAUCAGAGUGGACCCGUCCCCUCUUCACAGCAGCUGCACUCUAAUGUUCGGACUCUUCCAGGUGUCUGACAGCUCUGACCGUCUCUCUCUGAGCGGCCCGGUUUAUCCUCCAGUCCACUGCUGCCCCCCCGGCUCUAAAACGCAGGCCAAGAACAUCUCUGUGUGGUUGACCGCGUGUCUGCGGGCCUCUGUAAUUACAGCGCUCGGCCCUGUCGGUGUAAAUGUGUUGGUGUAGCGUGUUGUGGCUGUGAUCCGACACUGUGCUGCCAGCAGCAGCAGCAGCGCCGCUCUGGCCACAGGCGAGGAAAGCCAGUUUUCUCCGAGUCGAUUCUUGAACAGCACUUUAGCUGGAGCUGAACAUUUUUGCAGCCUGAUCAUGCAAGCAAAGCAAGUAAAGCAAUUCUCGCUCUGCAAGCACCUGUCCCGUCUCCCUCCUCUCUCCCUCUUUCACACACACACACGAACGCACACACACACACACACGCACAGAGUUUCUUCUUCUUCUCCCCCUCCUCCUCGCACUCCUCUCCCAUCACAAGAAUAGAACCGAGGCGCAGAUGUAAAGAGACAGGCCAAAAGACAGAGAGAUGGAGGCAGAGAGAGACGAAGAGAGGAAGAGACAGCGGGGUUCAGUCCUAAUCUGUUGACAAGAGAGGAUGUUUGAGGAUAAACAGAGGCUGAGCACGACCGCUCAAAGAGCCGACACAGAGAGGAAGAGACGGCCUGAUUGGCGCGGGUCUCUUUUCUAACAGCAGCCCAGCUGGACCGUCAAUGUUUGAUGGUUUACAUCGGCGCAGGUUUACACAAACGUGGGCCUCGGGGAGCAUCCAGGGAUUGUCAGAAAGGUCUCUCUGGAUGGAUCUCCAAAUGGAAAGUCAGAUGGACUUCUUCAGAUUCUCCUCCAGGUUAAACACGUCCGAGAAUCUGAGGGACUUUUUGUUGACCUGAAUAACCGAGAGUCUACCCAAAGCCCAGAAAUAGAUCACUCCUCUUGCUGUAUGUGAUCGUUUUCCAUCAUUAGUUUCAAGCUGCUUCUCCGCCCUCAAACAGUCAAACAGUUGUGUAAUUCCUUUCUGAAUCAUCAACAACAAAAAUACUCUCAGAUGCAGGUUUGAAGGUUAAAUCUGAACGUGUUUUUGGCAUUUAAAGCAUGUAAAGAUAAAAGAUACUUGUGCAUGUGUUUUUUAUUUCUUAUAUAACCUAUAAAGUGGGGAAUUUGACAUUAUAUACAAUGGUUUUUAUUAGGAGCAUCACUGUGUGGAGUGCAUUAGAUAAGAUCAGUUGUAUCAGUUGUAUCAGUUGGUGGUUCUGCAGGGAGAACCAGUUGACUGAACCGACUGUAGACCCUAUAAAAUCCUUAGGGAUCUCGUCCACUGGCUUUUGAAGCAGUUUUGGAGUCCAACAAUGGAGGUUACCAUCAUAGAAAUGAGAGAAAAGUCAAGACGGCCUGUAGUGAUGAGGUUUCUUUUUGCAGUCAAGAACUUCACAUGGGUUUCCUUGGAUUUUUGAGGCACCCUCAGUUCCCUAAAGGAGAUGCAGGACGUUAGCUAACAUCUGGUUGAUAUUAACGGCAUAAACUAGCAUCUAACCUAGGGCUGGGCGAUAAACUGAAAGAUUACCAAUAGCAAAAUUUACAACAAUAACCAACGUCAUUUUGGUAGAAAAAGAUGGUAUCAUCUGCAAAGACGUUUAGCCAAAGUUAUAUGUGCCAGUCAUACAGAAGCGAGCAGACACUGCAGGUGGGUUUACUCAUGUUAGUCAGGUAUACGUUACAAAAAUCUCCAUGGCAACUGUUGGGAGGACCUUGUCUAGAAGUCAAUGUCUAUUUGUAGACGAUUUAACUUUUUAUUGUUGGCUCAUGUUUCACCAGGAUACUACCUUCGAUCAACACGUAUUUACACACAUAUUCACAGCGAUUCUCAAACCGUAUGUUUUAAUUGUUGCGAUGAAGUGAUUGUGAAUAGUGAGCAGGAUUUUAACUUAGGGUGACCGUGAUCUGAAUCCCUAAAAAAAGGACACGACUACGCAGGGGUGGAGUCACCGAGGAAAGUUAAUUUUGAGAGUUUUUCGGGUCGAACGAGUGGUUUUUACAAAACCCCGGACAUUUGAAGGAUUUUAUAAACUUCCCCGGACAAAGCCAUACAGGCCGGACAGCCCCCUAAAAAAGAAGACAUGUCCGGGUAAAAGAAGACGUAUGGUGACCCCAAUAAACUAAGAAAACUGGACACAACACGUGAAUCAACUUUGGGCUCUUUUUGCUUUUAUAGUCAGAGUUGUGGAUCCUGAGUGUCGACUGUUUUUGGACCUCUUUGUUGACGUCCAUGAAGUGCAAUAAUCACAAGUUCUAUACAAGAGAUUAAAAGUCUUUGCAUGGACAGGAUUCGACUCGAGGAAGUGCCAUCACAUCGCUCAUUUCUGCACCAAAAUUCAUACGGCAGAAUUUCUUGGACACAUCUUUGGGUGUCGGACAUCCAGACCUGAUUUUGACCAAAUUCUGACCCUGUUAUCUCUGAGGACAUUUGCGACCCUCUUAUAUUCAUUGGUGUAUUCUCAAAAAAAGGAAAUCUGAGCUUGAUGAAAUCACUGCACACAAAAAACAAAGUGAACUCGGGGCCUCUGGAUCUCGUGAUGGACUGACCUUGUCUGCGGCGUGUUUACAAACCCGUUCAGUUUGAAAGAUUGAGGAGAUUUAAAACUGCGGGGAGAGAAAGAAACCCAUCAUCGCUCUGAACAUGUUGUUCUUCUUGGCGUAUUUUAUUACCGCUGAUGAGCCCCGCUCGCAUGAGCAGCGUCUGUGUGAGUCAUACCCCUAACCUUGCGUCGGUGCCACACCGCGCUGAUCGUGCCGUACGAGCGAACAUGAAAGGUUGACUGACUCCGUCGCUCUAAUUGGAUGGUGGAGAAAAUCCGCUUCUAUCGGAAACACCGCUCUCUCAAAUGAGGAUAAUUAAAAAUGACAUGACGAGCCUUGUUUAAGAGCAGAGCGUAGGUUCAAACAACGCGGUGGCAGCUGAAUCCAGUGUGUGUGUGUGUGUGUGUGGGCCUCCUCGUUGUACAUCCCCACAGUACCUGACAGAUCUGAUCCCCUUAUGGCCCGGGAAGGAAAAUCCGAGGUGACAAGUAACGGCAAUUAAAAGAAAUAAAUAAAGUAACCGCCACGAUCAGACGCUGCUUAAUUCACUACGAUGCCUCUAUAAUCUAGUAAUCUGUGAAAAUGACAUCGACAAUUCCCUCCUCCCUCCUCUGCAGGGGCCGAUGUGCAUUUUUAAAGUGUGUGUGUGUGUGUGUGUGUGUGUGUGUAGGGGGGAUACUGAGUUGAGCGUCGACUGGUAUUAGGACUGACACCUGUCAAUCAGGAGGAAAAAAGGGAAGAGGAGGAGGAGGAGAUGCUGAGAGCAAGAGCAGAAAGAGAAAUGGGGUUAGGGAGCUAGGGGCCAAAAAAGUGGAUGAGAAGAUGAGAAAGAAAGGAAAAGGAUGAAGAGCAAAGAGUGGAAAAUUUCAGAAUGUUUAAGGAGGAAUGAAAGAGUCCAGGAAGAAACAAAAAGGGCGCUCAGAGGAGGAGAAAAAAGAAGAGAGAAACGUUUAAGAGAAAGAGAAGAAGAAAGAUGAGAGAUUAGAUAUGUAGAGUGUGAAGAUUGAUGAAGAUGAGGAGACGUUUUCAACCGGAGAGGAGAAGAGAAGUGAAGGGAGAGGAGACAACAGGAGAGGGUGAUCAGAUGGGAAAUAUCAUGAUGAUGAGAUAAUCACUUCAACCUUUAUUGACCUUGACGAGUCGAGGGAGUCACGUCCAGACGGACACCAGCGAAACGACAUGAAGAGCUCAGACCAGCAGAACAAACCAGAUCUGGUUUUAAAGAGGUCUGAGGGUCUGAUGAGUUACCAGGAGUCCUUUCCAGGCGUCUCAUUGGCUGCUCUGACCGCGGGCUCGUAUUGUUCGACAAGGUGCUCGUGUUGCUGCUCCAGCCAGCCAAUCAGAAACCAGAUAAGGGGAGGGCUGGUCACCCAGGUAACCGGGGAAAUAGAUGCUUGUUAGACGACCAGAAAUGCUGCACUCACUCUGAAAUAAGAGAAUCAGUACAGAAGAAGAAGUAAUGUGUGUUAGUAAAGCAGAGGGACAGAGCGAGCAGAGAGGCUGUUUCAGGAACCAACAUUAACCUGCCGAGGUAAACGAAGGAGAAACUUAAGGAAGGAGGAAAGGAGGAGACAGGAAAGAGAGGAUGAGGAUGGAGGAAAAGGAGAGGAAGCAAAGGAGGAGGCGGAGGAGGAGGGGAGCGAGAUUGCAGAGCUCUGAUUUAUCGUUUGGAGAAGCAAAGGAGCAGGAAAGAAGAGAAGGAGAUAAAGACGGAGGAGAAAAGAGGAGGAGAUAAGAGAUGAAGAUAGAGGAUAAGGGGGAAAAGAGAAGAAGAAGGGAGAAGAUGAAUGAUUGGAAAAGAGGGAGAGAAGGUGGAGGAAAGAGGAGGAGGCGAAGGUGGAUGUUGGAUUUAUUAUUUGGCAGAGGCUGGAGGGAAAGAUAAAGGAGAUGAUCAUGAGAAGAAGAGGAGGAGGAGGGAGAGAGAGAGAGAGAGUGGAGGAAAGGAAAAACGGGGAAAAGAGGAAGUAAAGAAGGAGAAGAACAAGGUUACGGAGAUCAGAUUUGUGUUUGGCAAAGGGAUGAAGGAGGGAAAACGAGAGAGGAGAGAAGAGAGCGAGAACAAGGAGCGAUUUAGAGGAGGAAGACAACAGAGCUCAGCUUUGUGUUAUGGCAGAGCAGGAUGAGAGUUUGGAGGAGGAGGAGGAGGAGAAGGGUUGAGGAGCAGUUGAAUCACCAAUAAAAGGAGAGAAGAAGAAGAAGAAGAAGAAGGGAGGGAUGGAUGCAGGAGUGUGGGUGAGGGCAGGGAGGAGGAGAGGGAGCAGAGAUUUAUGUUUGGAGCGGGAGCAGAGGGAAACAGCCAGGCCUAUUAUAGAUGAGGCUCUCCUGGGAGAGCAGGGCCUGGAGUUUUCCAGGCAUUUCCAGCAUAUUUCACUGCUGUUCCAGGCGGCACGCUGCACUGCACAAAGCCCCGCCCCCCCUCCACCAGAGUCCUCAGCCCUGCGAGGAUAAAUAAAGUGGGUCUCCGUUUGCGGCAUGCAUGAGUAUUCAAUAAAAGUGAUAAAAGGCUGGAAGUAACCCCUCUUUGCUUUUUUGGAUGAGAAAGUGAGAACCCGAGCUGCCCCCUCCUCAUCCUCGGCGGAGAUGCUUUCAAAGAAACGCGGACAUCAAGCUUAAAAGCAGCAAACGCAUAAAAGUGCUUCCUUUAUACGAGGAAAAAUGUCAACAAAAAGGGCUGCGAGAUCAAAUAAGCUGAGUGUGGAGGUAGUUUAUGUUUCUGCCUCUCUCUCUCUUUCUCUCUCUCUCUCAGUUUCUUUGUCUGCCUGUGUUUUCCUCUCCCUCGCUCGCCCGCUGUCUGAGAGUCUGGUGUGUGGAGGUGAGAGAGAACAAUUGAAUGGGCCUCCCACAUAAAAUCCAUUCAGAGACAUCUUGAGGAUUAAGAAUGAGAAAUUGUCCGGCGCGGUGAAUUAAAUCAAUCUGAUCCAUUACAAGAUCACAAUCACGAGGUUUUCCCCUUUUGUCUUUGCCGUGGAUUAAACAUGCUGAUGGAGGACUCUGGGUGGGUGUGCGGAGGUGGGUGUGUUGGACCUGCUCCGUACACCAUCCUCUAUAAUGCUCCCUCCUGUGUCAUCCAGGAAACAAUUAGAUCCUUACUUGACUGACGGAUUAUCCAAUUACGGCUCUGUCAGAUCUGUCUGAGAGAUUGUGAAGAGCUGAGGCGUCUCACGUCUUCAUCUCGGGUGUAUGAUUGAGGGUCUUCGUGGUCGUGGUGGUGUAUCUUAGGGGGUAAGUGGACCACAGAGCUGCAACACUGAGGUGUUUUUUUUUUUUUGCACUGGUAUCGCCCACGACCUCGAUUUCAGAGCGCUCCUUGCUGGCGUUUACAGUUGCUAGGUUACCAAAGUUGUCCCAUGGCACUUCCACUUCCCAUAGUGGUGACCAUCAAGUCUGAAAAUCUCUGUUCGCUCCAUAUUUGCUUUUCGUUUAAUACAAAUAAACAGCUGAUACGAAUCGUGUUGCAGCUCCAGACCUGGAAAUUGUACCAAACAUGGUAAGGCUGGGCGAUACGGCCUCAAAUCAAUAUCACAAUAUAUUGAUCAGUUCACCUCGAUAAAGAUAAAUGGAUGAUAACUUCUCCACAAGCUGCUCACCCCCUCCAACAUUAACUUCGUCUACUUCAGUCGCUCCAACUUUUGAACCGUCCUCCAUCUCCUCACCUGUCUUUCCCUCUUUGUUACGGACUGGAUGGGGUGGAGUCACGUCUCUGACGUAGGACAGCGUCUUAAAGGGACAUGAGACCAUAGCCUACCUACACACAUCCAAAACCAACUUUGAUUGAUUAAUUUAUUUUUCUGACACCGAAUAUACCGAUAUGGGCAAAAUGACGUCAAAUUUCUGUAUCAGUAAAUUCUUCAGUUUAUCGCCCAGCCCUAAAACAUGGUCACGCUCUCUUUAUCUCAUGGAUGUCCACCAUUGUUGCUGACAAUUACAUCAUCAAGUUCUGUCCCGCCUCUUCUAGAUUUUGAUCAGACGUUAUGGUUUCUGAUUUUCUUUGUGUCCAAGACUGUAAACGUUACACACUGAGCAUUUACAUCACUUGGCAACCUGCAGCUGUUUGAUAGUUGGUGUCACUGUAUCUCAAUAUGCUGACGAUACAGCGGUUUAUAUCCCCUAAUAACUUUCUCAUUCACAUAGCUCACAUGCAGCCGAUGUUAUCCCUAACUUUUAUUUUAGCAAAAGUUCACUGUAUUUCUGAUACAGAGCAUUGCUAAUUGCAUCAUUCACCAAAUAACUGGACAUUGUCAAGGUUAGGGCUCAUGUGGAGUGCAGUCAUGGUAAGGUGACCAGAUAUCCCUGAUUUCCAGGGACAGUCCCCGUAUUGGAUGACCUGUCCCCGGCUAAAGCUGCCCCUGGAAAUGUCCCCGAUUUUCAGUGUUUCAUGAAUGCGAACAAAAAUGUUGCGUGUAGACUAGAACAAUGGGUAUUAUGGUGGCCGAGUAGGUAGGAAGCACGAGUAUGCAUGUUGUGCGCAGUCCUGAACAACAAUUCUUACAGAGGGUAUGCGCUGCUACUAAGUAGUACCGAGAUGUCUGUGAUCAUGAAACCCAUGCCAUCCCCCAUUUUGGACGUCUCCGGAUGUCAUUACAGAAAUCUGGUCACCUUAUGUCAUGGUGUAGUUUUCAUGUUUGUGACUUAUACAGCUGAUACAGAGUGAACGCAGCCUUAAGUUUAUUAUUUUUGAGGCUUGUGGGAAAAAUUGAAUCAGAUAGGUCGAUCACACCUGCAUUUCGAACUCUACUGUCCAUUGAUAUGCACGCCAAAGAAUCAAGCUGUUCGAGGUAGUCAUUAGGAUACAGUCUGCUGUGGAUGGUACUGAACCAUACAGUACUGAUCCGGUGGAACUUCUAAGUCUCAUGUCUCUUCCUUAUGAGUGAGGACAAAGUCCUGAAAGGUUCUGAAAAUUGCCACUAAUUUUGGGUUUGAGGUUUUAAAGCCUCUCUUCAUGUGCACUCUCUAAAUUUUCAGGCCUUUUCAGGAGAAAAAAGCUUUUCAACCCCAUUUUCAAUCAUUCCUGAUCCUUGGCCUUCACAAAUUUCUACCAGACGGUUUAAAUACUCGGUGGUUUAUUAAGGAAAGCAGAGAAUUUUAAUUAUAAUCAGUUUAAAUGGUUUUGUUCUAAUUACCUAGGACUUGUGUAGUCUUUCUUUGCUGCGCACGUAAAAUUAACUUUGAACCCGCCCAGGUCGGUCGUAUUCAGAGUCCUCAGUCCACCAUGGCGGUCUUGGUCGCUCUUUUUGUGCUAAAUGAAGAUAAAAUGUUCGAUUUAAAGCCAAAAUAAGAGCAGUCAGUGUUUCAGCUGCUGUGUAUAUCAACCUAUUUCCAGUCCUUCCUCUUAACCUUAUCGGACUAAUUCUAUUAAGACAGCGUAUCUUAGUCAAACUGAAGCUGCUGCUAAAGGAAAAGUUCGUAAUAUUUAACACUUUUCUGAAACCCAAUGUGCCACAAUCUCGAUCUUGAUUUCUCGGGCCCUACAGACCCAGUUCCCACCGGCUCCUCUUUUACUUAAUUCAACAUUUAGCGCCCUCCGAUCUCCCCCACAGAGGCUUUUCCAAACUUAUUCCCCCUUAUCUCAAACCCUACCCGUGUAACCAAAUGAUUUUAUUGCGUGGGCACCAAGACUUUUUUUUUUUUUCUUUUUUUGAAGUCUGGAUAUAUCCUCCAUCUUUUUUAUUUCUUCUCCUUUGGUGGAUUUUAAACGGUGAUAAAAGAAGCAGCAGCGAUUUAAAGAUGGAGAUGGACAACAUGAUUACGGAUGAUGAAAGCCGGUAUCCAUCACCACCCACUCUGUUUGUGUUUCCGUCCUCCCUCGCUCCGUCUAUCUGCCUGUUCCUCCUCUCUCCCCUCUUAUGUUUUAAUGUAAGUCGAUAACUAUCAGGAACUGAUAACACCCGGGGCUGCGCUCGGCUAGGCGAGGCUCGAUGAGGCGAGGAGAAGGGAAGGCGAGGAGCAGGGGUGGGUGAGGUGGUUAGGGCGGCGGGGGUGACAGUAUCUCUCCUCAGUGAAGCCUGAUAUGCUCGGGUGCGUGCGAGAUAAGCGAGCAGCUCUCAGCGGUGGCGGUGACGUCACGCCGCUUGUCUCGCUCUCCUGUGGCGGUAAAUUACCUCACAGCUACACAGGUGAAGAUUAUGUCAGAGUGAGAUUUGUCAUUGUUCUGGAGAGCAGAUUACACUGUCUGAGUGUGAGUGUGUGUACCUGUGUGUGUGUGUGUGUGUGUGUGUGUUUCACAGAGUUUGACUUCAGUCUGUGAGAUAGCUGCUUCGUGAAGUGUUCGUAUUGUUAGCGACAAAACUUCUUUUUACAGACGACGUUCUGACUCUUCAACAUUAACGAUGACAUUAAACUUCGCAUUCAAGAAUCACAGCGCGGCAUUGUGACAGUGAUCCCAGGCGUACUACUAAAGUAAGACUUUGACACUGUUAUUAUGAACAUCUUCUUCUUCUCUGACAUGUCAAGAUGCACUUGUUGAACUGCAGUCAGACUUGUUGUACGAAUGUGUCGGACCUUCGAGUGCCUUUCCUCGCCUUUCUGCAGGAAUCUCGUCCUCUUUCACACAUGCACUCCUGCAAAAUUCUUGAAAUUUUCAGGACAGUGUGCAGCCAAAAUCUGAGGCAGGUUGGGUAUGAUGCUAAAAGGAGUCAUGGCGUGAGAUGUUGGCAAGAUAUCCAAGAUAAAGAGGUGGAAAUUUGAUCAUUUAUUUAACCUUUAUUUUGCCAGGUUAUUUCCCUCUGAGAUCAGAGAUUUCCUGACCCUGAACUCAGAAUUUAGAUUCAUUCAGGACACACUCGUGGCCUGAAUUGUUGCUGGAUUUAUGCACAGUAUCAACAAAAGAGUGGAGAAGAAAAUACAGAGAAAAUACCUGAUUCGCUUCGUGCACCAUUCAUGUAAACGCCACAUUAAAUGUCCAUCACCCCCUCCACCUUCAUGCCUGUGAUAACUGACAUGUUUAGACAACAGCCUUCCUAAACUGCAUAUAAAGGUUUUUCAGUAAAAAAAAAAAAGUCUGGGUAGUCAGGUUGAAAAAUUAAUCUGGAAAAUUCAGGUAUUUUUCAUGAUUUUUGUGCAUAAAUAAUUAGGAAUAGACCAAUCACAAUGCAGCUAAUUUAGCUGAUUAAUGACAUUUUGACUUUAUGUGCAUCAUAUCAGCGCUGACCCUCAGAAACUGAUAUCUUAAUGAAGUAAAAACACAUUUGUUCAUACAGAAACAACUGCAAAUAAAAUCUAAAACAGUCGCCUGCUAAUGUUUCAUAUUAAUUAUGUUAAGAUGUUCAGAAUAAUGCAGUUUGAUAUAACCUCUGAUCAGUCGUGUUCUUCAUGAAUCUAAAGCUAACCUGUUUAUUUAAAACAUGUGACUAGCCAAGACAAACACCUAUAUUUGGCUUAAUGUGCCCAGAAUAAUAAAUUUAUAUGAGUGUCUUUUUAAAAUCAUAUUUUUAAAAACUUUUACCUUGUACUUUUUUAUCAUUUAAACAAUGUCUGAAAGCUGGACAGAAAUCUAAGUGAUUAUAUAUACUGUCUCCUUUAAAUUAAUUUAAAGCUCCUAUGAGGGAUUUUUUAAAGCUGAAAUUCAUAUUGAUUCAUUUUUUUAAAUAUUUCUAAUCAAUUGUAUUAAUUGUAAUUUUAAACUCUUGAAAUCAAAGCGAGGGGGUAGGUGCCACAUUUUUUGACUGGCAUAUAACAGGAUGAGAUCAUGCAAAUAUCGCUUUGUCCACAGGGGGCGCCAAAUUGAAGUUCCUUAUAGUAGCUUUAAUAAAAUAUUCACUCAAGCUGAGAUUUUUUGUUCUUAUUUUAAAGUAUUGUCGUGGAUAGUGGGGCUGUAAUGCACCAGAGUCAGUUAGAAAUCACAUAAGGACCACUUUAAGGCUGUUAGAUGAACUGUAUUUACAUUUACAUAACAAUAUGAGCAUGUGCACUACAAAUACAAAACCCCUGCCUUUACAGUUUAAUAUACUUUUUAAACACCAACAUCAUGAGGACAAAAGGGACUCAAAAAUCAAAAAUACACACAGGAAAACAAAUUAAAGUUGAUAAUGAAUGUUUUCUGCUCGGUUACAGAAAUAAGGUGUAAGUGUGUGUGAGCAAAAAGAAAGAAAGUGUGGGUCUGUUCCUCAAGAAAAGCACAGUGUGGCUUAUGUGUGUGUGUUUGUGCAGUGUGUGUGUGUGUGUGUGUGUGUGUGUGUGUAGCAGUCUGAGAAGGACCAUUGAAAAAAAGUGUGUGCUGUGCAGCUACGAGAGAUGAAGAAAGAGAAAGCUUGCAGGUUUCUGUGUGUGUGUGUGUGUGUGUGCGAACCCACAAUAUACGGCGAGGGCCAAAGGAAAAUAAAAGAGUAGGUCUGCCUGCUCGAGAUUGAGGCAAAGCGAGAAAGAGAGGGAGAGAGAGAGAAGAGCGGAGAGGAAGAGGGGGAGGGCGAGCGAGAUGGGGCCGGUGAAAGCGAGAGGAAGCGAGGGAGCGAAAAAGCGAGCGCGCUGGGAAGAGUGAGAGAAAAAGAUAAUUUCUUCGCUCUUCUUUUAAAUAAGUGUGUUUCUAUAGCAACCAUUCCAACCAGCCACUGGAGAGAGAGAGAGAGAGAGAGAGAGAGAGAGAGGAGGGGAAAGUGGGGGUGCACCAGAGAGGGAGAGUUACCAUAGCAACGGAGGAAGAGGGAGAAAAGGGACUUGGAGAAAGUUAAAAAAAAAAAAACAUAUAGGGAGAAAAAGUAAGCGGGGAGAUAAGAAAAGGAAAGAGUGAAUUUACAGAGCUGCGGUGAAGGGUAAUCGGGCAGGAGAAAGUUAAUUAAAAGAUUUCAUUAAAGGCUCAUUACUCAUUGAAAAAGUGAUUACAUGACUUUACUUAUGGACUGAGAGAAGUGGGAGGAUUCGAUUUGCACAAGGAGGGAUCUUUGUCUUAAAUAAAGCCUUUUUUUCUUUUAGAGCGAAAACACUGUGAGGAGGAGAGAUUAGAGGACGGGGACGGAUAAGAGUAUCAGGUUAGAGAGAAAAAAUGAGAAUUACUCAACGGUGAGGAGCUCCUGAGUGGGUUGUUUCUGUGAUUCACAUCUCAACUAUAUUAGCAGACAGGAGACAGUUUUUCCUCUACUAAUUAAACUAAAGUGAAGCCAAAACAGCCCAAUGAUAUUGUGGGAUCAGCUGGAGGUGCGGCUUUGUUGACAUUUUAGUUUUUUAAGUUCUUAAGUUUGACCCAUGCCCCAUCUGUUUACAUGGACUCUAAUAUUUCUGCUUCACUUUUAUGGAGCUGUCAUUUGGUCCAUCUUCCUCUAUAGACUGUAGUUGAAGCUGGGUCAGAACCCACAUGUGAGGAAUAUCAUUAUUAACAGACUGUAUGGAGGUGAGCAUAGCUUUGGUCGAGUGCCUUAAAGCUGCAGUUCCUCUCAUGACCAGCAGGGGGAAACCAAUGGGAAACGGCAUCAACACGUCGUUUAUACCUUGAACUCUUACUUUGUCUCUCAAUAAGAGUUACUUACUUAGACUUAGUUCCUCCUGUUCCUAUUGGAACAUUGGGCGAUGAGUCCCCUCCAUUUGCUCCGGUCCCUAGCAACCCUGACUCCCAUCUCGCUCAGGUCUUCCUUGGCCAUUUGUCUCCAUGUCUUCUUUGGCUUCCCUCUCCUUCUCUUUCCCCCCUCUGGAAUCCAGUCUGUUGCCACACUUGCUGGUCUCUCUCUUGGCAGUCGGAGUCCAUGUCCGGUCAUUUUCUUUCUCCUGUCAGAGACGAUGUCAGACAAGGGUGCUACAUCUGCCCUUCUCAUCACCUCUUCAUUGGUGAUGUGGUCUCUCCAUGAUAUCUUUAGGAUGGAUCUGAGGCACUGUCGAUGGAAGACAUCCAACUUGUUGGUGAUGCUGGCGUAGGUCGCUGUAGGGAUGACCACUGACAUAUAGAGACAUAUAGUGACGACCAGAUGUUCUGGAGUCGUUGGAAGACUCCUGCAGCUUUGUUUUCUGGUCUGUACGUCUUUCUCCUCGUCUCCAGUAUUUGAGAUGUUGCUUCCGAGGUACAGUAUGUGAAGUUCUCGACGCUCUACGUCUUGUUCUCCUAUGGUGAGUGGUGGAAGGUGUUGACAUUGUGUGGCGGUCAUGGCCUCGGUCUUUUCUUGGCUUAUACGUAGACUGACUUUUGCUCCUUGCUCAUGAAGGUUGUUUGUCAAUUCUUGGAGUGCAACGUGGGUAUGGCUAAUAAGCGCCAAAACGUCUGCGAAGUCUAGAUCUGCCUGUCUGCCCCCUCCCCACUUGAUGCCGUGGUUUGCCCCGAUGACAGUUCUCCUCAUCACAAAGUCAAUGACUGUAAUAAAAAGUAAGGGUGACCGGAUGCAACCCUGUCUUACCCCGGUCACGAUGUCAAAGUUAUCAAGAGUUAAGUCUUGCUGAUAUGUCAGUAUGUGAAACACCAGAAACAUCGUACCAGGCGCGACUUGUCUUCGAGAUUUAACUCAAACUGAUGACAACAACAUGAAACUUGGUGUCGUUCAAUAAUUCAGGAGAUGAUUUUGUUUUUGUUUUGAAGUCAGUGCUUUUGAAACGAGUUCUGUAGAAAAAAUGAUUCAUUUUCAGAAAUAAGACACGGGUCUAAAGAGCGACCUGACAAUAACAUCCAAUUAAAGCUCUCCUAACUGUCUCAACUCAUCCUGACCGCAGACCUGUAAGGAUGACACAUCCCUGUUUUGAUAUGAACAUUUAAAACGACAUAAUUGUCGUGUGAUGCCAAACAAUGCAUCCACUAGAGGGCGCCACUCAGAGUUACACCAAAGAAGAAACUCUGAUGGUUUCAGGCGACAAGAGACAAAAUGUGAGGCAGGGAGAGCAUCAGCAAAGACCAGAACUUGGUAUCAGUGAUGGAAGAGCCGGGGGUACAGGUGGAGGUGGGCUACAGAGGACGCGCACGAUUAGGGCAAAGGUCAAAGCAGAUGAAACAGAACAGCCAAUUUUGUAUUUCCCGGCUGGAUGCACUAAAGAUAAUCAGCCUCUCUGCCAGGGCGAGUAAAGGCAGAUGACCCAAAGAUAACUUGAGUUUGUUGAACUUGAUUUGUAGUACAGGCCUCGAGGGAUUCUGGGAUUCUUUGGUUUUGUUUCAAGGAGCAGCAACAAAAACUGAUAAAACCCUUUACAUCAGCCUCUUGGUACGACUCCAAACGAGCUCAGUCAUGCUGAAAUUGUGGAUCAUUUAGAGAAUUAUUUACUGAGAUUCAAUCAUUAUCCCGUACACUUCCCCACAAAAAACAAGCUUUACUUUUUCUCUGCUUUUCUGCUGAGGUAAAAUAAAAAAAAAGAGAGGGUAUAGCUGUAGUGUAUAGAGCUGGCGCAGAGAGAGAGAGAUAUGAGCUGCAGUGAUAAUAGAGGGUAUGGCUGCUGCCUGAUUGUCCAUUCUCAGCUCUUGACCACACAUGACCUCCAUCACUGUGUGGAGAGGGCGAGCGAGCAAUGAGAAAUACCAGGAGGGGAGGGGGAGAGGGAGAGGAUUGAUUGGGAGUCCCAGAGUUCAGACAGCUCCAACCACAGAGGCCUCCAUCUGUUUCCACCUGAAAACACUGACGCUACAAGCUGAUCCAAAAUAAGAGCAGACAGGGGUCGCCGGGGGGAGAGAGUCCAAAUCCUUCAUCCCCCGCCGACUGACGGCGCAGAAAGUUUGGUGUUUGCUGCAGAUUUUCAACAUGUCGGUAACAACGGCUGCGUCGGUCUUGGUGCUUGUUUAGGCAGGCCGCGGAGUCUCAGUCGACCUAUACUGCAUGAGCCGAUUUUAGCCAAGAGAUCAGCUGAUUACCUUUUACAAAAAUCUGAUUGGCAGACGUCAGACUUCUUUUGCACCCCAGCUGUGUCUGGUCUUAGCAUGUGUCAUAGAUGUCUGCUCUGUUUUUACACUGAGCGUCUUUGCUGAUGCUCUCCCUGCCACCGACUUUGUUAUUCCACAUACAUCUCGUCUUGUACACGUCCAGAUUGUAUUUUCUGAAAAUGGCUCUUCAACAUGCUGUCAAUCAUCUGAUAGAGUGUCUCCUCCUUCAGUCAGAAGGUAUGAGGUUCAAACUCAGAUGCAAAGUAUACUUGUGUAACCCCCAAUUUCCACCGCAUCCGGAACGGCUAAGAAAAGCCAUAUCUGCUGAUCGCAGCUGAUUGGAACCACUCAAGCCAAUAUGUCGAUUUACACCGGCUUCUUUCUGUUCCACAGCUGAUCGCAAGAGUUUUUUUCCAGACGCCAGAGCAUGCCAGAUAAAUUCAGCACUGACUAACCCGUGCUGGAAAGGAAGUCGGGCAAAGACACAAAAUAAAACAUCUGGCUUCUUUUCAAAAUAAAACAGGCGGAUCUUAUUUCACACCAUGCAAACAGGCGGAGACGAACAAGUGAAAGGUUUUUCACCCCAAUGACACCAUGGAUGAGGAGAUGCUUAUUUUAGAAGUCUAGAUGUUCCUCUGGAAGGACACAAUAUACUGCUUAUAUGGUUAUGUGGCUGUCUUGAUAGAAACAACUCGUUAUCUCGCGAUUGCAUGUGAAUCUGCAGGUUCUUCUCGCAAAUUACUGCUGUCCGUUAUCCACCACGAAAUUCACCUCACCAACGGAUCCUGUAGGAAUUGGUGGACAGCGAAAAUUGCAGCCGGAGUUAGACACUAAAACCUGGAAAGAUGGACGUGAUCGUCAGUUGUGUUGCUGAUCGUCUUGUUUGCUUUUGAAGGUCAAAGGUCAGUAUGUUUUACAAUCAGUUCCAAGUUUAUAGAAAUGAGAAUAUUGAGCUUCAUAAAGUGGUCAUUCCCACUUUAUGUCGAGGAACAGAUCCUGGUUUGAUUGGCGUCUGAAAAAGUACCUGCUUGUCUGGAAAAGGUGACGAUGAGGUGGGUUUUGACGCCACAAGAAGGUGGACUAACUUAAAAACAUGAACCCAGAUUCAGUAGUUUCAUGUCAGAGUCGAUUCGUGAUAGAUGUCAUUUGUUUAAAUGAUUGACAGCUCCGUACGGAUGCUCUAACGUGAAUCCUCCUUUUCUGAUUCUGCAGUGUUCACUUCUGUUCGCUGAGUACAGCGCUGGAGUAUUAUCAGUGUACACUGAUGCCAUGAAAUACUGAAUCCUUUUCUAUCUGCUGUUCCUUCAAAGAGUUGUAGUCUGCUUUAUGUCGGGGUCAGAGAUCCUUCACUGGUGGUUCAGACGCUGUAGAAAAGUCAGUAUUCAUGUGUUCCUGGAUCCUGAUUCAUGUCAGACCUCACUCACUUCGCCGAGCAGUAAAUGAAGAGCUUUGCAUUAUAACCUCACGAACGGAUGUAAAAGAUUAAAAUGAACAUUUGGGAAACACGAUUGUGCGCUUCGUUGCAGAACAGUCAUGGAAUUUUAUAUGCAUAUUGGAUUUCAGAUUAAGAUCCAGAUUUACUUUCUGUGAAUAUACAUGAUUGAAUUUUUGCAUAUACCCCUGAGUUACAUGAAGACACACACACACACCCUCCACACACACACACACACACAUGCAUAUGCUUCAUCUAAGGGCUGAGGGUCUGAGGUCACCUGCAGUGCAUGGACCCUGGAUCCAUCUGGGGUUUGGUGCCAUGCUUAAGGUCCUCCAUUCAUUUUUCACACCUAACUCUUUAACUCUUCAAAGUUAAAAAAGAUUUAACUCUUAAACUUUCCAAAUCCAGCAUCUCUAACUCUUCAAAUUUAGAUUUUCAGCUCAUUCCUAUCUGAAGUUGACAAAUACUCACAUCUUAUCGAGACCCUUUGGAUGCAGCAGUCUCAAAAAGAUCGUCUCAGUGUACUGCAGCUUCCAAUCAGUGAUCGAUAUCUGAUAUGAGGGGGCGUGUCUGUCAAUAAAAAGUCAAUAUGCAUCCUCUCUCAUCACGCCUCUGAUUUCUAAAGGCUUUGGGAAUCCACUUAACAACUUCCCCAGCUCAUCAGAGGCAGGUAGCUGUCCCACACGAGUCUGGUCCUGGUCAAGGUUUCUGCCUGUUGAAUGGAGGUUUUUCCUCGUUAAAUAAUGCAAAGUUCUUCACUCAUGUGGGACGGGAUGGGUCAAGUCUGAGCCAUCUCACGGUCGAGUCUUUGUAAUUUAUCAAACAAUGAGUUUGGUCUAUACCUGCUGUUGUGAUUUGGCGCUACAUGAAUAAAAAAUGAUUAAGUGACUCGGCAUGGCGGGUCUGUAAGUGCUGACGGUUUUCCUGAAGGCCAGCGAUAGGAGUACCUGCAGCUAAGACUCCAUCAGCUCCACCUUUCAUACUGUGUCUGAUCCUACCAGUGUUGUGUAGAUAUCGUCCCUGAUGUUGGCUCUGCUCUGUUCCAGGUCUUUGCUGUUGCUCUCCCCGCCUCCACCUCCACCCCAACUCCUCCCUUUAUGCCUUACUGAUCUUACCAGUGUCAGAUGUAUCAUCACUGAUGUUGGCUCUGUGUUGUUCUGGGUUUUUGCUGAUGGUCUCCCUGCCUCAAUUUUCCAUGUAUGAACAUGAAACUGAGGGGAUGUGUCCUUUCACUUACUGCAGGCUUUGGUAUCUCAUGUAAACAUGUUAAAGUGCUUGGAGCUGUCAAAUAUAACUGAUGCAUGUAAAAUAAUAACGCUUUCUUCAAAAACUGCUCUUUUAGAUCCCUACUGUCCAGACUCCGGCUCUGAAAUAGGGAUGGGAAUCGAUAAGAUUUUAUGGAUAUCGGCAGAGAGCACCGAAUACAUGUGACUCCUUAUAUUUGAUGCUGUGCUCCAUUGACAAAUGUUUAAGCAUGCUGCUGGUGUUUCGAUCUUUGCAUGGAAUCACUGCUCAACAAAUGUUGAACGUCGCGCUGUUAUCGUCUUUCGUAGUAAAAUGAAGCCACCCUUUAGAUCGUUUCUGCCUACUAUUUGUGCCGUGCACCAUGUUUUUUUCCUCAAAGUGUCUGUUCACAUUCGCUCGUUCAGGGAAAUCGUUAAGAUAAAAUGUAAACGAUAUCGCUGGAUUGAACCAUUUGGAACCAGUCCUUGAUUCCCAUCUCUACUCUGAAACACGUCACAGUCUUUGGGGAGAUGCGCCAACCGUCUCUCUGAACAGUCAGUGACCUAAACAUUCAAAACUCCUCGUUCUUCUUCUUCUUCUGUUGUUUUGUCAAACCUUGCUCAUCUUCACACUUCAUUUCUAGACCUUGACAGAAGAGAAACUCAACCAAAUGUCUUUUUACAAAGAAGUUCUGCUUACUCCCACUUAUUACACCUAACUUUCAAAAAGUUUCUGCAGGGCUCACCAGCAGCCGAAGAAUUAUUUUUGUUCUAAAUUAUUAAAAAGGUAGUGUGCUUUCAUCCAACCUUUUCCUCCAACAUUAAAUGACGACGCUUCCUCUGUAAAGUUAGAGUGUGGGUGCAUGACUUCUCAGCCUCGAUUGAAUCUUCAGUCUUUCACGCAGAAAACCUUCUGUGCCUCUGCCUUCAUGAUCUGCUGUUUUUCUUUGCAGCACAGAAACCAACUCGCAGAUUUGUCCUUUGAAACAGCUCGCAUGGAGUCUACACUAGACGGAGCAGGGUGAAAUUAAUGGGGUUUGGAACAAAAGGUUUUUGAGAAAGAUUUCCUGACUAUUCCCCAUGCAAUUACUUAAUCCCUUGUAAUUAGUCUUCUUGUUUGAAAAGGAAUAUACAUCCUUCGUCUCUCCCUCUCCUCCCUCCCGAGAUGGAAGAUGAAAUUGUCGAGAAAAACAGCACAAAUGUCUUUUGUGGAGCACAGGGCCUAUAAACAAGCGCGCAGUCUGGCUUUGAACAGCAGUUAUGCUAUAUGCAAUCAUUAAUGAUUUACAUUUGUUAUACUCAGAUUCACAGGGAUAAUUAUUUUCCAAGAGGACUGGCCUCAUAAUGAGACAUAAACACGGGCCGGUUUCUCCGCAUAAAUUAACCUUUUUGAAUUUCAGCUUCAGUGCACUCCGACAUCAGACGGGGGGAAAAUGUUUAUCACUUCUUCUUCUUCUUCCUCUUCUCGUGCUUUUAUGGACAAUCAUUGUGCGGGGAAUUCACGGCAGCAGAUAAUGAGGAGCACACACUCAUUUCAAUCCUGGCUGAGCCCACACAGGACAGCUGUCUAUUUUAAGCUAUAGCUGCUGGCCAGCGAACCAUUAGCCUGUUUUACACCGAUAGCAAAUAGCCAUUAGGCGUAACUGCAAGCCAGUUAGCCAACAGCCAUCUGCCGCACGCUGCAAUUAUGCUGCCUUAAAGUGCUGCUGGAAAUAUAGUAAUUAUGAGUUGAGCAUGCAUUAAUGACCCAACACAAUGGUAAAUACGUCUGGGGAGCGGGGAAUUUUCAAUGAUACCUGCGGUAACAAUCUGUGUUCUGAAGAGCCGGAGAGCUGCAUGAAUACUGAUGGAGUUUGUUGAGAUGGAUUAUUUUGUUUUACUACUUAUGAAACAACCCAACUUUUUAAGCCCGGAGAAAUUUGGCAAAAAUGCUCAAAAUUCAUGUACAAUAUCAAAGUUGAGAGGCUCAUUAAGCAGCUUCUAAAACCGGGGAGAAAACAAACAUUUGCAGCAGUUAAAAACUCGACUCCAAAACAGCUUUAACUUUCAGGCCUUUUCCCUAGACCGCGUGGGCGGGAUCACGUUUUGAUUGACGUGUAGGCGUGUGAUUGUCAGUUUAGUGCAGACUUAACAAUUCAUCGACAAUCUGAAGAGUUGGUUUGAAGGGGUAAAGAUAGUGAGGGUACUAUGUAGGAAAUGCUGAUGUAUUCUGACUUUAUGUUGACUUAAAAUCAGGAAAUGUAGAGGAGGUGGGCCUUGAGUCCCUCCCUGAUCUUCUUUUAAUGACUUAAAGUGUUCUCAGUGGUCUUUACAUUGUGAUUAUAAAGUUUUUUAGCCAAAAUCACGUUACCUGUCUCAUUUUCAAGGUCUUUUCUUCUGCAGAGCUCCAGUAGCUUAUUAGCAAUUCACCUCUGAGUCGUGGACGGAGACAGCGCUGCUCUGCACUCUCCUCUUCACGCUAGCUUGUAGCCUAACAGGUUCAGCCUGAGGUCUAAUCAUGGGGUGACCAUACGUCCUUUUUUACCCGGACAUGUCCUCUUUUUUGGGGGGGUGUCCCGCCUUGACUGGAAGAGUUUAUUCAAUCCUUCAAAUGUCUGGGGUUUUGUAUGGAAGUUUUGAGUUUGUGUAGCGCGGACCAACUGAGUUAGAAGCACGUAAAAAACCCUCGGCCCGUCCCGAAAAACCCUCAGAAUUUACUACGCACGACUCUGUGACUCUAUAGUAGUGUCCUCUCUUUUGGGAUUCAGAAUAUGGCCACCCUAUCUGAUCAUUUACUCUAAAUGCUAACUCUGUAUCAUGAAGCUGAUGAAGAGAAAAGUGCUAACAAAGUAACAAGGAGCAGGAGUGAUGUUGACUGUGUGGCAGUAUUUUUUGUUAAAGUCUGAAAAAGACGUUACAGCUGAGCGCAAAACUUGCCAUGCAGAAGUUUGUGCUAAUAUCGGAUCAAUAUCGGUAUCGGCCAAUACUGAAGUUUACAAUAUCUGUGUCAUAUCAGAGGUAAAAAAAAGUUGUAUCAGGACACACCCAUAGUUGUCUGUCCCUUCUUUGCUGCUGUAGAAACAUGCUGGUGCAAGAUGGCGGCCUCCGUAGAAAGGGCUGUCAUGUCUCAGUGAUGAUUCUCUAAUUUAAACAUGAGUAUCAAACCUAAUCUGUCCUGCUAAAUAUCACCCACUGUACCUUUAAUGAUGCAGGUGUAAUCCCAUGCAGAGUUGGCUGAGAUCCUUCUUACUCGUUCCCGGGGUUUCAUGCUGAACUGUUCUCACAUUUCAAAUACCUGCAGAGGAAACAGAUGAUAAGCAGCAGCAUGUAAUUCACACUCAAAAGUGACAAUACUUGUUUUACUUUUAUGUACAGACAACACUCGGAGGUCUGUUGUGGAUUCGGGGUUUUCAGAGACUCCAUGAGUGACUGUCGAAGGUAGUUUUAGUGCUUCAUAAAGUCGUGUUUCCAUCCGAGCUCAGCUGCAGCAGAGCUGUGAGGGCAGCAGGCGCCAAAUGAAGUAGCUGGUUAGCCCUUAGCUGCCAGCUCUCUGUGCUGUUUCCCAUGAUGCACUCUGCUUUGUUCAAUGACAGUGGGCUCAUUGAUGCCGCCACUACUAGCUCUCGGUGUAAAUCCGCAGGCGGUGUUUGGUGACUCUUUUCCUGGCAGUGACAGCCGCUGUAGUCAGCAGCACAUUCAGGUCAAGCAACUUGACUCAUUUCGUCACAUUCUGCCACGAGCCUUUUUGCUUCCACAAUGCUCUGAUUAAGCGGUACAAUAGUUGCAAAUCUGCUGGCGUGUUUGCUGAAGAGUAAUUACUAGCGUCUGAUAAGCGUUCUGGGGAAGUUUCCCAGCUACAUGAUUUCCACUGAGGCUUUAUCUCAAUUGAAUGUGAUUGUCUUUUGCCGAAUUGGCUCAGCCAUGAUCCUGGAAACUGGCCUUGUCUCACACACAUGAUAAGACAACAGAUUGCCUUGUACGCCAUCCAACCAAGAAUAAUGCUGCAAGCUGUAAUAAUUUACACCAUCCGUCAGGGUUUUUCCACAACUACAUGCCUUCUUCAUCACACAGAUAAAACUGCUGCCUCGCUGGCACCGUCUGAGAAUCGUAAAUGGCGUGUUGGAGGCGCUAAUUGGCCACAUAGAAGCAAGCUCAGGCUUCUCGCAAACACAACGUACAACAUGAACACUGAUGCAAAUCAGGCUGCAGCUCUGCAAGGAGGUGGGAGACUGAAGGAGUGAGGGAGGGAUGCUGGGGGUGUGAGGAAGGAGGGUUCCUAGUUCCUGUUUUACUUUAUUUUGUUGUCUCGGAGUUUAUUAUCGAUAAAGUAAAAAGAAACUCCAGGGAAAAGUGAAAUUAAACAAGUUUGUUGCACCAAAGUUAGUCCUAGCAUCUUGGCUUUACGUAUUUUGAGGUUCCUGUUUCACCUUAACAGGAGACGUUCAACCCUUAGUGUAAAGAGAGUAUCCUACACCCAACAUGUAAAUCUCAAAUGUUGAAUCUGUGCAGAUUUCUAUUCUCGAUCUGAUCUGCAUCAUCUGUCUUCCUGCCAACAAUACACAAUUGAACAUUUGCCAAUACCUUCCCCUGAAAGGAGGGUCCAGGCUGAAUCUGUGCUUUUGAAAUGGAAUAAUGUUUGUGUGUGAAAACUGGGUUGUAUUUCCUUUUGUGUUUCUCUGCAGUAAUUCUGGAUGUUUUGGCAUUCACAAAAAAUAUGGAAAUGGUUUGCAGCUGGCGGCCGUAAUUUCUCCGGCGUUGAGGGUUUCUAUUGUCACACUCUGUAUUCAUAUAAAAAACGGACAGUGUUGGUUCUCCACUUUCUUAAUGUGCCUUUUGUGUUGCGUGUUAGUGCGUGUGUUUGUGUGUGUGUGUGCGCACAGGCCUCGCUUCCUCUCUCAGGAUCCCUCUGUUUGUGUUACCAUGGGGACGGCAUGCUUCCUAUAUCCCUCCAUCUUAACCCCCCCCCACCAACCACAAACACCACCUCCACUACCACCACCACCUCUCUCCUUUUACUCACUGGUUUCGGUGUUACCAUGGCGACACAUGUCUGUCUCCUCUCUGCCUGCUACCUGUAUCUCAUGCUGCCCCGUCUCACUGGGUCAGCCUCUCCAUCCAUCCACCCGUCUGUCUGUCUGUCUGUCUGUCUGGUCUUCUGCUCGUUUGUUUGCCGCCCUUGUCUCGCCUUUCUUUGUUUGGGAUAGAAUAGAAUAACAAUAGAAUAGAAUAGAAUAGAAUGCUGCUGUUGUCAUUAUAUCAUGUACGCCUGAAUAAAUGUAGAUCCUUCACCUUAAUUGCACAGCAUCCAUAAACAGACGCAAAGACUGAACCGCACAGAAAAUGUAAACUGCAUAGAACAGAGUGUCUAUUGUAUGAAAAAAUAUUGGCGUAACAGUAAAUAAUGUAUAUUGAACUGUUAAUAAAUAGUGUCUGGUACACUGAAAACACGGUUUAAUGCACCAGAGAUGAUGUAUAUCGCGCUUUUAAGAAGUGCAUCCGUCACAGUUCAGGAAAAGCGCAAUGCACAGUUGAAUUUAUGCAAUGCACUCUCAGAAAAAGCUCACUGCACGAUCAAGAAUAAGUAUAAUGAACCACAGGUGAUGUAAACAGCACUCUUGGAAAAAAUGAACAUUGCAUCGUAAAGAAAAAGUUUCAACACGCUGUAAAUAAUGUAUGUUUAAAAAAUGUGCAUUACACAGUCGAGAAAAAGUCAUACCUACCAUUGUACUCUUGAUGAUGUAUAUAUCAUGUGUAACGCAUUAACGAUAAUGUGAAAUGCACUUUUCGAAAAUGCAUUUUGCACUGUUGAGAAAAGGUUUAAUGCACUUUAGAUCAGGAGUAUUGCGCUACUUAACAAAUACGCGUUACAAACAAAUGUAACGCAUUAACGAUAAUGUGAAAUGCACUUUUCAAAAAUGCAUUUUGCACAGUCGAAAAAAAGAUUAAUGCACUUUAGAUCAGGAAUAUUGCACUUCUUAACAAAAAUGGAUCACAAAGUUUAAAAAAAACUGCAGAUAAUGUUCAUUAUCCUCUGUAAAGAUUGCGUCGCACCGCCCCAGAAAGUUUUACAGACCGAAGAAUUUUGUUGCAUAAUCUCACAAAUAAAAUGCACUCUCAAUUAUAGACUUUUUGAUAAAUGUGCUUUCACUGUCAUGAAGAAGUGUAGCGCUGAUGUCAAUAUAUACAUCCUUCUUUAAUAAAAAUGCACUUUGCAUAAUCAAGAAAACAUAUCCCACGCUAUAGUCAAUGUUUCUAUCAUAGUCACCAAAGUGUGUGUAGAUGAUAAUAUUUAAUAGUAAUACAGGUGUAAUGCACCAUGAAUAACACAUACAAUUCACUGUAAAUAACUAAAACACUGGGUAAUGUAAUAUGAUAAUCUCAUAAUCCGAUAAAAUGCAUAAUGCACUCUUGGAAAAACUAUAAUGCACCAUACAUAAAUAACGCACCUUGAACUUAAACAACAGCGUAGAAAGCUGUUGCACUGAAGCAGAUUAAACUUGUUUAAGGAGAAGAAAUGUUAAUCUUCCUCCUCCUCUUCCUCUUUGUUUAUCUAUUUAUUGUGUCUGCUUGUUUUUCCUCUGUCCAUCCCUGUGUCUGUGUUUGCUUUUCGUCUCACUCUCUCUUUUCUCUCUCUGGCUGACUGGCUGCCUGUCUGCCUGUCUGGCCACCAGGCUUUUCCACCUCUAAUCCCUCCUCUCUCCUCUUUCUGCUCUGCUGCUCGGCUCUGUUGUUCCCCUAACAUCCACCUCUCUCCCCUCUUCCUCUCUCUUUUUUUUUCUCUCUUCUUCACCCCCUCUGACUCGAUUGUGUGUUCUCACAUCAAAACAGUAUCCAUUGAAUGUCACCGGGAACACACAGAGAAAAAAAAAAAAGGGGAGGGAUUUAGGUAAUUUUCGCAGACGGCAGCUGUUGCUAUGGUGACACAACUUUUGGAUUUGCCGGGGAGAGCGAGGGAUGAAUAGAGGGAUAGAAAAGAGGAGUGAAAAUGUGAGUAUGGAGUGAAAGAAGGAGGGGGGAAGGGAGAAAUAUCUUUCAUUCUGGGGGUGCAGGAGAGAACGGGCUGUUCUUUGGACAUUUUGAGCAAAGCAAUACCUGAGGACAAUCAUCCAAAAAUCUUCUAUCAAAGACGAGUUUGUUUGCAUGAAAAGAAAAGAAUCUGAGCUCUUUAAAAAAAAAAAGGGAAGAAGAGAAAGUCGUAUCUUUGGUGAUCCAAAAUAUGGACACCUGAAGACGAUAAUUAAGCCUCCUGAAGAGUUCAGGAUUCAUUCUCGGAGCCAAACAAAAGCAGAUUUCCGGGCUCUCCUCUUUAACGAAGCUUAUUUGUCUAAAUUCUAAGCUGCCAAUCACUUUGUGUCAGCGCGUGCCAGUUUUUCCAAUCCUCGCUAUUAAAGAUGAAACCCGUCUCUGCGUGCUAAUGCAUGUAGAAAAACCACUUCAUUAAACUCUCAGCGGUACACUCUGGCCUUGCUUUGUUCUGCCUGUGCUGCAGUUUUAAAGCCCAGAUCAUCAUGUUGGAAAAUAACAAGAAGUCAUUUUGAAAAAUAAAGAAGCCAAAGUGAGCUAUCACGUCUCGUGAAGCGUCUCCUUCCUUUUUGUUUCCUCAAACGUGUUUGUCGCUUCCUACAAAUGAUGAGGAUCCCAUUUUGGAUCCAACACCCACUCCUCUUCUCCCCUCCUGCCUGCGUGCUAAUGCAUUUAGGAAAACCACUUUAUUAUAAUACGCAUUUGAAUAUUCAUAGUAGGCAGGCAGGGGGGUGAUGGAGGAGACUGGAGCCUUUGGGUAUUGAUGUAGAGCUGUGGAAUUAGCCGCGAAACUGCUAUUGAUUCAAGCUGUGAGGACUGGAAUAUGAAAUACGAAGAGUGGGGGGAGCGGGGAAAGGGCAGAAGACCUUAUCAAUGAACUUAGGGAGUGAAAGAAAGAAAGAAAGAAAGAGGGAGCCCAGUGGAAGAAGAAGAAAAAAAGAAACCAGAUUAUCAGCCAGCGGAGAAUUGAAUUAAAGGAGGACAGAAGGAGAGAGUGGUUGACGAAAGAAAAGAAGAUUAUCAACACAGAAGGGGGACGAAGGAGACAAAAGUGAAGGAGAGAAAGAAAGAAGACAGAAAAGAAAGACGAUAAAAGGCCUAACAGAAACACAGAAGACUGAAAGAAAGAUCAAAUACACUCAAAAAAGAGCGAGGGAACAGGGUGAGGGGUCAGGGCUCGCCGCGAGUGGCGCCUUAGCCCGGAGCCGCCACGCUACAGCAAACCUGCCACCCCCGGACGCCACGAAUUGCUGAUGGGAGGACUAAGUUGACAAAUGUCAAAGUUUACGUUUCAUUACAGAAAGCGAGGGAUGGAGGGAGAGCAUGGAGGAGGAGGAGAGCGGAGGAGGAGGUGGGGGGGUGAGGGAGGAAAUGCCAUGCAUUCCAUUAAGUGGCCAGAGAAAACCACAAAGAGAGCGAGGGGGGAGGAGAGGAGAGGAGGAAGUGACAGAAAUGAAAGAGGAAUACAGGAAACGGAGGAGAGGUAGAGGAGAGGGAGAGGAAGAGGGGAGGGGGCGGGGACUGGAUCAUCGUGCAUAAAGACAGGAGCGGGGGGGGGUAUCAGUGAAGGAAUGAAGAGCUUGAUUCAUCACCGCCUAGUCUGUGGUCCUGACCUUUGAAAAAUGGAGUUAAUGUUAAACAAGGCGGCACUUAACAUUCUGACGGCCUCCAUGUUUGUGAUGAAGACAGACACAAACAUUGAAGUAAUCAUGAGAACGACACGACCCCACAUCCACCGGUGGGAGCAGGUCUGCAGGUGUUCAGAAAUUCACAAAUCACAGCAGCUCCUUUAACACUGUGAGUCAGACCCAGUACAAGACGCUCCUCUGUGUCUGAUUUUACAAGUCUGACUGUUGCCUGGGUUUUUUCUUUUGCUGCUGCUCUCCCUGCCUUGACUUUUCAUACAUGCAAAUUAAACAGAGGAACAUUUUUUCUCUCUCUCUGCCACAAGCAUCUCCUUUUAGUGCGGCAUCUGAAUAAUCAAGUCUUCCCAGAGGUGCUUGACUUAGUGGGUCUUUGCUGCUGCUCUCCCUGCCUUGACUUUUCAUACAUGCAAAUAAAACAGAGAAGGGUGGAUUUUCUCUGCCCAAAGCACCUCAUUUUAGUGCGGCAUCUGAAUAAUCAAGUCCCCCUGAGGUUUGCUGUGUGCUUGAUAUAGUGAGUCUUUGCUGCUGCUCUCACUGCCCUAGCCUUUAAUGUUUACAUGUAGAACCGAAUAGAGGCAUGCUGUCUCUGACCUAUCUCCUCCUUUUUUGUGGUGUGUCUAUUGUACAAGUGUCACAGAUGUCUGCUGUGUAGACUACUUCAAAUUGAAGUUUUUGCUGCUGCUCUCCCUGCCUUGACUUUUCAUACAGGCAAAUAAAACAGAGGAAGGGUUUUUUCUCUCUCUCUGCCACAAGCAUCUCCUUUUAGUGCGGCACCAGAAUAAUCAAGUCUUCCUAGAGGUCUGCUGUGUGUUUGACUUAGUGAGUCUUUGCUGCUGCUCUACCUGCCCUAGCCUUUCCUGUUUACAUGUGAAACAGAAAAGAGGAAUGCUGUCUCUGACCUAUCUCCUCCUUUUUUCUGUGCUGUGUCUAUUUAACAAGUGUCACAGAUGUCUGCUUUGUAAACGACUUUAAAUUGGAGUCUUUGCUGCUGCUCUCCCUGCCUUAGAUUUGACAUUUUGACUUUUAUUUAGCCUUGAGAACUAAAUUAAUGUCAAAUAAACUGUUUUGCAUGGAAAUAAUGAACUCUCUUUGACAAAAGAGGUCCAGACUGGCCUGCAGUAAACAAAGAUGUACACAAGAUUAGCUCCGGAAAGCUUCUGGAAGGAGGCCCAGACAUAGAGCUACAACAGACUAGCUUCUGAACACUGCAUUAGUCUAACAUUUAUUCUCUGCUAUAGAGAUCCUUCAUUCGCAGUCGUGCCGUAAAGCACCUCUGGGCUCUUUGAGCAUGAAGUUCAGCCCAGACUUGACCACACAGAACAAUCACAAUGACAUCAGGACAUCACAAGGACUGGGUCAGCUGUUUUUAACCCACACUGAUAUAACUUUUUGUUUCGAUCAGUUAUCUUCCAAACUUAAAGAGCUUGUUAUUUCAUAAACAUUAUCUCUUGGGAAAUUUCUUAAAUUUUGCAAACAGAAAGAGGGAAAGAACUUCACUGCAUGACACAGAAAUAGCCGGGGUUUGAAAACAACAGCGACCGGCGUUACUUAACUUUUCUGUUUCGUUUAUUUCAAACUGAGCCUGAGGGACUGAUGACUGUGCAUGUCUUAUUUCUAAUCUAAGGGUCCCUCUGAUCCCUGAUCCCCUCUCAUCAAAGAAAAUCGCAUAAUUUUUUAGCUGAUUAAUUGUUUGGAAAAUCAAGAAAUGCCGUGUCAUUGGGCGAAAGACAAAGCUGCCUUUAUUCAACAGAGGCAGCCUUCAGGGUAUCGAGGCAUUCACGUGGCUGCAGGACAUACUGAUGCAAGAAGAUCUAAUAUGUGUUUCCUGAGUCUGUAGAUUUAUAUGAAACUGUUUUAACUAAAGGCACACACUUAGACCACUAAUGUGAGUCUGCAACUUCGGUUCUUUCACACUCAAGAAAAUGCUGUUCAGGGAAGAUUGAGCUCAUUUCAAAGAUCCUUAAACCGACAGACACUUCCUCCCGUCCUCUGGAACAGUUCAUGGUGGGGUUGUUGGUUCUCUGCAGAAGCAAACUGAGCUUCUGCAAUAAUGAAGAUAAGAGCUGAUGCUGCAUUCACUGUCCUCUGCGUCCACACGGCCUCUUAGUAAUUAGAUGCCUCCACGUCUUUUCAGACCACGCAGCUCCUCCAACUUCUGCAUUUACAAGUUGUUGAAUUAGUCACCGCUUUCUCUGCUUUUCUGCAGCUUCGUUUGACAUGUGAGGUUUGAAAAGAGGAUCCUGUCUGUGCAGAGAGAAACAAACUCAAGACUUUUGGUUUUAAUUCGACCUCUUUGUUCACAAUGAGAAGCGUUUAGUGGGGAAAAGAGAGUGAUGCAGGAUCAGGAGUGGCCUGAGGGGAUAGUUUGUGUUGUUUGAAGUGGGCUCAUAUGAGUUCCUUAUGAACAGUAAGUACACAACAUACAGUACUGCAGACUCCAGGCAGCAUGGCUCUGUUUGAAGAGGAUGAUGUUCUGCCAAGUUUAUGCUGCUUUGUCAAAGCCGAGCAUCGCCAGAUUGGAACAGCGGUCACCUAUGAACAUGUCUCUGGAGGCGAUUGUACAAACCUGCAACCAAUCAGAUUAAUGCAACAGAAAUGUGAAGAGUAGAAAAAAGAAACGCACUUUUCCCAACAUUAACUCUGUACGUGCAUUCAUUCAAAACAGCCGCCAUAGUGGAUUUAGCAGACCCUCUAGCAGUAGAAGCCGUCAUUGUGGAUGUUAAUACGUGUUUUAAAGUGUCAUCUUAAAUAAAGACCUGUGAUGGGGUUGGUAUAUCUGCAACCAAUGGGAGAACGUUUGGAUGGCAGCGCUGCCGGGCUAGCUUUGCAGAAAAUGCUACCUUACUAUUAGGGCUGCACAAAUAACCGAUUUUAAUUCGUAAUCGUUAGAAAAAUUCAAAUCGUCAAAUCGAUCUUGCUCUAUAUCAUGUCUUCAGGAACUGUAGGCUCCCCCUUCCUGUGGCAGCGCUCCCCAGUUCCCACACACACCAGUGUAAACAAACACGGCGUUUGCAAAAGAAGACGAUAAUUUCGUGGUUAAAAAGGGGCAAGAUCAAGUCAGUCUUGUGGAGUUGAUACGACUUCGCAGUUUCAGACGAAGAGCAAACCACUCCCCGCUGUAAAGUCUGUCUGAAGGCGGUAUCAACCCGUCCACAUGGAAACAGAUUCAGGAGUAAACGCAAAAGUUUUUUGUCAUAUCAGCGUUUCAUCAACAUGGAAAUGGCAUUUCGGGUGACUGUAAACUGUACUUUUUGAAAACGCGUCAGAGAGCGCAUAAAUCUGUAAAUGACGAUCAUUUCAUCUCCAAGUGGAUGUCUAUCUGCAUCUCUGGAAACGAUCAUGUGACACACAGCGUAACUCUUUUAUGGCGCCUGAGCGUGUCUGGCCAAACAACCUUUAUACGCACGCUCUGUACUCUUCUUCUGUCUUUUGUGCAUUUCCUUGGCAGUGUUACAACGCUACUUACUGUUUUGUUUAGUUUCGUUUUGAGAGAUGAUAGAAAAACUUAUUAUGAAGGUAAAGUUAGGUGAAGUUGUUACUAAAAAGAAAAUUGAGUUUUCAGAGAAAAAAAUCUGGAUUUUAUUUUUAGCCAAAAUCGUGCAGCCUGACUUAGCGUGACUGUCGCUCACAUUAGCAGAGCUGGCACCACGAUGUCCACAUGCCAGUUUAACCAAAGAUAACUCAGGUUUAACUUUAUCUUUAUUAUCUUGAUCAAAAACUGCACUGCGGUGUACGGUGUUGUCUGUUAUCUGUGCUUGUUUACAUCCAGGUAGUAGAGCGUUGCAGCAUUCGUCUGAUCAUCAGUGGUAAAUGUGAUAAAUGUGCAGAUCCCUGCUGUGGAUACAAGGACUGUUUACAUUUGGAUAAAACUGUUAAAAUAUUAAAACCUUGCAAACCCUCAAACUGAGAUAUUUCCAUGUGUGUUUGUUCCAGUAGCUGAAGUCUGUGUUUCGGUGAAUCUGCAGCAUCCAGAGGUCAAUAUCAGAGCCUUAAAAGCAACAGCAGCACCUUGAAACUAAAUGAGAAAAGAGGCAGAAAUAUGCAGACUAGGACUCAUCCGAACCGCGCAGAAUGACUCAACAGGGCAGAAAAACUAUAAAACAGUUCAAAUAAAUGACUUUCUGGACGGCCCUCAGUCUGAGGUUGUUUUACUGUUUUCUUAUUCGGGGAUUUGUGGUGAGUCAUUUUGCUCAUUUCUCUUAGGCGGCUUCCAACUAAGAAACAUUUCCCCCUCUUAUAAAUUUACAUGUGUCCGCUGGUGUUCUAACCUUGAAUCAAAAAUGCGGCGCUCCGGCGAAGCUUCGCCGCCGCGCUGAUACUGUAUCUGUUCCUGCUCUGGAGGAAAACAGCACAAAGUGGAUGUUUUCUCAUCGCAGGAGCCCAGUAACAAUUUCCGAGCAGGAUUCGGGCCAAGAUGAGUCAGAGUGGGACUCCACUUGGGCAAGCCUUGAACGAAUGCCACGGACGCACUGUGAUCCUGGUUGUAACAGAUUGUUUGCAUUCGGAGAUAUCUGGUGGAGGCAGAGUUGGAGGGAAGGGCCUCAGUUUCUCCCAUGAGUCCUCUCUUUUACAAUAUUGCAUUAUGUGACAAGCCCUGCUGUGAAAUAUAUCCGUCCGGUUUCACUCGUUCGCUCUAAUUCUUCGCUCCGUCAGCCUCUUUACAGAUUCGACUUUGUAAACUUGGCGAGUAACUCAAAUUAUUCAAACUCACAUUUUAAAUUCUGCUAAGGAUCCCUGAGUUUCCAAGGUUGCCAAGUAUGUCUGCUUAAAUGCAAUGAAAUGUGACUAAAGGAUGCGCAAGGCAGAGAGAUCAUUUGCAUCUGAUGCAACUGCAUGCCAUACAAGCCGAGAUAUUUCACUCGCUAGGUGCUGCAACAGACUCUUAUUGAGUAAAAACACAGUGCAGAGAGGAUAUUUGAUAAUUUAGAUAACCUCGUGGCCAAAAAUCAGGAGCUGAAAGAGGUUAAAUGUUCUUAAAUCGAGCUCCAGGCAGAGUUUGAAAGGUUUAAAAGAGGAAUCUGAAAUCUGCAGAUGGCUUGUGUUUUGUUUUUUUAGCACCAGGUGGUAACCAUCUAUACUGAAAGUAACGCUGUAAAUGAUGCACAAACACAUCUUAUUGUUAUCUCUCCGGAGAAUGUGCGCAGUUUGUUUAGUGACUGUGUUUUUGUUCGGAGGGGGAAAGGAACAAAACUUUCCUUUAUUCUGAUAGAAGCGUGACGUUCAUUCAGGCCACGAGAGGAAGUGAGCUGUUUGUGAUUCAUAUCUUUGACUGUUUGAUAUCUAAGAGUGUGUAUGUGUGUGUGUGUGUUUCUGGAUGCGUGUAAACACUGGAGCAGGUUUGUCUGAGCGUUAAAACGAGAUAAAGAGAUGAAGCACAUGUGAGCACACUUACUGUCAACACGCAGUGAUCAGAAACUCCAAACCGACUCGUAUGUCGAGAUUUAUGAAGUUGAACUCUGUGUUUUACUUCCUCGGGUCUCGAAGAUGUUUGUUCUUCGUUUAUUAGGGUUCCCACUCUUCUGGAGUUCGUUCACAGAGUUUAAAUAAAAGGUAAAAUGAACAGAAGAGAGUGUGCUUGUGCAGAGACAUAAUUAACUGGCUAAAAGAUUGACAAGAAAAGCGCCUGAUAAAAGUGAGAGUUGGCUUUCUCCUCAUUUAAACAUGAACAGGCAGUUCUUUCAUCUUCUUGAGGAUUUAAUUUGUUGUCAUAUUAACUCAAAGAAGCUCAUAAAAGCCUGAUGAGUGCCGUGAAUACCCAAUUCAGUUAAAGAGACACCAAACUAUCACUCGUUAAUAGAUAACGGUGCCUGUAAUUUUAACCCUGCAGUACUUCUGGCGACCAGUUGGAGGCGACAGCAUAAGUGCGAUAAAACCCUGCAGUUCCUUAAGUGUCCACUCGAGGCUGUCUCUGAGUUUUUGUUUUGUGAUACGAGUGACAGGAUUGUACGUGCAAAAGAAGAAAAUUCACGAUGCAGUCAAAGUGCUACCCUCUCUCUUCAGGUCCUCUCGCAAAGGUUGAAAAAUCCAAACUCUUAACUAGCCAAUCAGCUUGGAGAUGCCCCGAUGAACCACUUUGGGCUCUGCUCCAGUUAAACAUAAAUUCAAGCUUUGCAGCUAAGCAUCGUACCCAAUAACCAAACCACCUGUUAGCCUGUUUGCACUCAAACUAACACUCCAUUUAGAGAAAAGCUUUUCUCUGAUUGGCUGCUGGAAGUGUAAACAUCAACUUUUAGUGUUUACGGUUUAGUGUGGACCGUACACCCUGACUCAAGACACAACUAACACAUAGCUGGUGCAGCAGGCCUCGGGUCUUCACGUGGGCGUCACACGACAGAGUAAGAAAAAACAAUUUAGAUGAGUCAGCAUUUUCAAUACGGUGACCGCGUCUUAAUGCAUCAAAAUACCUCUUCAGAAACGGCCGAGUGACAACAUUUAAGUUUGGUGUGUUAAUGUUAGGGGUGUCUUGAUACAGUAUUGGCUGAUACCGAUAUUGAUCCGAUAUUGGCGCAAACUUCUUCAUGACAAGUUUUGUACUCCGCUGCAACGACUUAAACAAAACAUACCGUCACAGGGCCGACAUCACUCCUACUCCUUGCUACUUUGUUAGCACCUUAGUAAACACUGUUGUCGGAUCACGUAGGCUCUGCAUGCUGGAUCUAAGCGCCACAAGCUAGAGUCGCUGGAGCGGAAUCUGGAAUGGACUGCUUGUAUCAGAGUGCUGAUAUCUGAGAUUUUAGAUGAAGGCCGAUAUAAUCCCACAGUCAUUUUUUUGCUGAUAUUGGACCAAUAUCCAAUAUUAAUAUCGUAUCAGGACUCCCCGAGUUAAUCUGUUAUUUCUAUUACGGAUAAAUAAGUCAUCUCUCAUUUGACGGAUCACAUCAUUUCAUAUUGAUUUUACGUCCCUAAUCACUUUGAUUUCAAGUCCUCAUCACCAGAUAAUCUUGAUUUUGUCACUUACGGUCUAAUUUAGAGGAAAUUGGACCGUGUGCCAGAGAGCGUGGGCGUGGCUAAAUGAUGGACAGGUACCUCAAUCAUCCAGAUAAUCCAAGCUUGUCCAGGGAAGGCUGAGGUUCAUAAACCAGUGAUUAAUCAUUCAAAAGUGAUCAAAGUGAGUCUUUAUUGCAUCAACUUCACCCAUCACUCUGAUUUUGAAACCCGUAGAUCUGGUACUUGAGCUGUUUUUAACUCAGGUUAAUGACUUCGGUUUAAUAAAAUCAUCUGGUAAUCUGAUUCUGAACACAGACUUUUAUUUUUACACUUUUAUCACAACUUUCCCCGUAAUGAGAUUUAUACAAAGACCAGAUCGUCUCCUGCUGCUCCUCAGACUUUAGGGAUAACUCUAAAAGUAGCUCAUGAUGACGAGUUAUUCUUUUAAUUCAGAUUUAAACACACCCCGCCGAGGUAAACUAAAUAACGCUGCAAACAAAAGCCUCGCUGUUUAGAGCAGAAAAUGUGCCCGUUUUAUUCGUUUCAUGCGGACCCUUGCUGUUACAGAGCUCCUUUCAAGAACUUCUGUUAUCAGUAAAUUAUUUGUGUAAGUGAGUGUGUGUAUGUGUGUGUGUAUUUAAGUGUGUGUGUGUGUGUGUGUUUAAGGGCGAGGGCGCUGCUCCCCUGCUGAUAGUCCUGUGACUGGGAUCUCCUCCCUCGAGCCUCCCUCCACCUCCUUCAUACUCUGUCUAAUGAAAAACCUUCUGUCCUGUCUCCUCUCUCUGUACUUCACAUGCACACACACACACUUACAGAGACACUCAGGGAAACCAGCGGCGGUACAAGGACACACACACUUCAAAUCCCUGCUGACACAAACAUAUGCAUGUGUGAAGUGCACACACACACACCCUCGUCCCACGGCUCCAAGUCUAGGAGCAAAGAGCCGUCUUUAAGAAAGUGCGUCCUCCGGUCCAACUCCUCAGAGAUCGCUUUCAUUUCCCUCCUCCCUGCAGCAGUCGGUCACAAAAACACGAUUUCUCUCACUGAUGAUUUUAGAGUAAAAACCCCAAUGAAAAAUUCAUCGAAUCGAAAGAGAAGUCCAGGAUUUUUCUCUUUUUUUUCGGCUUUUCAAAAAGUCGCUGGUGGAGUUUGUGUGUCUUUAUGUGUGCAGCAAGAAAUGUAACUAAUGCAUCUUUUCUGUGUCACUGCUAAUGUCGCAUGUCGCAGGAACCUCCGGGGGGGCUCCAUGCACGCACACACACACACAUCAUACAAGACUGCAUGCACUCACAAGUAAUUACAAGUGUGGUGGAAGCGUGCACAUGCACUCACACGCACACACACACCCUCAAAUGAACACUCACCGACUGAACACAUUUGCUCACAAACACACACACUUUAAGGCGUUAGAAUUUUUACACGUUUGCACGCAGACACACACGCUUAAUGCAUCUUGGGAGAGCGAACUCUGCAGCUGAAAUCCGUUCAGUUUCCACACACACACAUAAAGUAUGUAUAUGUGUGUCAGCUGAGUGUGUUUUUGUGUGCGCUCAGACAGGAGCAGGGGCUGACCUCAGGCUACCGGCUAAUUAAAACUGUUUCAGAGAUAUGAGGGAGAGAGAGAGGGAGGGAGGAGAGGAAAACAUGGGAAAAGAGGAGUGGAAAGGAGGGAUAUUGAAGGGAGGAAACGAGGGGGAGGUGAGAGAUAAAGACCGGAAGGUAAAGAGAGUAAGAGCGUCAGAGUUUUGCGGGGGUGUUUGGAGCUUUUUGGUGGCAUUUUCCUAAAUUUAGUCAGGGGUCUGUUGUGUGCGGCGCAGGUCUGAAAAAGAUGUGAUUUUGUGCGAUAGAAAUAAAAACCAGGCGGCAUUUACCAAGUGGGUCUCCUAAUUUAAUCAUUUAUGCCAGAGAAUAAAACAGAAUAACAUCACACACACGCACAUUAAAGCUCCUGUGAGGAGUUUUUAAUGGUCAUGAAACAGCCUGGAAUUAAGAGUGAAGCAUCUCCGUGACCUACAAAAGCGAGAAAAAGAUCAUUAGACAAAAAAAGAUCCAUGCAAUAGUUAGUGAUCCUGCAUUACUUAGACUAAAAGUUAAUGUGUUUUGACUCAUGCACCCACUUAGCAAACUUCCCACCCUUUUUUUUGCCUCCUUAAAACUCUCGUCACGAGUUUUCAGCAAGUUAUGAAUCAUCUCGGAAGUAACCAUCAACGCUGUCGUUCUUUUAAUCUCAGCGACAACACAAACCUUGAGCUCUCCGUAGGGGCUUUGAAAUAUUGAGAUUUCUCCCUGUCAUCAGUCGCAUCAGUGACCAUCCACCACAGAAGUUAUUCGGAUCGUAACAGAUUUGUUGAUGUGACCGUCCUUCAUGCUUCUCUGGAAAGCUCAACCAGAUUUGGGAUCCUGGCUGCGGGGAUUCGCUCUUCUUGAGUCACAAGAGCAUCAUGAAGGUCAAGUGAAUAUCAAGACAGACCUGAGGGUGCUGCACCGGGUUGAAGCCGGGGCAAGACCGGUUCUUGGAUGCUUAAACUUGAAAACCAUGUAACUGAAUCCUCAAAGUGUUCCGCCAUCUGAAAGAGCUCCUUCUACGUCGAUGCGUCCUCAAUUUGUUCUCAUUACCAAAGCAUCCAACACCAAAACAUGCCAGGGCAGCUGAGUACAGUGAUGGGGCGUUCAUAUGAAGCACAAAUAAAGUUAUCGACUCGGUUCCUUCACGCGAAUGUGGAUAGCCGUUAAUGCUUAUUUCAACAGUGAUCCUCGCCAAUUCACUCGGCGGGAUCAAGUAAUAGAUGACGGUUUCUCACAUUUUACCAGAGAAUCCGACCUCCUCACUCACUUUCCUACAGGCGAGCCCCUUUUUAUUCCUGUUUUUAUUAAAAAAGCCGUGGAUAUGAGAGAGAGGGAGCGUCUCCAUCAAGCAUGGUGGAAGUGAACCACGUUCAGCAGAUUGCUGUUUUGUUUUUGUUGUAAAAGGUCCACAACCAUCGGAGAUGUUGGCAGCGCCGUGCCUGGGUCUCCUCCAAAUGCUGCGCCCAGACGACAGACGUUUCCAGGAGUUUUUUCGGGUUUCCCAAACCCAAUUUGACGACCUGUUGGUGAGGGUCGGUGUCAGGAUAUCCCUACAGGAUACCAAUUACAGGCGCUGUAUCCCAGCUGAAGAGCGCCUGUCCAUCUGCCUACAGUGGGGGACAGGAUUUGUGUUUAUAUUUUGACACCAGUGAACAUCUUCCGGUCUGUUUUCGUACAUCACCAGAGAAUCUUCAUGCUGAUUGAUUAUGGUGAUCAUUAUUUGCUUGAGUUGAGAUAUUUUCAACUCUCGCUAAUUUGUGUCAUUCCCACAUAUAAUGGGAAUUCACAUAAUUCGUGCCGCCAAAGUAGUAUGAGCAUCUAAUCGUAUCUUUGCAUUGACUUUACAUGUAAUUCAUUCAAACGCCCUUUGGUAUGAACACCUUAUUAGACAUUAUACCCAGACUUUCAAGGUCCCCUAACCUUUCUGAGAGACCUGGGCUUAAAUGUGGCCCCAGGGUAGAAAGAUCAACCCGCAGAAUAAUCUGACACUUACUGGUUCAGAAAAGUUUUCAUCCAAUCUGGGAGAUUAACCUCAAAUUAGCUCAAUUUUAAAGUGUAUCUGAGUCUGUCUGCAGAUGAUAGCGAAGCUUCUGUGCAGGCCAAGCCUUCCUCUGGUGGGAAACACACUUAAUAUUGACAAGUGCAUCAUUCAGGCCCACAAACCACGUCGACAGAGAUGAUGGAUGUGAGGCGCUCUACCUACAGCACCCAAACAGGACUCUCCUGUUUGCAGGAAGUACCUCCACCUCCAUCAUCCUGCAGGUUUACCACGAUAAAGAGAGUAAGUUGUUCGCUCGUCUUCAGAGAGGUAGCAUGAAUGUUUUGCGAUCCAGAUUUUUUUUGUCUGAUAUUGUGGCAAACUUAACGCGCCCCCUUACCAUAUUGUAAAGAAAUCAGUGACUUUAUAGUUUGGAAACAUCAAAUCUUCAGAAAAAUUACCCCGGACACCUUCUGGGUUCCAGACAGGAAAGAGCGAGAACUAGGGCAAAAGGAGAAAACGAGAAGAUGAUGUGCGAGAAAGCUAGAGAGAAAAAGUAGAGCAAGAAAGAGAAGAAGAAGACAGCGAGAGUGAGGUCAGCAAAUGUGUGAAAGUGCGAACAGACGGAGACACAAUGACCUGGAUGUGUCGGAGGGAAAACAGGAGCUGAGAAAGAGAGAGAUUCCCCGUCCUGUGUGUGUAAGGACUGUGUUUCUUGGUGUGUUAAUUACCAUCAGAAUAAAGCAGCACAGCUUCGUUUGACUGAGAGGCAGAGACGAAACACAGAACGCUCAUGUUUAAUUCACGCCGCAAAUAUACAAUCGAUGUCUCCUUAUAUAAUUCAUGCCGCUCUUUAAAUAUUUCACUGUCAACAAGCCAAUUAGCAAAUUUAAGAAGCAGAGUAUUCACGUGUAACUUUAUCAAGUCAUUUGCCUCCGUGUGUCGGUGGAGCGGCGAACGAGACAGGCUGUGAGGUCGAAGAGGAGGAGGAAGAGGAGGAGGAAGAGGAGAAAGUGAGUGUUUGUGUGAAUUUGGGGUUGCUGGUGGCGGGGAGUUCAUGGCAAAAAGGAGGAAAGAGUGAAAAGCCCAGAUUGAAGUUUGAUCUGUUUGUUCUCUCCCCUCGUCCCACUUACAUGUCCCCGUGGAGCCUAGAGGAGGCAGGCAGGGCUGGUGCGUGUAUGUGUGUAUGUUUGUAUGUGUGUGUGUGUUUGCACGAGAAUUGCACCGACACAACCUCGUCGAGAAAGGGGGGAAAAAAAAAAAACAGCUCCAGAUAAACAGAUAAACAGACGGAUAGAAAUAGACAGACUGACAGCGAGUCGGGGAAAGAUGAGAGAGAGGAGACAUGAGCUGGAGAGGGCACAGAGAUGGAAAGAUGAAGACGGUGAGAGAUGAGUUUUUAAAGAAAAAGUCAUGCACACACGUGCGCGCGCUCACAAAAAUACACACACAGCAGCAGGAGCAGCAGCAGGGAGUGAUUGACAGGGACCGACAGACACGCCUACAGACUGAAAAAAGGAUGAGCGGAAAGAGAGUGACAGAGGGAUGGGGAAAGACGGAGAGAGACGCAGUGAUCCACGGCCGUAUACAAAUCGAAACAGACAGCAGAGAGACAAACAAAAAGACAGACACGCACAGACAGACAGACGGACGGACAGACAGAGUGACAGUCACUUGCUGUAUUAGUCUGUUUGUGUCCCCAGAUGCUCCUUUAAACACCUCCUGACCCGCUGGUUUUGCACACAAACAUCAGAUUUUUCGCCUACAGUAUGCCUCGACUGCUGUGAUUCAUGUUAGAGACCCUGUUCAUCAGGACUGCUCAUAUUUGCUGUUUUUAACUCGCAGUUUUUGGCAAACGUCUGACUCGGGCCGGGAAAUCAUCUGCAGCACAGGAAAUGAUGCGUUUUCUGUUGGUUUGUUUUGAACAAACAGAAGAAGAGAAGAAGCAUCAGUCAUCCCGACUUAAUGUCGAAGCCGUUUCUUAUUUAGGAGAAGUGUGUUUCAGUCGAGGUAGCUCAUUCGACAACCAAGUUUAGGGGUCAAAUUCCUGAAAAUCUUAAGAUACAUGUCAUCCAAUCAGCUGGUCCACCUUUGAAUCACAAGUUCUGCUGGGUCGGUUUGCUCUCUCCAGGACACAUGACCAUGUUUUUUAUAUAAGAGAACAGGACAGAAAACCCCCUCAUCCCUCUAAGCAUGUACUGUACAACACAUCAAGCUUGCUAUUUAUGUUCUAUACAGUCUGACUGUCAGGAACCACCAAAGGUUACGUCCACAUCUUCACAGAUGCUUUUGAGAACAGAUCAUUUUGCUCCAUUUUCUGGAGGUGUUGAUGUUUUUCUCAGUCUCCAUGUCAAUGUAGAAGCCGCUAAAAAUACCUACAUAAGGAUUCUGGACCACCAGGUGUUGAUAAUGUGUUAUCAGUCUGUCACGUCGAACAUGGUGCACAUGUUUGUACUGAGAGCUGAAACUCUGGAUAGAGUUUUUAAACAGCAUACGCAGAGGUGAAUGGGUAAUGAUGAAGAUCAUUGUGAAUUUCCAUGCUCAAGCUGAAUUAAUGGCUCCGGCGUCCCCCGAGACCUCCAUUUGUAAUCCACAGGAACACAGACUUAACACAAUCUCCUCUUUGGAAGGUGUUUUUCUAAAAUCUCUGUUUUCAGUGACCCAAAAACCUGAUUACCUGUGGACGUAAGGACAAAACACAGAAGAAAAAAAGAUGUUUGGUGGCUAGUGCUGUGGCUGGGACCCUUUAUGUACUGUUGAUGAAGUUAGGAGUGUUUGACCCUAAUUUAAUUUAGAAUAUCCCUUUAAUUUUGGCCUCCCUGUGUUCUGGUACUUAUUUGGGCAGAUCUGGUACCUCUCAUACAAAAUAAAAAACAUACAUAAAAUUUUUUAAAAUAAAAUAAUAAAAUGCAUAUAUUAAUUUACAGAACAAAUUCAAAUAGUUUCAUGUUGUUUAUUAAGAUUUAACGUCAUUUAAAACAGUCGGAGAUCCCUGACGCACUGAAAAGCCGGGCUAACAAACCACGCCCCCUAACAGAAAAAAAUAUUUGAAAUUCGCCGCACGUGAGGGGCAAACAGAGGAAAUAACGGUUGCCAUUUCAACGCAAACUUGUUAAAAAGUCGGUGAAAUUUACUGACUUUUUUCAAAAAAAGAAGGAAGAGUUGUAUUACACUUCAAAACGAGUCAGAAAAGCCUCCACAAGCGUCGACGAGGGCAGCUGCAGCGGUCAUGUUAACGGUCAAAACCGGCUGAAGCAGGAGGCUAGCUAGCUAGCGCCGCAACAGCUAGACAAGCCGUGUCAGGAGCCUGGCACCGCGGCAGAAGCUGGUUAGGUCCACCGUUAGCCGGAGAAAGCGCCAACUACAGCGCUAACAGUCAGCCAGGUGGACCACCAACAGCCGGAGCAACAGGGGUACACUGGCUCAAGCUAGCCCGGUACAACAACCGGAGCAUGAGGCUGGAACCGCGACACGAGCUGGUUUACAGCAGGAAUAUUCAGAAGGAGAGUAGAGCGCAUUGAGCUGAGAGGACUGUGGGACGUGAGGUCGUGGGUGGUGAAAGGACACAGAACUGCCGCAGACACGCAGUAAAACACGCUAAAAAGAGGAGGAGGAGGAGAUACGCUUGUUAUGUGGAAAGUUUUGGACUAAACAUGGUGAGCAUACUGUCUAUUAACAGGCCGCCGUGCCGAUCUUUGAAUUAUAAUAAUAAUGGAGGAUUUGUGUGAUUUAUUUUAAGCUCUUUUUUUAACAUUAGACCUGUUGAGAAAGUAAUUGCUGACUGUAUACUGUAAGUCCCACCUGUGGUGAUGUGGGCAUUUGUCUGUGCUGUGUGGAGUAUAGCCUAAAAAUAAUUGUAAAUAUCAUCAUAACAUUUAUGGAUAUUAUUUAAAAUUGAGGCUUGUAAGUCCCACAGCAUGGCAAGUGGGCAUAUUGUUUUCAGCACAUUUUCUAUAUAUGCUCCUGUCAUAUGUACUUUGCAUUCCGGCACCUCAUGAUUUACAAAUUAAGCACUGCUCAUAAUACAUGUGAGAAAUCAGGGAUAAAACUGUGAAGAUGAGGUUUGCUGUUAGUUGACUAGAAUUUCUAACUUGACAAAAAUUCAUCUGACUGGCGGGGCUUUUGCUUCCCCGCAAUUUUGGCAUCUUUUCAGCACAAUCCUACAUAAUAUAGUAUUUGCACUGAAUACCAUGUUGUAUUUAUUACUUGUGAUGUGCUCUAGUGCUUAUUUUAAUCAUAUUUAAGCAGAAACUCAAAGCUGGGUCCUGAAAAAUACCAGAUUUGCCCCUGCUACUUUUGUGCCAUCUUUGGGGAACUUCCCCUCAAUAAAAAAGAUAAAAUAUCUGACUUCAGUUGAUGUCAAUGAAUGCAGCAAUGCACUUCUAGUUUUGGGCUUUUAGAAACCAUCGUGUUCUUUGAGAGUAAAGCGUACAAUCAGCUUGAAGGACUCUUCUGUUGCGAGCUGUAGUCCUUGACGUGAAAUCCUCUGAAUGACUCAGAAAGAAAAAAAUCAAACAUUUGAGGAAACAGAUUAAAAUACACGUUUAAAUCUCAGCGGCUGAUUCUGAAUUCUGUAUCAAACAAGAGGAAAUUAAGGUUUAGAAAGGAGUUGGGUUUGGCAGGAGCCUUGUAUCCCUGAAAUGUGAACACACUGGCUGGUUUCUGCUACAAAGGCGUCCCCGCCGCGCACGGUUUCCAGCCUGUUAAAAGACGACGGCGAGCAGAAACUCACUAAUACUACAGUGUGUCAAUAUUUUCAACAGUCUCGGGUCAACGCAAACAGCAACAGCCGGAGAAGAAAAACCAUAAAGUGCCACCUACUCAAAACUGGGAUUUCAUCAACAGAGAGAAAAAAAAUCUUUGCAGGCGUCUGAGCUCUGCCUCCUCUGUGACAGCGUCUUCGCUUUGAGAGGCUGCAGCUGUGCUUUUCCUCGCUUCUGCCGCCGCCGCUGCUGCUGGAGAGAGAUUAAGAGCAAGACAGUUUCCAUUUAGAGCAGUGAUCCAGCCUAUUACCUUAAUUCUGCCCUGGCAGCAAAUUUCACUCAGAUCACUUCUGAAAAUGUAUUUUUCAAAAGACAAACUUAAUUUAGGGUAAUUAUCAGAGUAAAGGGAGUUCUGGUCCUCACCCCCUCCGAGACAAAUCCACAGGAAGUCAGGAGUCUUUCAAUCCAAUUGUGACGGCGUUUGUGACUAUGUUUGACUCAGAUUAUCUCCAGUUAUUGCAUCAAAGUAAGAGAGUAGCAUCAAGCUUGAAAUACCUUCAGCUACAGUACAUCCUGAUGGGAACCUUUAAAGGGAUAUUCCAGCGUAAAAUUAAUUUAGGGUCAAACACACCCUAACACAGAGUUAGACACCUCCUCGAGAGAUUAAUGUUGCCGACCACUUACUUCUCUAGUUAUACCAACUUUAGUAAUGACUGCAGGAUAGCGAUACACAGCGGUCUGAGGAGCCAUAAACAAACCUCAACCAAAACGCCACUCUAUAGCCACAAAUAAUGCUUAGAACAGCACCUAACUUCAUCAACAGUACAUAUAGGGUCCUAGCCGUAGCACUAGGCACCAAACAUCUUUUUAGCUUUGCCUGAUUUCUUUAGCAAAGAGACUAAACACAACUCACCUACUCUCUUCCAGCAGCUGCUUGAUUUUAGAGAGACCUCGGGCCAGUCUAUUACAGACUGCUGUGGGGAGACGCAGCUCAAGGAAGAACAUUUAUGAUCAUUUCUUCAUGGAAAUGCAAUCAGACCGAGACGCCAAGGCAGAAGAACUACCGCGUUUGUAGUAUGGCCCGACCGAUAUGGAUUUUUGGGGGCCGAUACCGACUUAUGUAAGCACCCAAAGUGCUUACAUAACAAUUUUUGUCUGUUUUUCAGGUACUAUAAGAUGAUAGUUGCUCUUAUGGAAAAGUUACAAGGCAGUGAGAACUUUUGCCCAAAAACAGACCAAAAACCCCCAAAUCCUCAUUUUCAGCUGACAACCCACCGUUUUUAUGAACAUUUCUCAAUAUCUUUGAAGACUCAUAAGAUCUUGAUAACUUCGCCUUUUGUUAAAUUGAAAUUCAGCAUGAUUGAUGAGUCCUUUGAUUCGGCCCUGUCACACUGCUCCUACAUUAAGUAUUGGGAGGGAAUACACGGAGAAGCUCCUCCACAUCUAAAGCAUACAGUCUAUGACAGAGCCUAAAUUAGCACAUGCAAACCUGUGGUGACGUUUUUCAUAUUUUACGUUCUUUGCAAUAGCAGGAUCGGAUCUUCAAAGUCUGCAGUCGCUGACAGAUCUUGCACGUACAUCAGAGGGAAAAAAAUUAUGAAUGUUGAAUGGUGUUGGGCUGUGAAGUUCUGACAAAAAAAGGGCCUCCAACGCACAGCUUUGGCAAGCUUCACAUCCUCUCACUGCAGCCCUAUUAUAGCUUUGCUUUAGGAAGCGAAGACGCUGCAUGCAGAACGUCAGGCAUCCGCUGUGGGAAGGGUGGAGAACUACAAGUGAAUUUUUGAAAUGCAAGAGGGAAAACUAAAAUGUAAAUUAGGUGUGUUUCCAUCAGGCACGUUAGAGAAGAUAAAUUAAAUUUCCACACAGACUUUCAGGAGCUGAUUUCUAUUUGCCAAGUUGUUAUCGCACUUUCGUGUCGGAGAGUGUAAGUGGUAUUUCAUGCUUUCAUUUUCAAGAUGGAAAUCAAGGAAUGCACUUUGCAUACUGUUCAGCACCGACUGAGCAUUACACCUGAGAGAUGCAACACAUACUGUUUCCUUUUCUCCAGGAGGUCACGGUUCACACUAUACUGCGCACAAAGAAUUUCUUAACCUGCAGACCUUUCUUUUUUACCUUGAGUGAGCAUAAAACCUGACAUUUACAUUCAGCUUUUCUAUUCCUUGGAAGGAGGCCCACUUCUCUUCAUGCUGUGUUACUGCACUAACUCCAUGAAAAUUUACUUUUUUGGCUGUAACUUGUGAACAGUUUCAAUUAAAGCGUUACAACAUCUCAGUAGCGUGGCGGCAGAAGUCAUUCUGUCAAUCCUUUCUUUUUUAGUAUGAAUGAGAUGACGGAUCUUUGUCUGUGUACGCAGCAGAUAUUUCUCAUGUCCCUGUGUUGAAGUGAGGUGAUUCCUGUCUUUAAGAAUCUCAUCUCCUCAGCUGAGCUCACAUCACCAAUUCUUAUUGAAGGGGAAACGGCACAGCCAUUGCUGAGCGAGGUCGUUAUUUGGAUAAUGACUAAUCUGCUCCCGACUUAAUUCCAUUCCUCUGAUCCCACGUCCAGGUUGCAGUCAGAGGAUGUGGCUAAUGAUGUGGCUGCAGCAUUGUCUGGGAAUGCAGCGAAUACACACUCACACACAGACACACAUUCACAGAGAUUAUACUUGCAGACAUUUACUUGUAAGUCACUCAGUUGCUCACAUACUGUAAGCGCUCAUGUACAGGACUGAUUCAAUGUCACGCGUUGACACACACGUUUGGCCUUUAGCCCAUUAACUGUAUUUUUCUCCUCUUUGUUUUUCUCUUUAACAAAUAUGUUUUCUCAUUGUUCCUCGCUGUCGCUGCCACGUACAGUAUAUGUCAGUUAUCUCCUCUUUACUGAGCUUUAACGCUCACUUGGUGUGGAAAUAAUCGAAAACGACAGCUUCAUGACUGUUAUGACUUUACGUCAAAUGGAGAAAAUGAACCAUGGACUGUUUCUUAUACACAAUUUAUCCUCAUCUUUACAUGCUUUUCUUCUUUUGUGCAUUUUUCCUCUUUGAGACAAGAUGGUUUAAAAUAUAGUGGGCACAGAGGGGGAAUGACAUGCAGCAUAGAGUCAUGACAUUGACAAGAGUACCUGGCUGCAGAUAGAGCACAGUUGGAGGGAGAGUUCGUCUUUGUUAUGAAUUUUUCCAGUAAAAGUCAAUAUACUUUUAGAGUUUAAUAUUUUAUCUAGAAGAGAAGAAAUAAUCCAGAUAUUGUAAUCACCUAGCUCUGCACAUGUGCAGUAAGACUUCCCUUGGUGCAUGCUCUCGUAUAAUGACCAUACCUGAAAUUUUGUCUUCAUGCCGUUUUCUCAAACUUUGGUAAACUCAGUUGAAAGUUUAGAAUCUGUUUGGAUAUUUUUAUCAAGAAUUCUGUGGUUACAGGUCUUUUAAACUGCCCCUCAUGUGCUGUUUUGCAGUUUUAAUAUUCAAAAAGACAUGAUGAGGUGCAACUUUUGCAAGUGAGAUUAUGUAGUUCCUGAGAACCAGAUUUCAACUGUGCAUGUGCUCACAGGGGUCUGCUGUGUCUGGGUCCUUCUUGGCUAUGGGUUGAUCCAGCAGCUUCUGCAAAUGGCUACCGAUUUAUUAAUGUGCUCCCAAGGCAGGUCUACAAAAAAACUCAAUUUUACUUUGUAAUAAAACUGCAAGUGUUGGGCAGAUACAUAUAUAAGGAAGAAAAAGUAAGUCAAAAGUAGCCAUGCUCGAAGCAUACUCUGCUUUAUGGACUAUUUAGCCCUAAAUGGGACUGAGAUUUACAAAGUGACCAUUAGGCAGGACUUUAAAGUAUAAACUGAGGCCAUUAAAGUAAAAAAAGUAGUGUGUGAUAGGAUAAAUUUUCAUAGACUUCCAUGCAUUUUGAGUUGUUGAAAUCUGCGCAGUCUUCCUCCUGGAGGCAUCAGAGAAAACGUAGGUUUAGGGCACCUCAGCACUGACUUUCCUUUUCGUGGUUCAGUCUCAGCUCUUUCAAUCUUUACGUGUACAUCUGCUGUGUGACAUUCUUAUUAUGAAAAAAGUUUAAACCAAAACAUCAACUUAAGUCAGACUGAAACGAAUGCAGACUAAAACAAGACUCAAAUAAAAACUCAGUUUUUUCAAUCAGAUCUUGACUGAAAGAACAAGACAAAGAUUAAAAUAUGACACAAAUCAAUCACAGUUUUCUGAAAGUGACUACAUACAAAUUUCUUUUCAAAUCCGCUGAAAAGGGGGAGGAACCUCACUGACAUGAAAAACAUAGACAUCACAGUGCGCCCCCACUUUACAACGUGCUCCAAACAAGAUGAUUCAGAGCUAUCACGACUGUCUUUUCUCUGAAUAAUAACAGUGCAAGUCAGUCUUAAAAGGUGCCACACAUGCUCCAGAGUUGUGACAGCCUGUUUAAUGCUGCUUGGAGCCAGCUUUAGUUUUAUUGUUUGUUGUUGUCGCAUUCACCUGCCAGACAAAAUCAGCUUCAUUGAGUCAGAAGUCAUUAAAUCAUAAAAGCUGUUUUCUUUCGGCAAUUAAAAAACAUGUUGCAACACUUUUUCCAUCACUUAUGACAGUUCUUAUUACAUCCCAAUGCAUGCCUCUAUUUCCUUUACAACCAACCCUCAAUCUGACUCUGAUCUUGGUCUUGAAAUUGAAACCAAGUCCUAAAAUCCUACAGAGGAUUGUAAACUGGCCAAACUGGCCAAACUGUCCUCACGUUUCAAAAAGGUCCCCGUCCCACCAUCUCAGCCGGGGCAUCAUGUCCUCAUAAAGAUAGAAAAACAACAACAACACACACUCACAUUCAUCCAUGCACUUGGUCUAAUUUUUAUCGAAUGCAACAUUCACAGCGUUGACCUGCUCACUCAUACGCACUCUUUGGAACAUGCACCAAAAAACACACAUAGACACAAACAGAACAGACCCCCCCAACACACACACAUACACACACACACACUGUUGCCCUCCUCUUCUCACAUGCCUUUUCACUCCGUGCUCAUUUGGUGAUGUUAAUGCCAGCAGACAUGUACAGUGUGCUCUAACAGCGGAGGGAGGGGAGGGUGUGGGUGUGUGUGUUCGAGCGUGUGUAUGUGUAAAUGCGAGUGUGUGUACAUGUGUGUGUACUUACCGCUCUUAAAAACCAAUUAACAGCACACAGCAGCAGCAGCCGCCGCCCCCCCCUCCUCCAAAUGAAGAGGUGAAUUAAACAUCACCAGGACCAGAUGGAAAGAAAUCAGAGAGAGAAAGAGAGACGGAUGAAUAAUUGACGACAGAGGGGAUCAUAAAAAAAGGGGAAAUAAAACUGAAAUAAGAGAUGAAAUGAAAUGUAAGAAAGCAGAAGUCAAUUAGAGAGACUGAGAGAGAGCUGCAGGGAGAACAGAUAGGAAGAAAGGGGAGGGUUUGACGCAAGUGUGUGUUUAUGUGUGUGUUUGUGAGCGUGUUCAUGCCGUGUUUGUGUGUGUCUCUCCUGCCUACUUUCCGGAAAAGAGUCGACUAACACAACCCAGUUGUUUGAAGUCGACAGCGGCAUAAUCAGGUUGGUAUAGGGAUGAUUAGACCAUGUUCUCUUUUACGAAACUGAACUUCACUCGAAAUGAACACCACUCUAUUGGAGUGUGUGUGUGUAUCUUUGUGUGUGUGUGUGUGAGACAAUGAACAACCUGUGAAGCUGUGGCCCAUUUCCCAAAGCUGUUUGAAAGAGCCACGCUGCCAAACGGUGGCAGCUUCGUGUUUCCCAGUUGUCGUUUGUACAUUUCUAAUACGUCUUCUUGUAUGAAGCGGGUCUUUUCCAUACUCAUACAUGAUUCACAAGCGUUCCCGCUUUUGUCUUGAUUAGAUCUAUGUAGAGAGGAAAACUAGACGUGUAUCAAUACGUCGCUUUAUGGGUCACAGUUUUACAGUGUAGGCAGUAAUUAACAUUGAACCGCGCUAUUUAUUCUCUGGUGAUGACAGCAGAGUACUUUGUUUCUUAUACCUUCCUCCCUCAUAACAGGCUCUAGUAUAUGUUGAAACACAAUAAAACGAACUGUUGGUUACAGAGGUGGAUCCAUGGGGGGGAUUUCAUUGGCCACCCAAUUGGGCUAAUGUUGUGUUACCUUGGAAGUCAGAUGUCUGAGUAGGGAAUGAUGCCGCAUAGUAGCCAACUGCAUCCAAGUUAAGUUGAUUCACCAAAUGUUUUUAGCAUUGUUAGUAGUGCUGGGCGAUAUGGCCUCAAAUCAGGCCUAGAUGUCUGGCACCAAGAUCAUGAAUUCAAGUUGUAAUUUCACUUGUAAUCAACCACAUCUUUACUGCUUUACUGGUACAAGGGUUCCUACGCAAGUAUGGAAAUACAUUUGAUCAAUUUCCAGGUCUUAAAAAGUAUGGAAAAUGAAAAAUAAAGUAUGGAAAAAGACUAUUAUCACAGUUAUUGAAACUGUUUUCUAAAAUAUAAAAGUAGGUAUUUACAAAAAUAUUUCUAAAAAGUAGGAUAUGGAACAGUGUGGAAAUUCCAACUGUGUAGGAACCCUGUGGUUCUCUGUGUUCUAUAGUUAGCAUACCAACGGUGUGAUGAUAAAGCGAAGGCUCCUCAGAGUUAUAGCAAAGACCAAGCAAGGACAUGGGGCCCAGAUUGAGAACUAAUGAGUCCUCUCUUCCUUCGGUAAGAACAUUGAAAUUGAUGUGCACUUUUGGCAGCACAGCAUCACCGUUAUGGCCACUUUCCUUGUGAACAAGAGGGGCCUGUCUGUGUUAUAGCUGUCCAGUUUGUUGUCCAGUAAGUGUCUGGAAACAUCCACUAAAGGAAGUCAGACGGGGGCUGAAACCCCUGAGCACAGCCGUGUGAUCAGAGCAGAAUGUAAAGAAAACUGAAGGUUAGCUGCACUUAUCUCGAAAAGGGGAUGAUGCUGACCAGUGAACCCAAACUCUCCGGGGAAACACUCGGUCCAAUAUGUUUUGUUGCUGAUAGCAGCCUUUCUGAAGUGGAUAUAAAGUUUUGUGUUUCCAGCAUCACUGGACGGUCACACAUUUAUUCAGUCAUGGUUGGAAACGACUUCCUUCAUGCGCUGAGAGCUCUGACGCUCGCUAUCACAUACACUGAGCUGAUGCACCGGGGUCUGCAGAGAGGGAGAGAGUUAAACCCACCAUAGCUCAGACUGGAAGCUUAAAUAUUACUUAUUGAGUAACUUAUGCAGUCGAUCUUUUGACCUACAACCUAAAACAUGACACAUUAUAAUGUAGUGUCAUCAUAGAGAGUAUAAAACAUGAACAUGAUUUACAUAUGUUCCUGUCGCUUAUUUCCCAAUGUGUAUUUAAUCCCUUCCUCAGAUGGAUAAACCGAAAAUUUACAGAUACCGAAAUUUACAACAAUAACUGACGUAAUUUUGCCCAUGUCAAUAUAUUCAGUGUCAAAAAAAUAGGCUAAAGUAGGCUAUAGUCACAUGUCCCUUUAAGACGCUGUCCUAUGUCAGAGACGUGACUUCACCUCAUUCAGACAGUAACAAAGAGGGAAAGACAGGUGAGGAGAUGGAGGACGGUUCAAAAGUUGUAGCGGCUGAAGUAGACGAAGUUAAUGUGGGAGGGGGUGAGCAGCUUGUGGAGUAGUUAUCGUCUACUUAUCAUUAUCAAGGUGAACUGAUCAAUUUAUCGUGAUAUUGAUUUGGGGCCAUAUCACCCAGCCCUGGUACACAGGCUGCAAACAUGUUUGAUCUUGCUGUAAAGAUGUGCUUUUUUUACAUUGGUGUUUAUGGGACUAUCUUAGCAUUUGGACCCAGCCUCAAGUGGACACUCAAGGAACUGCGCUUCUUUGUUCAGUUUUCAGCACAUAAUUUGCAGCCUGGAUGUAGUGCAUGUUCUUGCAUCAGUAAAUUGCGUGUACAUUUUUUGCACCUAUUUACUUCCCUGUAGGGAGAUUUGACUUAUUUGAGGCUAUAUUUCAUGCAACAAAUUAAACAAAAGAGAAAAAAAGACGGACCUGAACUGUUUGUAUCAAGAGCUGUUUUACGGUUUUUGGUGUUGCAUCAGUGUCGGUGUGUAAAUUGCAUUUUUAUUUCAAGUCUAGAGUGAGUUUUUUCAGAGUGUGUGUGCAGGGCAAAGCAAAUUGUCUGCACGGUUGUAUCCAGUCACGCUGUCUCGUAGAGAUUUUGGGAGAGUAAUUGAGUACAUUUGUGAGUGUGUUUAGAUUUGAGUGUGCAUUUUACUCUGCAGGCGUUUGUGUAUUUUGUGCAGUGAGUGUGGAUAUGCAUGUAUGAGUGUGUGCAUGUGUGUGCUAUUUAGUAAUUGCCUCUGCUUUAGUUUUACUUUGUGUUCAUGUGUGUGUUUGUGUGCUCGUGACUCAUGCAUGCAGCUGUCUGUGUGUAUCGGUUCGUGUGUUUCUUCCUCUGCACAGUAGUAAUUGCCCCUAGAUGAGUUUGUAAGCGUGCGUGUUUGUGUGUUGUAGUGUGUGUGUGUGAGAUUUCCAAUAACUGCUGGCUUUGCUCAGCAUCUCCUCUGUGCUGGGCGUCACGCUGCUCCUCUGUUCUGCUGGAAGUGUUUGCAAGGGGGAAAUAAAAGCAGCGUUCGGUGGUGAGGGGGGAAAUCACGGAGCUUCUGUUUACAGCAAACACCGGGCACGCCGGGACACAAAGUUAUGAUCUCUGCGUCUGUCCCUGUGUGUCCGUCUCGCCUGGUCCUUCUCCUGUGUGUCUCUGUCAGAUACAUGCUGCGAGCUUCAAGCGUAUAAAUGUUACAUGAGUGAUCUUUCCAAAAGUCUCGAAAUAAACAAGGCGGCAGUAAACAUAUCCUUCCACAGGAAUGAUGCAGACGUCUCUCACGGCCAAUCAGGAACAGGCAGGUCGCUGUUUUCUGACCUUUGUUUGUAAAUGACUGCAGGGACACAUGGCUUUGUACUGUGACGCAGAACUCAGAUCACUUCUGAUAACUUUACGCUUCUCUCCUCUGCUGUGGACUAUGAAUGACUCCUAAAGAGGAAUAAAUAUGUCAGAAACAUCAAAUAACUCUCAUAUCUAAUAAGACGCAGUGUUGCAUGUAACACUGUUUGCAUGCACUUGCUCUGUGACUGACUGCUUCUGUAUCUAUGAUUAAUCUUCCCUUUUCUUUGCUGUCAUACGAUGACUCAUGCAUCACUUUCUCCUGCUGCCGUUUCCCUCCAAAAGCAGCUCUACAUUAAAAGAAAUGAGCUGAUAGAUGCAUGAAGAUGAUAUUUACAUGUCCCACUUUAGGGAGGUCGUGAUUUGUGUCGCCUCGCAUUCACAGAGUGGGCGGUGGUUUAGCUCCCAAUCCUGACAUAAUUAGGCUCAUAUCAUAUUGUAUUAUUAAAUAAAAGCAAAAAGCACAAUAAAAACAAACAUUAAAUUUUCAGCAGUCAUCAAUCGCGUGUAAAAUUUUACACAAUACUGAUUUUGGCUGAUACCCAUCGUCCCAUAGUCCCAUCGCUACAACUUUUGAACUGUCCUCCAUCUCCUCACCUGUCUUUCCCUCUGUUACAGACUGGAUGGGGUGUAGUCACGUCUCCAAUGUAAGACAGCGUCUCAAAGGGACAUGAGACCAUAGCCUCCCUACACACCUUUAUUUCUUUUUUUGACACUGAAUAUAUUGAUAUGGGCAAAAUGACGUUGAUCAUUGUCAUAAAUUUAGGUGUCUGUUUAUCACCCAGCCUUCAUUGAAAAGUUUAAAAACUACGGCUGACAUCUGCUCCUCACCGGAUGAAUUUCUUCCAUGUUAGAAAGUUUUGUUUGCCAUCACCAGGACCUUUUUUCCUGACUGCAUCUGUGUAAUGGCAGCCAACUUCAUGUUGCUUCAUGGUAACACACUGCAGGGCGUGGACAACACACUCACAGGGAACCUCUUGUUUAUCAUUCAGCUUUUACAGUAGUACAGUGAGAAAUGAAAGGUAACAAGGUUGACUGAAUUGGAUGGACUUUCUCAAUCCUUAUUCUGGUCUUUCUCCUCUCCAAUAUCUCCUUGUGGGUCCCCCCCCCUCAAUCUCUCUCUCUAAUCUCACACAUACGCACACAAACAAACACUCACACACACACACACUUUCUCUCUCUUUUCUCUCCCUCAUGCAAACACCUUUUUUUUUACUCUCCUUUCCACACUUUGCCCUUUGCUGCCUUUUCAGAAAUGGCAAAUAUAUGCACACGGCAUACACAGCACAACAAUGACAGAAAUGUAUGCAGGCAUGCGUGUAAACACGGACAAUGCUCGCACGCACGCACACACACAAACACACACACAGACUUGGACUCGGCGUGCUCCUCUCUCCUGCCUGAGAGUGGUGUGCGGUAGUUGAAAUGAGAGCGAGCUGUAGCCCGGAGGCAGAGCCGGGACAUGAAUACACGGAGAGGGUCAGCGUGGCAGUUCUGGGGGCGGGGGGGUGAGGAGGAUGAAGGCUUCAGGGUGCGGGGGAGAGCAGUUUAGGGUUACAAACCUCACACACUCUCCUUUCAUUUCCUCACAGGAAGGGUUUGCUUGCAGGAGAUUGUGUUUGGCCUCUGGUGGCCUUCAGCUGUUAGGACACGGUGUGUUCAAUUUAUAAUGAGACCGUGUCUGAUAAGAUGACAAGACACCCCGCUUUGAAGUCCAGAAUUAAAACACCUACAGGCUUUUUUAGGCUUUACAAAGACAUUUCCUUCCCUUUACAUAUUAACCUGACUGUCGACACAGCCGAUGCGGGGCAGGUCUGAUUUCUGUGAGAUGAUUUUUGAGCUGAUCCAAAGCGACCUGGACUGUUUUAACUUCUUUACCUCACUGCACACAGACAGCAAGUGAUCUGUUGGCUGAAAGCAGUCCAGCUCUGGCGGUGCUAUGACGGAUUAUUUGGUAGUUCUGUUCUCGCCAAGCCAAAAGAUCUGGAUCACCGAAAAAGAGAAUUCAUUGUUAGAGACAUUUAUGUUCGGCCUCAGAGACGUGACUCCACCCCAUCCAGUCUGUAACAAAGAGGGAAAGACAGGUGAGGAGAUGGAGGACGGUUCAAAAGUUGGUGUGGCUGAAGUAGACGAAGUUAAUGUGGGAGGGGGUGAGCAGCUUGUGGAGUAGUUAUCCAUUUAUCGUUAUCGAGGUGGACUGAUCAAUAUAUUGUGAUAUUAAUUUGAGGCCAUAUCGCCCAGCCCUAAUCUAAACUCUGCUCUUAUACGUGAAGAUAGAUCAUAGACAGCUAGAGCUAGAUCAUAAAGCUGCUGUAGUUUUGUGGGGACAUUCAUUGUCAGGACUUAAUUGCAACCAUGAUGAACAGAUUAACGGUUAGAGUUCAAUCAGGACUCCAUUUCCAUUUAAAAUAGUUCAGGAAAGUGGGCUGCUAAAUUUCAAGGUCCAGUAUCGUGCAAAACUGAGCGUAUAGUGCUAGUUCAGGCAGGCCAGGAAAGUCAAGCUCAAUGCAUCACCAAGAGGGGUGUUAUUUUUGAAUUGCUUCCUCCAAACCCACCUGGACUUGUUUGGAUGCUCUUCCUCCCCCCGAGUAUCCAAGUCAUUGGUGCUCAAGUCCAAGCCGAGUGAAGAAAACCACAUCCCUGGUUGUUGUUGUUUUGUUCUGCAAACAUGCGAUGAGAUUUCAGAUGUUUAACUUUGCUUUCGAGCUCUACCAGCUCUCAUUUAUUCUAAGAGAGUCUGUGUUUCCCACUGAGUCUAAAAACCUUAAAGCUCAGCUCAUGUAUAAUAGAGGAUGUGGAGAAUUUCAUAAGACUUGUGUACUUUAUUCUUAAACGAUGAGUGUAUAAACUGAUAAAAGGCUGGUAGGAUAAAACUAAGAUGUUUAAUAAAGCUCAUUCUGACGGAAAAAAAAGAGGACAAAGAGAAUAAAAGAUAUUAAAGACAUUAAGCAUAAUCUGUUUGGACUCUGAGGCUGUUACUGUGGAGCUCUGUCUAUCGUACCGCUGGGUCAUUAUGCAAUAAGACGGAGAGGAGAUAUACCUUACAUCAUCCCUCAGGGUAAUGAUGCAGGGCGGGAAGAGAGAAGAAAAGGAAAGAGAAGAGGAGGAGGUGGAGGAGGAGGAUGGGUAGAGACAAAGAAUAAACUGCAGAGAAAGAAGGAUGGAAGAAGAGGAAAGAGGAGAAGAGAUAAAAAGAGAGAGAACAUAAGGGAGAGGAGGGGAAAAGUUGAGCACAUGGGAGAGGAGAGAGACAGGGAAUUCAAAAGUGGGAGGAGGAGGUAGAGGAGGAGGAGUGUGUUGGAGGGAUGGAGGGAUGAAGGAGGGGAGGGGGGGUAUCCCGUAGGGUUAAUUACAUCUCUGUUCUCUGUCAGUGCGGCUCGCUCCUCUGCGAUCUGAGUCCCUGCUGCAGGCUGACAGGCCACACACUCUCACAAAUAUGCACUCCUAAUACGAGCGCACACCCUCAUAAACACAAGACGAAAACACACAAACAUGGCGCACACUCAUAAAUCAUGACACACAAACAGAAAUGAUCUCUUGUCUCCUCCUUUUUGUCUUUCUGUCACUGCGUCUCCUCUCCGUCUUUGUAUCUCUAUCUCUGUCACACACAUAUUUAAACACACACACACACACACACACACACACACACACACACACACACACACACACAGAGUCAGCCGCCGCAGCUCGUCCCAAGAGAACUUGCGUUGUUCUGUACAGUUAUACACAAAGAAGUCGGCCCCCGCUUGUAAUAGCUGUUAAUUUUGCAUAAAUCAUGCAUAACAUGACCCACAUGUAAAUCACUCAUGUCAGCAGGAGAUCCCAGCUCCUUCUUCUUCUCCUUCUUCUUCUUCUUCAGCUCCCGUUUCCACUCCUCAGCCUCAGCUCCUUUGUUUGUCUUCCUCUCCGGAAGAUGAAAGAGGACGAUGCAGAAAGUUUCAGUCGAUCAAAAUAAUGAUCGCUCUCCUUGUCAGGGUUUAGGAAGUGCUCGAUGUGUUUCCUGGCAGCUUCAUCAGGGUUGUCGAACGCGCUGGAAUGAAUGAAAUACAUUUACGACAUUCUUGGUAUUCAUUAGGUGAAAAUGUGCCUACCUGCUUUGCAUUCUGCACUUUCAGGCGUUUUCGAGAUGAAGAAAUCGGUAUCAUUGUGCCUCCCUGGUAGAUUUCACCUGACUAUUUCUCAAGUAUUAAAGAGGGUGGUGUUAAAGGUCAAAAUUUAUACAUGUUUUAGUUAAUAUCACUGACUCAAAAAAGGCAUUUUGACCUUGCUCUUGAAAGUACUUGAGAGACAUUACCAUUUUUCUGAUUUCUAUCAUUUUUAAGCAUUUUCCUUCGUAACAAUUCAGCCUGAUUCUUAUUCAGAGUUUGCUCUUUAACCUGUAAGCAGUUUACAGUAUAAUUCAUUUACAGCUCAUGCAUGCAACAAUAUUUUGCUUCAGCUUAAUCAAACUGACUUUUACACUCACUGAAUAUAAAAAAGGAAGAAAACAGACCUUUAGGGGAACAUGCCCUCUUGCUCACCCCUCCCACUGAGGAAGCUACGGUGGCGUUUUAGGACAAGAAGCUCCUGUUUUGUGCUUUAAAGUAGUUUUUACCAUCAGAAGAACGUCAUUACAUCCUCUUUGUUGGCGUACUUUGCUGUAGCAGUGUUGCCAACUCCUCAGUAAGGAAAGUCACGAGUGGCUGUCAUAGACGUCGCUAGACAUCAUCGCUAGCCAAUACCCGUUAAGAAGGGUAACAUUGAUACCUGCUUUCAUGUCAGAGUCUCUAAACUCCAGAGAAAGUAGCGAGCUUUGGCGCUAGGCACUUUUUUUGAAAAUAAGUCGCUGGGUGGCCUGAAAAGUUGCUAAAUCUAGCAACAAAGACGCUAGAUUGGCAACACUGUGCUGUAGGAACAUGUCAGUGCAAGUCUGAUCUGCAAAAUCCAGCAAAAAAAUGCACACUGCACCUUUAAAACAGACCCCAAAUAGAAGCACUAUUGAGAUUCAUUAAUGUAAUUAGGGAUGCAAAAAAUGGGAGUCAGUUAAGCUGAAUAAAAAACUAAAUUUUUCAGACAGCUGGAGUACAAAUCUAUGUAAGGGAUGAUGGACAGUGAAGCUGGUUAUGCAGAUCAGUAUCUCUUGGUGUUAUGUCAGAGUCCAGUUCGAACUAUUAUUGUCUGGCUACCAGCUAAAGAUGUAAACAGGACUCAAACUGAUUCUAAAUGUUGAUUUAAGGACGACUUUAUAAAUCAAAGUGAUCAUUUGAAGCUAACAUUAGAAAUGGUGAUCAGGUCUUCUGGCGUUUCUACUUUCAUGCUGCUCUUCUUCUUUUCUCAGCCCUACAGAUGACGCCCCUUUAAACACAAAUAUUGCAUAAAUGUUGAUAUAACUAUUGAAGUUACUUUAUAGUGAUUAACAACUUUGAGAUGCUCUCACCAGCUCUGCUGUCAUUGCACAGAUUGCAGGACAGGAUGUUAUCUAUCAGUUAUAGCUCGGGUCUAGAAGCUCCUCAGGCUGACUCUGAAGACCAGUCUUCAACAGAGGCUAACACUUUCACCCCAGAGUCAACAGGCUGAGGGGAAAUUAGCAUGAUGGGGUUUUGACCAAUCAGGAUCAAGUAUUUGACAGAGCCUUCUGAUAAUACAGAAUGAAAUGACUCGAGUUGUUUGUGUGAGUUGCUAAUUGACAGUUAGCAGAGCUGCAAGGUAGUGGCUAGCAGCAUGACUCAGCGUAUUUCCGUUUAGCUAACUAUGGUGCUAUUUUGAGCUGUAGUAUUUAUAUUUACAGUUUUAAUUCUUAAUGUAAAACAAAAUUGGAGGACUUAAAACCGUUAACUAGCUGUCAUGCUGUGAAUAUAAGCAUCUCACUGCAAACAGCCAGAUAAUAUCUUAAAUAUGAAAGUGCAGAAUAACUGUGAGCAGGCGCAAAAAUAUCUGAAAUCAAGGAUUAAAAUAAGCCUGAAAGAUUCAGAAUAAGCAUGAGCAUCUGAAAAAAAGCAGGUCUGGAGUUUAAGAGAUUAAAAACACUUUCACAGACUUUAAUGGAUUGAUACUUGAGAAUGUUUUUUUUCUAAAAUAUCGAAGUAAGGACGAAAAAUGCAGAAAAAUGCGGGAUAUAUGAAAAAAAAAAACAUAUCUUAGAGAUGAUAUUUCAGAGCCACACCAUCCACUUUAUCCUUGGCCAGAAAAAAAAACAAAAAAAACAGCCGAACAACUGCAGUAGUUAAGAGUUUUAAGGAGAAUCCUCCUUUUAAGUUCAAAAAGACUCCAGCUCAAACAGCUCACAGUCACAGCAGUCGUCUUCUUGAUUCGGUAUUCAAAAGGAAAGUUGACGAAACAUCAAAGUGCUCCCUGUGAAGUCUGAAGAUCCCUGUCUACAUUAAAACCAGCCGUCUGCACAAAUAACAUGACAGGUCGUGUAAUCCUCCUGACAAAUCAGUGGAUCUCCCUGUUGUUUGCACCUUUGUGCUGGAAUCCCACUGAGACGUGUCCCUCAGAGCCACGGCCUGCUUUAUUAAGCAGUUUUGCCUUAAUUAGCUAAUAGGAUUGUUUUAACCAUGAUCCAAGAACAGAAUAGCCCUGGGGAAGACAAACACCAGCUCUGGAAGUGUCUGUGUGUGUGUGCUUGCAUGUAUGUCUUCACAGCUGCGUGACUCCAUGCAUGUACAUGAAUGAGUGAAGUGUGUGCAGAAGUCGCUGUUUGUGCGAGGCUGAGUCGAGUGCGUGUGCCAUCUAAGGCGCCACAGUCCUCCUCCUCACUCUCUUAAUUAAAGCGCCUUCUCGCAAGACUUUCUCUGGAAUAUGAAACAAUUUUACCUGAUGAUGCAAACGGCUGAAAACAGCAGCAGCGGGUUAGUGCCUCGCCUCCUCACCUGACACUUUCUCUUUAUGUGAGAGCACUAAUGUAUGCCGGUGCUACACUUGUAGUUUUUAUACCCGUGUAUUUUAGUGGCUCUGCAAUCGCCAAAAGGCUUAUUUUGCUGGAGGAAAUGUGAGUGUGUAAGCAAAAUCCUUUGUACUGUGUGAUGAAAAAGAGCAGGCUGUAUCACAGCUUGGCAAGGAUGGCCGUGCUGCACAUUUACACGCACACAUCCAUGCAGAAAAACACACACACAUGCACGCUUUAACUCACAAAUGCCCACGCAGAGACACACAUAAGCCCCAGUGAAGUCCAGGGAAAACUUGAAAAGGGGGUAAGAAAGAGACGAAACAGCGUUCGAAGGCACAGAGGAAUGACGAAUAUGCUAAUCCAGGCAAAUGAGCUCUGAGUCCAGCUAACAAAAAAAAAGUCAUUGAAAUGACUUUAUACUGGAAUAAAUGCAGAAAAAUGCAGCGCUGUGCAAUAUAUCUGAGAGAUUUCACUCUAUCUUUGAGGGACAGAGCUGAGAUAUUCCUUUAUGUGAACUCAAUCGAGCCCUGGAAGAAUGAAAAACCAGAUACCAAAGAUAUUUCUUCUCAUUUCUUUACGAUGUUGACAUUUUUGAGGGUGUUCAGAAUACCUGACCUUACUUUCUUGUAUUUUCUGGCUCUUUAGAUCUAUUACAUGCAGCAAAUAUUUCUCAGUGAUAAAAUCUCAUCAUUUUAUUUCACAAAGUUACUUCAAAUUCCAAUGAUGCCAUUUUACCAGAUCCGGGAAUAAGAUUUAUACUCUUAGGCAUCUGUGGGUAAAAACACUGGCUACUGUUUCUGCAGGAUCACAUCCUGAUGCCUCUGUCUAUUAUGUGGUAUCAGUUUAAUGAGGAACAGCCCAACCUGCACCAUUUGCACGAUGAGGAGCCAUCUGUCAUCUGUGCCUGUUUGCAUUUGGAUAGUAGAGCACUGUUGCUCUACUAGCCAUGCUGGAAAAUAGCAGCAUCAGACCUGCAUUGACUUCAGGUCUGUAGCUUUCAAAUGUUUUAGUAAUCGAAAAAAAAAAAAUAAAAUUAAUUUAAGUGCAAUUAUCACGGAACAAGCGUGUGCGUUAGUAGAUUGCAAUGAUUGUAAGAAAGCUAAUUAUGAAAUAAACUUUCAUCAUGCCGCUAAAGAUAUUCGUGUCCGAGAGCUGAAUAUUCUACUACACCGGCAAAGUUAGGCUGCAAGCUAGCGUAAAGAGGAGUGUGCGGAGCAGCUUAUAAACAAGUACUCGAGGCAGGGAUUGAUAUGAGCGCAUAGGGAGAUUCAGUGUCAAAAUACUGGGCUUAUGACCUAUACUGCAACCAGCCACCGGGGGGAGCUCUAAGAGUUCUGGAGCCCUAUUUUAGAAGAAAUAUUGCGUACAAUCCUCUUUGUUUGUCUAACGCAUUAGAUCAUAUCUAAAUGUUGGUAUCAGUAACAGUUUGUUGGGUUUACCUCGUGUUUACGGUGCUUUAGCGGGUCUAAAAUAAGACAACAGCAUUCAAGCUCCCCAUCCUGAGUUUUAACACCAUGAUGCUUAAAAUGAACAGGAUUAUUCCGGAUACAGAUCCCCUCUGGCCCAGCGUUUAAGAGUAAAAUCUGCUUUUUCCUGCAUCCUCUCACUGAGCCAUUGCAUUUUGUGCAUAAAAUGGUUUGAAAACCUCGCCGUCUCAUAAGAGGAAUUCCACUCACACGCAGAGUUCAUAUUAAAACACACUCACAAUAAAAACACAUAAUAAAAGAGUGCAGUAAAAACAGCAUAUACACAAUAAAGACACAACAAAUCACCCAAACUGCCUCCAUAUGGACAAACAGCAGUCGAUAAGGCCGGAGAGGGACCGUGUGGCUCGAUACAGUGCAAUAAAAGAUGGCGGCUCACGGCCAGGUCACAAUGAAAGGAACUUAAAAUUGAUUUCCCUCCCUGUCCCUCUGUUGCAGUGUGGUGCAUUCGCUUCUCUCAGGAGCCCGCCGACCAGUCAGUGGUGCUGGGGGAACGGGUGGUGCUGUCCUGCGUCAUCUUCAACUACAGCGGCAUCGUACAGUGGACCAAGGAUGGCCUGGCCCUCGGCAUCGGAGAGGGUCUCCGAGGUAAGACUGGGGGGGACGAGAUCCUGGAGCGGGAGCAGAAAGAAACCUCACAGCUUCCCCGAGCUGCGAGGAUCAAAGUGAAGGGAAGAAGGGGAAUAACUCAGCCACGGUUUCGGUUCAGUUUUGACUUUAAGAACCCUGACAAAAGCUAUUAUGGCUGAAAGUGUAGGGGGUUUUUAACAUUAAGGGAAUGAACAGUGCGCAGGGAGAGAGAGAGAUUUAAGAGCCAAGAGGCGUGUGAGUGACAAUCUGGGCAAAAAUGAGUCCUGUAUAUCAUGCUGAAUUAGAGAAAAUCCCUCACACUGCUGACAAAAGCAGACGCACAUUCGCAUAAGCCGACACGCACAUCCAGAGUGACUUACUGUGAGUGCAACAGAGGAGCAGAAUACACUCGCUUUCAAAUAUAGGGAGGCAUAUAAUGCAAGCAAAAGAGAGGAGAGUAAAAGGGUCACAGCCACAAUAGACAGAGAAAAGGUGUUUUUCUGCACGCAGGAAACGGCCAAAGUGAGAGCAGAGGAGAGAGAAAAGCCUGUGAAAGUGAUGAAAUACAGCUGCAGCGUCGCCCGUCAUGAAUUUCAGCAGCUGAGUAUUUCACUCAGACAAAAUGAUCUUUCAGGCUUUUAUUGGCUGAAAGAUGAAAAAGGACUCCAAAUCAUAAUUCACCGCUUAACUGAACUCUGCAGAAAGUUGGUCAAAGAAAAGUAUCAAGAAUUGAAAUUAAAGCCUCAAAAAAACAUCAUUCAAGCACCUUCACAUUUACACUUAAUUACUCGGGUGAAAUUAGAUUAAAAGUGAGAAUUUCUCUGGACUGGAAAAGACUCUCAAAUAAACGUGCACGUUACAAAAACCAGCACCAGCUCCCCGAUUUUUAACUCCUUCUGACAUUUGGAUUAUGAUUGUCGUCUCGAUCCUGCUGCGGCAUCUGAAUAUGAGUUUCCUUCUCUAACUGUGAGGAAAAUGACGUUCUGAGUUAGCGAAGUUUGAUUCUCAGACUCUAACUCAAAUGUCACACCUGAUGUGAAAAAAUUACCUGCGACUGUCUUAUCUCCUACACAAAGCUCGACAUGAAACUGAGUGUUGGGAGUUGGAAAAAGACAUUCAUCUAACAGAGAAAUGUCAGAGAUCUUUCUUUACUUUACCGAACAAUCCGAUAAUGUACCCGACAUCACAUCACAUCAUGAGCAGCGAGUACAUUAGCUCUGUCAUCCUCGGUGACCUUUCCUUCAAGUGUAAACUCAUUUUUAUUGGAAGAAAUACAACAAGAGCUGCUCACACCGCAGAGCGCUAAAAGAUCUCAUUCAAACACCCACUAAGACACACAAAGACACACAAAGACACACAUAGAGACACACAUAGAGACAAACACACAAAGACACACAAAGUCACACAGAGACACACAAAGACACACAUAGAGAGCAACACACAAAGUCACACAUAGAGACACAAACACAAAGAAACACACAGUCACACAAGUGAUGAGCCGACAUGUGAUGUGAAUCUUGUGUUCAACUCAAUUUAAUUCACAGGUUCAUUAAAGGUCAACAUGACUCCCUCUAUCUCCCUUUCUCUCUCACUCUCUCUCGCUCUCUCUCUCUCUCUUUCUCUCUCUCUCUUUCUUUCUCCUUCUCUCCUCUCUUCUCUCUCCCACCUUUACCUUUUAUUUCUCUCUUCGUCCUUCUCUCUCUCUCCUCUCACUCAGCUCUUUCUUCUUCCCUCUCUUCCUUUCUUUCUUCCAUUAUCCUUCUUGUGAUCUUCCUUCUCUUAUUCUGUCCUCCCUCCCUUCAUUCCAUCCUUUCCUCCUUUCCUUCUCUUCCUUUUCUUAAAUCCUUCUGCCCUUUCUUCUCUCCUUUACUACCCUCCCACCUUCCGUUCUUUCCUUUCUUCCUUCCUUUCUUAACCUAACUCCAUCUUUUCUAUUGACCUCAUUCCUACUUACUUUCCUUAUUUCCUUCCUAUUUACCUGCCCACCUACGUACCUACCUACCUUUCUUCCUACUCUCUUUCUGAUAUCAUUAUUUCCCUCUCUUUCUUACAUUUUUCUCUCCUCCAUGCUCCCUCUCUCUUUCUGUCGUUCAGUUUUUAACUCCUUGUUUCAUCUUUGUCUCUCCUCUCUCCUUUUUUUCAUGUCCUUAUUGUCUCUCCUCUUGCUCACCUUUUUCUCUUUGUUCUCUCAGUUUGUCUCUUUUCAAUUCCUUCCUCCUCCUCCUCGCUGCUUCUAUCUCUUCCUCCUCUCCUCCUCUUCUCCUCCUUUCUGUUUUUGUCUCUUCUUUCCCUUUUCCUCCCCUCCUCUCUGCUCCUGUCUCUUUUUUCCUCCUCCUCCCCUCCUCUUUGCUCCAGCCUUGUCUUUCCUUUUCUCCUCCUCUCUGUUUCACUCUUCUUUCCUUCCUCCUCUCUGUCUCUCUUCUUUCCUACUCUCCUCCUCUCUGCUUCUGUCUAUUUCCUUCUCUCCUUCUUUCUGUUUCUCUCUUCUUUCCCCUUCUUCUCCCCUCUUCUCCUAUCACUUCUUCCUCCUCUCCUCCUCCAUGCUCCUGUCUCUUCUUUUCUCCUCCUCCUCUUUUCUGUCUCUUCUUUCCAACUCUCCUUCUCUUUGCUCCUGUCGCUUCUUUCCUCCUACUCUCCUCUUUUUUCCUUCUCUCCUCCUUUCUGCUCCUGUCUCUUUUUUCUCCUGUCCUCUUCUCCUCCUCUCUGUUUUUGUCUCUUCUUUUUUUUCCUCCUCUCCUCCUCUCUGCUCCUGUCUCCUCCUCCCUCUUCUUUCAAACCUCUCUCCUCCGUCUUUUACCAGCAGCUCCAUCAUCUCCCCUCAUACAUUUCCUAGCCCCUCUCCUCCUUUCCUUCCCCUCUCUCCCCUCUCUCUCUUUUUUAUCUCCUCCCUCCCUCCCUCCUUUCCUUCUUCCCUCCUUCUCCCUGUAAUGCUCUCUUUGUCCUUGUAGCCUCCUGCGAGCCGGGCUCUGCUGACAAACACACCAGCGUUUGAUAAACACGUUGUCCUCUUUGUCUCUUUUCCUCUGCUUUUCAUCCAUCCAUCAUCACCUUCUGUCCAUUAUUUAUCCUUAAGUCGUCUGCGCUGCCACUCGUCGUCUCUCCAUCCCUGACAGACUGUCUCUCAAUCUCUGCUGCUGCUCUUGUUUGAUGGUGUGAACACAAAGUCAUGUCUUAAUGGAGGAGAGAGAGAGAGUGUGUGUGUGUGUGUGUGUGUGUGUGUGUGUGCGUGUGUGUGUGUGCUGUGUUAAUGUGUUGUUGCAGCAGCGUGUCGUAUUAAUGCACUCUGAUCUGACGAGGUGUCACUGGUGCAUGAAGUCUGACAUAUUAGAGCUUGUUGUUGUUGUUGUUGUGCGCCCUGUAUGAUUUUAUACAGCUGUUGAUGGCGGUGUGGGAGUGCAGAUUGAGCUGUGAAUUCAUACCUGCAGUUUGCACGCCCACACACACUCACACGCAGGAGAGUGUGCUCACUCGCAGACAAAUCACACUGCGUGUCCAUUUAGCAUACGUCUAAUUUGAAAGAAAGGCCCUCUGAACGCGCAUGCAUGACAUCUGUGUGUUUUCUCUUUGAAGGUGUCAAUGCAAACACUCCUAACAUAUUGCACUCUUCCUGCAGGCAUCAGUUUAUUGUUCAUCCUCCUCCUCCACCUCCUUCUUCUCCUUCUCCUUCUCCCCGGGGUGCUUUCACCUCUGUGGUUGCUAUGCUGCGAGGUGCCGGAGUGGAUGAUGUAAUCUCCACUAAUACUUUUGCCCCCCGCACCCUUCCUCCUUCCUCCUCUACGCACCCCCCCCUCGACUCCCUGCCUCCCCGCCUGCCUUCCUGCUGCCUCUGCCAUCUGAAUCCAUGAUGUCAUGUUAGGAUUGGGCACGGAGGAUCAAUGAGUGCCCCCUAGUGGGACGUCACGCUCAAUUAUGUCUUUGUCUGAGAGGCGAGGGUUCAAACAGGGAGAGGAGGGGGGUGUUGUAAUUGGAACGGUGCUGCCUGUAGUUCGGCAGUGUGUGCAGCAUACAGAAAUUGAUGUGGCAUCAUUGUUUAUGUGUCAAUGUUUGAUCUGUGUGUGAGUGUGUGUGUGUGCAGAAACCCUCCAGCUGUUUGUGUACUGUGUGUGUGUUUGUGUUGAGCAGAGUACACUCUUUCAUGUUCUCUGGAGUGGGUUGUCCAAAAAAGGCCCUCGAAAAUUCAUCAAAUAAAUGCUCCUGAUGCUCGUGGUAUCUUUAUGUUGUGAUGAAUAGCUUUGACAUUUUCACAUAAAUGCAGAUCCCGUCAUCUGCUGCCGCCGCUGCUGCUCUCUGCCUUUGAUUGAUGGAGAUAAUUCUUUCACUGUUCGGCUUUAUCCGUUUCAGAGGAGCUUUAUCACCUGCUUUAUCUUGCGAAUGAGUCAGGCACCAGCGCGAAAACAUAAAUACAGUCACUGACACUGAAUCAAAGAGUUUGGGAGGUUUCGCCGCCACUUCAGUCCAAGAUCCUAAACCUCCGCUGGAGCAAAUCAACUUUUACUAGAGUCCAGAUCCAGAAUAGACACACAGAUUAUAAAUAACCUCUGACAAACUUAAUGUUGUUGAAAUUGAGUAGGCACCAGAGUUAGAGCUGCUCGAUUACAACAAACACUCACAGUCAUGAUCAUUUUAUUGGCGUUAAGAUCAGGAUUAUUCAACACAGUUGCACAUGAAUUGACUUCAACUAUAACUUUGCAAAUCUGCAACUUCAAAAUAUCAAGAACUGGGAAUAAAAUCUGAUUUUAACAUGAACAGAUGUGCCGUCCCUUUGCUUUUCAGACACACCUUCAUCCUCCUUCUCCUUUCCUUGCUCUCCUCUCUCCGUGAUAGUCUGCACUGCUGUAGCACAUGUUCACGAUUAGGGAUGUCCUAGAGACAAUAUUGAUAUUGAAUAUUGGAUAUCGGUCCGAUAUCAGCAAAAAAACAAAAUAAAAAAUAUCAGAUCAUAUAAAAUCUCCAAUAUCAGCACUGUGAUAUGAGCAGUCCAUUCCAGACUCCGCUCCAGCACUUCUAUCUCGCAGUGCCCGGACCCAGCAUACAGAGCCCAUGUGAUCACAACAACAGUGUGUACUAAGGUACUAACAAAGUAGCAAAGAGUAGGAGUAGGAUGACCUCACUCUGAAUCUCCAAAAAGAGGACACGACGUCUGAGUUAUGGAGUCGCACGUUGGGUCGGGUCAAGUAUUUUUUAAGCGCUUCUAACUCAGGAAGUCUAUGCGACACAAACUCAAAACUUCCAUACAAAACCGCAGACAUUUGAAGGAUGAAGAGGACAUGUCUGUGAAAAAAAGAGAUGUAUGGUAACCCUAUGUAGGAGUGAGGUUGGCCGUGUGGCGUUAUUUUUCGUUAAAAUCCGAAAAAGACGUGGCAUCUGAGUGAAAAAUUGUCAUGCACAAGUUUAUAUCAAUAUCGGUAUUGUAUCGGAAGUAAAAAAGUUAUAUCUGGACACCCCUAUUCAACAGACAGCAGUCUAAUAAUCAAAUCUGCAACUUCCUCACGCUCCCAAACUUUGAUGCAGAACAAUCUCAGCUGUUAUUUACGAAGGGAAAGUGAGAGCCAAGACAAGUGAGACGAAACAUGCAGCACAAGUUCAUUCAGUCUCAAUUAUCGUGUUUUUAUGAUCUAACCAGAAGCCUGGUCUGUAGACUUUUAAGUAAUCAGUUCAUACCUCUAGUGUCUUAACACAUGUAAGUGAAUUUCUUUAUGGAUUGAAACCUGAUUAAAACUAGCUGUAGCUUCAGAGGAGAGGCAAAUUACUCUGAAUCAAAAUGAUAAUGAGGAUCUGGUUUUAUAAAGUGUGUCUGUAACAUACUUGCGUUCAAAAUUAUAAGAAUUUAAUUGCUUAAAAAUGUCACUGGAUUAAUUGACACGUGUUUUCUUUUGCUUCUUUUGUUCGAGGUUUGAACAUGCAGCAGAGAGCAAAUACAACAUCCCUGAUUUUACUCUAAUAGUUCGGUUUAUUAGUCUCUGAGUUUUCUGCUCCAACAAUAGAGACGAAUGGUAAUUUUUUUUUUAAGGAGGGGUGAAAUUCAAAACAUCAGAAAAUGACUCCGGAAAAGUGUGUGAAAAACAUCUCUUUUCUGAAAGGAAAGACAUUCGGAGAAGACUGGAAGAAGAAAAUGUGAAAAACUGUCUGAAGGACUACUUCUUAUCAAAAAUCACAGCGUGUUCAGUAAACGACUAAAUUUGAGGCCUCAUUAACUUUGCCAAAUUUCUUCCCGUGUUCCUUAUCAAGUUCUUUUUCAGCUCAAAGAUUUGAACACAGAUUUUUGUACUUCCAUAAUAACAAAAUAAAUAAUCAUGUGUGAGAAAAACAUCAAAAUAUCAACCUCGAGCUCUCCGUCUUCUGGGUGUCAUCUUUUCUGUUUGUUUAAAGGAGACAAACUUUUGUUUAAACCUGAAAUAAGUCUCCGCUUUAGAGGAGAUUCAUCACGUCUUGUUGCUUAAAUAAAGACGCAGGUCUUCAGUGAGAGCGGUGCUGUAAUGAUGACUCAUCACUAUAAUAGCAUCUCCUAAUGUGCCUCUUCCCCCAUGCCAGCCAUCAUUUUUAAACAGCAGGUCGAGUUUCCAGGUGGUACACUAUUUUUAAAUGACGCUCCUCAAGUUCUCCCUCCAAAUGCAUCAGGUUUUUUCUGACCUGUAAAUAAACACACAUGACUUACAGUGGAGCUAAAACAGACACUAACGAGCCGAUGAAUCAAAGAGUGAGUCUCUGACUGAAGCUCUCUGCAUAUGUUUAACUGUGUGUGUGUGUUUGUGUUUGUGUUUGUGUGUGUGUCUCCUGCAGCCUGGCCCAGGUACCGUGUGCUGCGGGCUCUGGACAUCGGCCAGUACAACCUGGAGAUCUCCCACUCUGAGCUGUCUGAUGACUCUCUGUACGAGUGUCAGGCCACAGAGGCCGCGCUGCGAUCCAGGAGGGCCAAACUCAACGUGCUCAGUAAGUCCACAGCUGCACAUGGACGGGCUUCAUUUCUGACAAAAACUAAAUCCAGCAUCUUCAUCUACAUCCGUGCAGAGAUGCAGACGUGUUUGUAGGUCCUCAGGAGUGUAACUGCCUUGAAACAACCUGAGAAUCACUUCUUGUUUUUCAGUUUUGCCGUCUUAUGUCCUGUAGUUGCACGUCGAUCGAGCACCGCAGCUCACUCUGUCACUUUCAGUCACUUGAACACUUCCACCGCUGCUGUGCGUGCCAAAGAUAGGAGUGAAGAUGGCACAGUCUCAAGCUUCUUUCAGGCACGCUAUAGUAUAUGCUGUUCAGCUUUUUCUUCAUGUAUGCCAGUCGAGUUUUAAGUCUUCACAGUAGGCGUGUUGACUUGGAUUAAGGAUCAUUUCUUAUAAAUAGUCCAGUGCAUCGUCAGCAAACAGCAUUUCACUGGAGGGAGAGUCUAAAUUAAAUCCCUCAGUUACAGCAGAAAAUCCAGAUAUAUUUGUAUUAAACUCAAGGCAGAUUUAAACACUAGUCCAGCUAUGCUAUACAUUUCUAACUGAUUUAUUCAUUUAAUUUAAAGUCAGAAAAUGUUUGGGCUUAAUCUAAAGACUGAAGUGUUUUGAUUGUUAGCCAACAGGCAAAAAUGACGAAAACUAAAAGACGUUUUUGUCCAAAAAGCAAAACUUAAACUAAAUCUACGGCCGAAGUAGGUCAGAAUUUACUUUGGCCAAUAAUUACACCGGUCUAACGGAGCGAGUGGAUUUUGCAUUAAAUCUAUAGAUUGUACUGUCCUCUUUUUAGCACUUUUUAGUCAAUAUUCAGUCAACAUUGAUAUCUCAGGGCUUGAUUGCUAAAUAAAAGAGAAUUGAACCCUCAGCUAACACAUUAGAGAUGCAGCUUUGGCCACAGGGGGCGCCAACAUAAACAGGAAAUUUCACACAGCAGCUUUAAGAGCCAAAAAAAAUGAAAUCAGUCAUAGAAUUUUGUUUUGUUUUGGUCUAAAUUGUGUGCUCUAUUUCCAGAAUAUGAAAUUUUAAAAACAUUAGCUUCAUUUUAAGAAUGAUGUACCUGCAUAUGAGCCAAAACCAAGACCAGAGUCUGCUGUACCAUAAUGUAGACAACAUUCUGAGUAGUGAUGCACGAUAUGAAAAAUUUCAACCGAUACCGAUAACCGAUAAUUUUCUUCUUCUCAUGGCCGAUACCGAUACCGAUAACCGAUAAAUUCAUAUUUUUACAUUUAUUAUAAUCUGCAGUUUGUGCAGGAUGCAGCGAUUGAAAACUGAUAUUUUUGUUGCUCUGGCCUAUCUAGAACAACAAACAAAAGUUUUUGGCUCUUCAAAUGUGGUCAGUUGCUAUAAAUAACAAUAACAGAGCAAAAAGCAGAACUUCAUUUGAUCCCCUGAACUGUUCAACAGAACUGUAAACUGUAAAGGAGCUAUUAUGAGACGUUAGGAUUAGCAUGCUGACCGGACUAACAUCUGACGUCCAUAUGUCUGUGGUAAAACUCACGUGUAGUCCGUUCUUGUCGAUCAGGUUGUGAAUGUAUGUGGCGACAAUAUCAUAGAGUGCAGGAAGAGACACAUCCGAGAAGAAGCGGCGGCUUGGGAGAGUGUAACGUGGCUCCAAGUGUGCUAUGAACUUACGAAAACCCGGGUUCUCAACGACGGAAAAAGGCUGGUCGUCGACCGCUAUGAACUCCAUCACUUUGUCGUUAAUGGCUUUAGCCUUUUCGCUGUCUCUUGAGAAGCUUUUGCAGUUCUUAAACGCCUGCUGAAUGGGGACAUCGAUCCUCCGUAGUGUUGUUGUCUUAGCUUUAGUACCGCUAGCAGCUUCGGCGGCUGUCUCAUAGUCCUUUAAUACUGCUCCGCCGCGAUGGCGACUUUUCAGAUGAGCUAUCAGAUUCGUUGUGUUAAAACUUGACGUCUUCAUUCCUCCUCUUGGAAUCCUCGCUGAACAGGUUUUGCAUAUAGCAAUGCUGUUGUCAUCCUCUGCCACUGAGAGAAACGACCAUGCUGGUGAAGACAUUUUAUUAUCUGUCAGGCAGUGACGGGGUCAGGCUUGGGACCUGCGAGUAAGGCUUGAUAGACGACGUGACCAGCGCGUCUCGGACGGGCGGCUACUCCGCCUGCAAACGUUACUCGUAAUUUCAUUAAUAUAUCGGAUCUUUCUAUCGGAAAAAUGCACCUAUCGGACCGAUAAAAAAUGACGUAAUUUCCCCCCAUAUCGGCCGAUAUUUUAUCGGUCCGAUAAAUAUCGUGCAUCCCUAAUUCUGAGUAUAUUUACUGUAUUUAAAUGUACAACUCUGCCUGUAUGCAUGAAUGCUCCUCUGCAUGUGUCCUUUUUAAGUCCAGAUAUAUGUGUGUGUGUCUAUCCUCUAGUCCCCCCUGAGGACCCGGUGGUCGACGGGUCCCCGGAGCUCCUGCUGAUGGCUGGGACCCCGUUCAACCUGACCUGUGUGACCCGCGGGGCCAAGCCUGCAGCGCACAUCCAGUGGACCAAGGAUGGAGUCCUCAUAGACGGAGCCUACCAGUCCACGGUGAUUCACACACCUGCAGCAAACACUCACACACACGAGUCAAGCUUCAUAAAAGACGAAGAAAACCACGACACAAUGAAUGACCUGAUUCACAUGACACACCUGAAGUGGCUUCAGAGAGCGCAGAGCACAUAUUCAGACCUUUUUUAAUUUGCUCCUAAGUAGCAGCCGCUUAGUCUGUUUGUUUGUUUGAUGCUUUUUGCUGCCGGCUUUUUCAAAAGGGAAUUACAGUAUUUACACCUCAGGCUGCAAAUCACCCCUGGAGUCCUGCAUUAGGCAAAUACAGCGAGCAGAGGAGGCAGCCCAGUGCAGAAAGUCGCCAAAGAUGAUUACGCUUCUUUCUCGGAAAAAUAAAAACGUCUUCAUCCAGGCAUUAAAUUAAACUCUCAGGAUGCCUGCAGACUGUACACGGUGACCUGCUAACCUGUGAGCAGAACUGUUUACAACCUGGUGGGAGACUGAAGCCUCUGUGAGCCGAUUUAUUUUACGAUUUAUGAUCACGAAUGAGCACAGACGGCUCUGAAGUGCAUCGGCAGCGUCUACUUUCCAUAUCAAAGUCAAAUCUGCGACUUUAUCACUGAUUUGGAUUUUACUGAAGCUCUGUUAGGGAUAAAGAAAGUUUAAUGCAAGUUCAGCAACACAAAAGUGUUCCAUAUAUGUACAAAAAUGAGACUUUAUAUCCUCCUGCUUGGUGUGGUUGAAGAAUUAUCGUCAUAAAUGCGCUCUUGAUGCACAAUUCAUCACAUGAAAGCAGUUUUGAGGCCAGAAAAGGACUUAAAUUGUAAUAAACAGAAUCAAAAAUGAGAGUAGCACUUCUCCUUCUUCGUAUCUCUCAGUCUUAGUGGGCUUUUUUCGAUCUGAAAUUACAGCUCAGUCAUCCCCGCUCUGUCACUCAGCCUUAUUAAGCUGUUUAACAUUUCAUUUGAUUUGUAAUUGAAGUGUUUGAGCACGACAACAAUCCUGGAAAAUUAUAGUAAUUGUGAUUUUUCAACAUUUAGCAGGUUUUGAGAACUGAACAAAAGGCAAUGAGGUCUGAAAUGAAACUUGAUUGAGACUGCAUGACUGCUCGUGCUUUGUCGGGUCACAGUUCCACAUUUAUGUUCAUUAGGUUAAAAUAUUUGACGAGGAAAUGUGAGAAAGAGAUCAGACGAGAGCGGGAGCACAAAAAUACCACACAAACAAGUGCGCACAAGUACGAAAAAAGAGAGAAACACCUCCAUCUAAAUGAAUUACUGAGUUAAAUGUUUUAAACUGAUCAAUUUUUGGACAGCUGUUUGAGGAUCUGCAUAUGGGAGAACCUGAAGACCGUCCUGAGUCUGAGAAGGCGAAGGGAGAUGAAAAAAGGAUGAGGGUCAAGCAGUGUCCACCAGUUUGAAGACAGUUUCAGCCUUUAUAUUGUUAAUUCUCAGGACAUUUCCUGAUAUUUUGCAUACAUAUUUAGAAUUAAUUUCAGGGAAUGUUCAGCAAAAAAUUUAAGAAAACUUUCAGAAAAUGUCAAAAAGAUUUUUUCGGGAUAAAUUUUAGGAAUAAUCUUGAGAAAUGUUUAAAUUUUUAGGGAAAUAUAAAUUUUAUAAAAAAAAAAAUUAUCAGGGUAUUUUUAGAAAAUUUAAGACAUUUUUCAAAACAUUGGGAAAAAAAGAGAAUAUUUGGAAAUAUUUAAGGGAAUUUUCGUGUGAAUCCAGCAAAAUGAUAACAUUGCCAAUAAUAUUUUCAAAAUCGUGUCUGAUGUUAACAACAGCAACUACAACCUUGACAUCGGCUUGUACAGAAAUGAUGAAAGUUAGUCAGUGGAGGUUUUGAUCUCACGAUAGCCUCUUCAGAUCAGUGCUGAUUCACCUCUGACCUGGCGUCCACAUGUGAAGUGUGUCUGAUUGUACUUCCCCGUCACUUGUGUGUAACACCAUCAGCAAAUCUUUCACAGCAAUACACAUGUAGGUGUUGAUCCUUUAAACUCAACUUGCUUUGAACACACUGCGGUCGUGACUCAACUUUGGACACACAAAUACAAGACACAUUUAAUUAACUCACACACACACACACUGCAUGCCCUCAUAUGAGUAGGAGAUGCACAUGGUGACACUGAGGAUGGUCUCCAUGCCCCCAUACUCCCCUGCUCAUAUAAGCUCUUGUUUUUGAGCGCUAACACACACACAUUCACACAUAUGUCUGCACACUCAUGUUGUAUGCACACAGCAGCAAACAGUGAGUCACACUUUCUAACGCACAUGUUUUUACAUCUUGCAGCCAGUGUUCAGCCCCCCCACACAUGCUCAUACAUAUUGCAUGCUGCUCUUGUGCUGCUGUGUCACUGACCACGCACAUACACUGCUGUGCAUGAAGAGCACACCGUGGAGCAGAUUUUGCUGUAUGCUUUUUUAUCUGCUUGUUCGGGAAACCUGUAAGACAACUACUGUAGAGAAUGAUCUCUGAGAAAGAGUGGGAGCCAAGGGCGCGAGAGGAGGUCCUGGAGGUGCGGCACAUGCUUGGAUGUGCAUGACGUGCCUUGUGGGAGCAGUGUUAUUGCGCAGGGAAGGAUUUAUAUCUUGUGUUUUACCGCUGAAACAUCAUUAUGUCUUUCUAUUAUAUCUGCAAAUUGCAUCUUCUCUCCGACCAAUUACUGAAAUCUGAAAAUACUUUUAAUCUACGAUGACAUAAAAGUGAGAAGAGCAGCGGUGAAGCCUGUUUGAAUCACCGAAACACUUUCCCCUCGUUUCUUUUGAAGUGCUCGGCUCUCAUUAUGGAUGUAAAUUCCUCUGUCAUUAAAAAAACUGAUUUUUUGUGUAAACUGGAGGAACAUUUUGUCGGCAGUUAUUUUCCUGCAGCAACAUUCAACUUUUGAACUGUGAAGAUAAAGUAGAAAACACGAGUUUCUUUAAAAUGCUUAAAUUAAAUUCUCCUCCACAGUUUCUUUUUUUUCCUUUUGAGCAUCAUGUUUGAAAAUGUUGCUCACUUUGUUUCCUACCUUCGGAUAACAGUUUCUAUUUCCAGUGUUUGUGUCAUUUUUCUAAAACUUAAAGUGUAUUAAUAACCUUCUUAUGUCUCUCUACUUUUUUGUCCUUUACCUCCUACUCCUCCUUCUUAAACUCUACCCACACCCUCCUUUCUCUAUCACUCCUUACGCCGUGCAGGAGGUGCUGCCAGACAGGAAGAGGGUAACCACCAGGAGCUACCUUCCCAUCUCGCCAGCCGACACUGACAGCGGCCGUAACUUCACCUGCGUGGCCAGCAACCCUGCGGUGCCCAUGGGCAAACGAGCCACGGUUACCCUCAAUGUCCACCGUAUGUUGCUCUUAUAUCCCUGUCAGAACGGCUCAGGUUACUGAGGCCAGGCUGCUUUGGUGUAAACACACCUAUCUAGACUUCUUUUAAAAGUUGCAAGAGGGCCCGGCAGGGAAAAGUCUGGGUAAAGUCAGAGGGUUCAAAUGCGUUCAUAUGUGUUUCUGAUUAUAGAAAUUUUCUAAAAAAAAAUUUUUUUUUAAAUCAUUAAAUUUGUCAGAAAAAUUCCAGGAAAGUUUUGGAAAAUGUCCUAAAUUUUUUUCGAAAUUUUAAGAAAUACCUUGAAACAUUUUGUGGAAAUUUCCUUGAAAAAAAAAUUUCAGGAAAUUUUCUGAGAAAUGUUUGGAAAUUUUCAAAAACGUUCUCAUUAAUGGUUGGAAAAUAAUUUAAAUAUUUUGUAAAAUCUUGGUAAAUUUUUGGAAAAUUAUAAGGAAAAUUUUCUGAAAAAUUCCCAAUUUUUUCCAAAAUUUUGGUAAAUCUUGGGAAAUUUUCAGAAGAUUUCAGGACAUUUUAUAAAAUAGUUAAAGGACUUUUUAAAGAAUUUUCUUUUUAGAGAAUUUUGAGAGAAUAUUCAGGAAAUUUUUUUGAAACAACCUUUUUAUGAAAUCUAAGGAAAGUUCCUGAAAUUUUAGGGAAAAUCUGGAAAUUUUAUAACCAUUUUCAGGAAAGGUCAUGACAUUUACAAAAAACUGUGUUGAGAAAUAUUUCAGGAAAUUUCUGAAAGAUUUUUAGGGAACUUUCAAGAAAAAAUUUCAGGACAUUUUCUAAAGAUUUUAGCAUGUGCGAAUCCAGCAAAAUGGCAGCAAUGCCAACAAUAUUUUCAAAAUCAUGUCUGAUGUUAACAACAGCAACUACAGCCUCGACAUCAGCUUGUACAGUAAUGAUGAAAGUUAGUCAGCGGAGGUUUUGAUCUCAUGUUAGCGGCUCAGGUUACUGAGGCCAGGCUGCUUUGCUGUGAACACACAAACUUAUGAACGUUAAGCCUCAAAAACAACCAAAAUCUGCUCUAUAUAUCAUCAAACUUGGGCCAAUUCCAGCUUCUCCGUCCAUCGAUUUGGCCUCUUCGUUCGGGCAGAUAAUUUUCUCACUUAAUCAGUCCAGCCUGUUGAUUUUCUUCAACAUCUGAAAAAGUUUGUGUGUUUAAAAUGAUUUGAGUUUCGUGUCCCUGAGGGGGAGAAACGAGGACUGAUUGCUCACAAGAAAAACUGAACUUUGAAUUUUCAAUCGAGAGAAGAUUGAUGAGUUUUCAAACCCAGAGAAGUUAGUAAUUACUGUGAAAAUCACUGCGGUAACAGCAGAUAUGGCUGAACUUAUGCUGUGUUAGUACAGAGGGCUGCAGAGAGAGUUAUUGUGGAGUUUAUAGUUUGUUUGGAUUAAAGUGCAAGAAAUCAAUCACUGCGCCGCACAAAUAGGCUGAAUAACACAGCAGCUGUUUAAGUUUCUCUUUACUUAAUGUGUCUCUCCUCACACAGACCCUCCUAUGGUGACCCUAUCCAUCGAGCCUCGCUCCGUCCUGGAGGGCGAAAGAGUCACCUUCACCUGCCAGGCCUCUGCCAACCCUCCCAUCAUGGGCUACAGGUAUGAGAGGAGUUUAAAGGUGUACUAUGGUGCAGUCGUUCUCUUGACAGGUUAGUGUCUAAAGGAUGGAGAGCAACAGAAAGAGUCGGUUUACACCUGAAAAACAUAAAUGUUACUGAUAAAAGUUUUGAUGAUGAGUUUGACGGCCACAUUAUAGAAAAAUGUUAUAAAUCUGACAAAAAGGAAUUACAAGAAUAAAGCCGAACUUUAAAGUUGUAAUUUGAGUCCAUGGUUUGCCAAUCCGUUAUUUUAAAGGGGAUUAAAUGAAGAGCAGCUGCGUGCUCUGAAAUAAUCACCGCAUUGUCUCGAGUAUCAGGACUCUGAUUAUAAACUGAGUCUGUUCUGAUGCAGGACAGACUGAUGUUUUUAAAACAGCUGUUCUUACUCAGAGAGUUUCAAGGAUGAGCCAACUGCCUCAUUUUAGAGAUCACUUUCAAAAUAACAAACAGGAAUUAAAUAUUCAUAUUUGUUUAAUUUGACUCAAUUCACAUUUUACUACAACAUUAUUCUUAUAAAUUUACACUUAAUUUUGUAAUAUUUCAGCUGUAUUCUCAUGAAUACUGUUAUAUUUUCAUAAAUAUACAACUUUAGACUUGUGAAUUAGAUUCUAAUAUUUAAGAAGUCAUUAUUCUCACAGUAUUGAGACUUUAAUUUCAUUUCAAACUUAAAUUUCAAACUUUCUUUCAUAAUAAAAUGUCUUCAUUUGCAUAAAUUUACAACUAGAUUGCUGCAAUAUAAAAAGUUAUGAGCUUGCUUUAGUGACUUAAUUAUUGUAAAUUUAAGACAUUGUUUUUGUGAUAUUCUAACUUUUCUUUUGUGAUAUUUAAAAAACUUCAGUAUUGUAAAUUUUAAACUUUUAUUUUUCUGUUUCAUAAUUUCAUGACCCAAUUUUCAUAAAUUUGUGACUCAGUUGUUCUAAACUUUACUCUUAUAAACUUAAAACUUUAUUUUGGGCAAUUUACUCUCGUAGAUUUAAUUUAACUCAACUUUAUGUAAAAAUCCUCGUUUCCAUACAAGCAGCCCAAAGUGAUUCACAAAAGAACAGAUUUUAUUUUGGUAAACUUUGACUUUAUUUUGGUAAAUUUACAACUUAUACUGAUCUAACUUUGUAAUGUAACUUUAUUUUUGUAAAUUACCUUCAACUUACGUUCUUUCUGUACGAUCCUUCACUAGAGUAAAACUUUUUCACAAACUUAAGACUUUAUUUCUGUGUAUUUGGACCUUGUAAUACCUGUAGUAUUCCUCUACUUCUGCCCAGUCAGUUAGUCUGUACGUGUUGUUUUGUGACUCUUAGAUUCAUAAUAGUUUCCUGAGUUACAACACAACCUGAUAACAGCGAGGAAAUACAUCAGAAUAACCCUUUAUUUCAAUCUCUGCCCCUAAUAAGAGAAACUUUAUGUUGCUACCGCUGCAACUUCAUGCCGAUUGUUCAAUGUGAUAGACUUUUAGAUGGUGGUCUACAGUCUUUGGGGACAGGGUCUCAUUGAUACCUGCGGUGCUGCACUUCUGUCGAACGCCCAUAGAUUUUCUUUCAUUUAUUCCAAUCUUCUCGUACCAGCACCUGGAGGAGACCCUGAAUCCUAAUUUCUGCUUGCUGAACAGAAUUGGUGAAAGUAUUGAACAAUAGUACAAUUACACAUUGACUUUUAUCUGAAGUGACAGCACCGAGGCGGGGAAACUGCUAAAUGCUAAAGCUUGAAGUCAGUGGUUUCUAAUCUGAGGUUUGAGACUCCACCAGAGGGUCUGGGUGCGGGAUCUCUGCCAGGUACUUAAGCUCCCAGCCUAUUGAGUGUAUAUGAGGAUGUCAUCUGAUGGCAGAUGUGCAAUACGCUUGAAUGAUUUUGAGCCAUAUAUCUGGAAAGAUAUAGGACGGAUGACGGAAAUGAAGAUAGAUUUAUUUCUUAAACUUGCAAUCACUCCUGCAGGUUUUGACACCGAGGCUUUUUAAAUGUUACUUUAAUGGCUGUAAUUGAUAAUAUAGAAACUCUUAUUGUCUCGUAGAGGAAAUCUACCACUUGGAUCAGCUCCAAAGAGUUAUUAAAACCCAUCAUGCUUCAGAGAUCCCCCACCGUCAAACUGAAAUAACGAUGAUUUGUAAUACUCAGCUGUUUGUGUGUGUGUGUGUGUGUGUGUGUGUGUGUGUGUGUGUGUGUGUGUGUGUGUGUGUGUGUGUGUGUGUGUGUGUGUGUGUGUGUGUGUCAGGUGGGCGAAAGGCGGCGUGCUGCUGGAGGGGGCCAGAGAGAGUGUGUUUGUCACCACGGCGGAUCACUCCUUCUUCACAGAACCCGUGUCCUGUCAAGUCUUCAACGCGGUGGGAAGCACCAACGUCAGCAUCCUGGUGGAUGUGCACUGUGAGUGUAACACUCCUGAGUCAGACUGAAUAAUGAUGGGUUUGUGCUCCCGCAGCUAUAUUUGUGUAUUUGUUUAAAGACCCAUACUGUAAUCCUUUUGUUACAGUACACUUCUCAUUGUGCAGCGUGAAUAUGCAAUAGUUAGUCACUGCAUCAGCUGCUCUCUGUCUUUUGUCUGUCUCACUUUGACAAAGCUUUCAUGGAUUCAUUGACAAAUCCUAUUAGUUAAAAAAAAUUAUGAUGUUCAGGAAAAUAAACAAGUCCUGAAAAAUAAAGAGGGUUUUUAUUAUGUCAUAGAUGUGACCCAGUAACUGUUAGGCUGGAAUUCAUAUUGAUGCAUUUUUAUGAUGUACAAAAGCAAACAAGACCAUUUGGGACAAGACUGAGAAUUUUUAUAUUGUACUUUUUUAUGCCUUUAGCUUCUGGGAGGGGGUAGGCAUCAACUGUAUAUCUUUAGAGAAAAAAAACUGUUUUUACAGUAAUUUACAUAUUUGAUAAAAGUGUGCAGCUUCUUUGAAAGACGACACUUCAGAGGACUACUUUGUUUACAGGUGGUGCCAAAAUUUACAUGAACCAAAAGUUCCUCAUAGGAGCUUUAAAGACCACUAUUGAUGGUUGAUUUCAUAAAUGUGAGGGGUUAGCAAGGGAGAUUAAUAGUUCUUCUACACAAAGUACAGGGGUGAGACUAGAUUACUGAUGGAGCAGACAGGGCAGAACAGCGCUGUGAGUGUGAGUGUGUGUCUUUACCGCUCAGCGCUCUAGCUGUCAUGUAAUCUCACGCUAGGAUAUUGUAGCAUAAAGGGAAGACAACAACACGGCUUUGCUGCAGACUCAUGGCCUCUGUGAUGAGGGAUGAUAUUCCCCCUGUCAGCUACAAGAACCGUUUCAAGAAGGAGAGUUUGAAAAGUUCCACUCGAAUAGUUCCUACAGAAAAUUUAGGGCAAAAUGUAUUUUUAAUCUUUUUAGAUUUGCGAUUCUCGUGUAGGAAAAGACUUCUGUCUCCACUUUGUCUGUUUCACUCUUAAUCAUUUAUCUCAGUCUAACCACAGUUUCUCUCUCUGUCACUCACAGUCGGCCCAAUCCUGGUGGUGGAGCCCAGACCGGUUACUGUAGACGUGGACUCUGACGUCACGCUGAACUGCAAGUGGUCUGGUAACCCCCCGCUCACCCUGACCUGGACCAAGAAGGGCUCCAACAUGGUGAGAGAAAACCACCAAACCUUCCCUCCUGACCUUUGACCUCAAAAGUCACAUUUUUAUCUCAUAAAUUCAUCAAAUAUGUCAAUUCUUAGCUUUCCGUGUACUUGGGAAAAACCCCAAUUCCAACCCUUAUCAAUAUCUAAGAGCCAGAGCUCAUAAAUGUUUGCUCAGUUGCAAAGCAGACGAUUAGAAGAGAGAGUCGGUCUUCAUAUCUUAAAUCUUUAAUUCAUGGCUAACAAGUGAAGAAAAGCUCCAGGAAAAAAACUAAUGGAGCCUGCUGAGUAAAUCAACAUGUUUUAUGAAUUAAAUAUAGAUCUUCUCUCCUUCCCUCGCUCCCUCCUUCCCCUCUUUUUAACAUCUCUCCCUCUCUGUCUGUCUCCACUCUCCAUCCCACAGAUCUUCCCUCUGCUGCUUUUUAUGCAUACUUAAACUUCUGUUGUGUGUGUGUGUGUGUGUGUGUGUGUGUGUGUGUGUGUGUGUGUGUGUGUGUGUGUGUGUGUGAGCGCGCGCAGGUGCUCAGCAACAACAACCAGCUGUAUCUGAAGUCGGUGAGCCAGUCUGAUGCGGGCCAGUACGUCUGCAAGGCCAUCGUGCCCCGGAUCGGAGUCGGAGAGACUGAGGUCACACUCACUGUCAACGGUCAGUAACUUAGCUGUUGCUAUGACAACGUGCACGCAUUCACAGCUCUACAAACAGACCGCCUUAGUCAAAAAAGGAAUAUAAGUUAUACUGGUGGGCUGGCUGCAGGAUCAGCUGAUGUCUUCUUGACUCUUACCAGCGUUAAGCUCUCCUCUUGCUUUGUAAAUCUUUCAGUCCUGUCUGAUUUAUCCCAGCCCAAGCUUGACCCAAACCCAACAGAUAAUUCUUCAAGCCUAAAAAGUCCCCUGGCGUUUCUUUGUCAAAACACUUCCCUCCGAGAGACCUCCACUUACUUCAUAAAUCAGAGGAGAUUAAGGAUAACCCAAGGAUAAAACACCGAGAUCAGAUAUACUUCUUAAAUCAAAAAGAGGAAGUGUCGGACACUCUGAAAAGGGGUCAGCGACAUGCAUUGGCACAGCCUUGUGAAAUCCCUGGUCCUGAAAGCUUGAUGAGCGGGAGGUCACUUGUUUACCGAACAGAGAGAGUGUGUGUCAGUAUUUUGAGAGGAAUUGCCCUUUAAAUCCUUCCUCUCUGAAGUUUGUCUGCAGACUGUGAAGAACUUGGAGCAGUUUUUGUUUUAACGCUGUUUCUGUUGUCGUGUCAGGGAGGUGGUGACGGGGGGGUGUUGGCUGUCUUUUUUCAGUUUAUCCUCCACACACACACACACACUCUGCACCUACAGCUGUGCUCUCUUCACACACACAUCAGUGUCCCGCCUCCUGCUGUUUCCUCCGCUCCCUCCUGUAUGUGUCUGAUCUUUCGGCAGCAGUCAUCAGCAGAACUUUCUAUAAAGACACCCAAAUAAAGCGCUCACCACAUCAUGAAGUUUUGUCCUCGUUACGUUGACACAGCAGCUGUAGAUGUAGGUCUGGAGGAAGCUUGUUAGUGAUGCAGGAUGAUACCAGUAACACAUGGGUAUGAGAAAGUUCAUAUUUAACAAAGCUUUGCACCUUAAUGGCUGUUAAAACAGGAAGUAUGUGCCAUCACACCUUCUUCUGUCUAUUUCUAAUCAACUGAGGAGAACAAGUCCUGCAGGUUAUUAGAGUUCACUAACUUUACAGCUGAACUCAGCAGGAGCCCAUCGUCUAAAUCACUUAUCUUCACUUUUUAUGAAUUUUUUGUUUUUAUUUAUUCAUGUAGUUUUAUUUUUUGUAACAUGUGUGUGCAACACAAGAAAGUAAACGGAAAACAAACAAACAAAAAACAAUGUAAAUGUUCAAAACAACAAUACCAAUGAUCGAAGCAAAAAAAUACAUAUAUACAUACUAAUAAUAAUAAUAAUGUUAACCCAACAGGUCCUAAAAGGAGUAGGAUAAAGCUUUAUGCUUACUACCUUUCUCCGCUACUCAAUUAACAGUCAGUCAUUCUUACAUCUUUACAUUAUAUUUACAAAAAAUAGAAAAUAAAUGAAGUAAAUAAACAAGAAAGUAAAUCAUUUAUAAAAACACCUGAUGGUUUAAGCCCUACUUCCUCCCUGUACCUGCUGAGAACUAUGUGUUUGUCCCGCUUUUUAAAAAGUAAAGGGAACAUAAAAAUGUCAGUGAAUAUACCUAGGUGGCCCACCCAGGUUUUUUUUUUAAUGUGUGCGCAUUUUUUUUGUAUUUAACACUUCAAUUAUGAAAAUUACAGACAUAGUAACAGAGAAAUCUCCGCCCCUGACUUCCACAAGGCCUUAGUAUAGAAAAAAAGUGUGAAAUCAUAUCUAAAAAACAUAAAUAAAUAACUAAUACAUGCACAAAUAAAAUCAAUUAAACAUAAUUAACAUAAAUAAAAUCAAAAUUAAAUAAAAAUAUAAGGAGAUUAAAUUCAGACAUGCACAUUUAAAAAUAGUCAAUAAUUAAUAAGAAUCCCAGAUCAAUCAAUCAGUCCUUAUUUAUUUUGUUCAUACAGGAUGGGUGUCAGGGUAUAUUUUGACCAGUUUCUCAUUUCUCAUAUAACCUUGACCUGGAUGAGACCCUGCUGUACACACUGUGUGUGUGCAUUUCUAACCUGGUAUAUGUUUAUUACCACUUUUAUGACACAGUCAAGUUGUAUAUCCAUUAAUUUCUCCCAGCCGUUUAAUUACUAGUUGCCCACAGAGUAUAUAAAGGUGAUGAGCUUAGCCUCAUUGGUUUGUGAAGAUUCAGAUUCAGCCUCCGUCUGUUGUAUGUUUUAAUUUUUUAGGAUCCAGGUCUGAGUGAGACAUGGAUUUGUAUCUAAAUGAGGCCUUAAUACCUAAUCCACAUUUUUUUACCUAAUCCUUACGAACAUUUUAGACGGUAGACUUCUUCUUGUACUUUUCCCCUCAUGUGUCGAUGUCCUCUCCAGGUCCUCCCAUCAUCUCCAGCGAUCCAGUCCAGUACGCCGUCAGAGGCGAGAGAGGAGAGAUCAAGUGUUACAUCGCCAGCACCCCCCCACCCGAUAAGAUUGUAAGUCCAUCCUUGGAAGUUGUAAUCUGCUGCGGAGGUGCUCGACCUUUUUCAGAUUGCAUCUUUCCUCAGACAGAAUCCAGAUAACAGCCGCCCUUUGUCCACCCUGAAAACAAAAUGAUUUGUACGCCGUGUCUUCAGCCCGUGUUACUAUCUAAACCAUCAGCCCGGGCGGAGGCGGCAGCAGUGGCGCGGUCCUCCGACUGUGUCACGAGGAUGUGUGAAGGAUCUGUUUUUCCUCUGUGGUGAAAAGUGUGACUCAUCAGAAUCAGCUGCUGGGUGUUUUGUUGGAGUGAAAGAGGAGAUAGACGGUGCUGUGCUGGAAGAGUGCUCGAGAAAAGUCCAAGAAAUCAUCACAAUACGAGGACACGGCUGUUUGCAGGGCCUCAUUUUAACGUAUUCUUUUAAUGCAGACAUGUUUAAUGCAUUAGUAUGUAUCACAGGGUAUUAAAAAGGAAAAGCUAAUUGAAGUAUGAUUCCAAUCAUGAUCAGGAUUAAGUGUUUAUGUCUAAAUAUGCUCGUCUUAUAAUGACCAGAAUCUGUUUUUACUGGUGAACUAAAGCCAGAAAGACUUCCUGGUACGUUCACCGUGAUCAUCCACCACAAGCUGCCCUUCCUGUUCUGUUAUAAAGACCUCAGCUUUGUUCUGAACCACAUUACAGGUUGUCUCCAUGCAGUCUGCUCCAUUUUCUCAUCUCACUGUCAUCAGAUUUACCCAUAACCGUCAGUAUCUCCGCUCUCUCUGCUGCUCAGAGCUGCACUCUCAUCCUGACAGCGUGAAAGUCUUACCACAUACAGCACAUGAUGCACCUCACUGCAGAGGUCCAUUCUUGGUCAUGACAAACGAAACAAUUUUCACAACCAGCUUAGAUCCUGUGGCAAGCUGGUGAAAAGUCGUGUCUCUUGUUUUGAAAACAAACAAAUAUCGUUUUGUAAGUUACGGUAAAACCUGUUGGACACAGACAUUUAACUCAUUAAUAUCAUUAAUGUUAUAAGAAGCAAUACCAAUGUUACUAGGGGUGUCCCAAUACAACUUUUUUACUCCAGAUACGAUACCGAUAUUGUAACCUUCAGUAUCGGCGAUACUGAUAUUGAUUGGCGCAAACUUGUGCAUGACAAGUUUUGCACUCAGCUUCAACGUCUUUUUGGACUUUCAGACUUUAACGAAAAAUACUGCCACACAGCCGACAUCACUCCUACUCCUUGCUACUUGUUAGUAUCUUAGUAAACACUGUUGUUGUGAUUAUGUGGGCUCUGCAUGCUGGAUCCGGGUGCUGCGAGGUAGAGGUGCUGGAGCAGAGUCUGGAAUGGAUUGCUUGUAUCGGAGAUUUUAGAUGCAGAGUGAUAUAAUCCGAUUUUUGGUUUUUGGCUGAUAUUGGACUGAUAUCCGAUAUCAAUAUCGUAUCGUAUUGGGACAGCCCUAAAUGUAAAAUGAACAGACUUCAUUUUGUGGAGAUAGAUUUUCUAGGUCACCCAGAGGUCUUCAAUAUCUCUAAUCUUCGUAGUUGCUGUCAAAUGACCCUCAUUGAGGUCAUGUGACGUCCAUAAAGAUGGCCGCCCUGGUAGUACGGUCCACACUUUAUUAAUUUUCUACUUAAGUCUCUACCUGAAAACUUUCUAUAAUCACUACUUUGCCUCUAUGAAAGGCACAAAGCACGAUCCAUGCCAUCUUGAUUUCAGUCUAAAUUGGACCAACCAGCCAAAACCGUUCCAAUCCAGUGAACCUUUCCACGGCAGCCGUCUUUUCCUGACAGGGAAGUGUUCACACAGAUUGCCUCACCAGCAGCCUGUAAUGAAAUCUCCCCCUGAAUGUGCAGGAACUGCAGCAGCACUACCUGCUGUGUUUUUAUUCCUCCUUUUCUGUUUCUGGGCAUUAAGUAACAAAAGGAGGAGUUUGGCUUGUGAUAUAAACCUUUGAAAGGAAAGGAAAUACCAGAUUUCUCAUAAAUCACAAUUAUGAGGCGGAAAAUGGAAAUAAAUCCAGUAAGGACGUUUGAGUUUGAAAGCUGGAACGAGUGGGAGCGAGUGUGAAGGUGAAACAGAUUUAAACGAGAGGCAGAGAGAUGGAGGGAGGGUAAAAUUCUGUACCUUUCAGCGUCAAUUAUCCAAUUGUGCAGCGCCGACAUGACAGAAAUCAGAGCUUUUAGAAGCUUCAGCCCCCUGCUGCAGUGGCAGAGAGCUCGGAGCGUAUAAUGUGAUAUGACAUUAUAGUCCUGGCUUAAUGCAGAGACACAAAGACUCAUAAAAUAUGGAGUAUGAUGCUCUGUGUGUGUGUGUGUGUGUGUGUGUGAGUGUGUGUGUGUGUGUGUGUGUGUGAGUGUGUGUGUGUGAGAAACAGAAGAAAGACGGUGUAGCAACAAAAUUAUUUUGAGAAAAGCAAAAAGAGAGAAAAGAGGGAUUUUUUCUGAAAGAGGCAGCCUGUGGAGACGGAAAAGGAGCAUUACAUAAGAUUGUUCGGGGUCAAAAAAAAAAAAAAAAGAGAGUAGUUCGGGUUUUUUCUCUUCAUGUAUCCACUUCUGAUCAUAUUCACCUUUCUUAUUAUUUCAAAAUCAGGUUAAAAGGUACAUUAGCCUGACAUAUGGCUCUAUGUAUAUUUAAUACCGCCAUGCUCCAGAUUUAAUAUCCUCAGAUUUCUACCUCAGCAGAUUUGAAGUAGAGGCACCUGCUUGAGUUUUAUCGCCCAUGCAUGCACACGAGCUGCACCGUGUGUGUGUGUUCGGCUUUAUUUGUGAGCCGUUUCCAUCUUUAACAAGCCUGAAAAGUUUCUGCGCAGGUUUUAAUUGGACACACGCAGACACACACUCAGAAUAUCGAAAACCAAGGUGUGAGAUUAUAAUUUGUUUUGCUUAAAAUACAUUUCCUGCUCAGACUCGUUCACCCUCUCUGAACACCAGCCCGUCUGUUUGCUGAAUGUUUACUUGUGUAUAUGUGUGUGUGAGUCAUUCUGGUUAAUACCACAUAAGAUAAGAUAAAGUCAAAUCAGCAUUAUUGAUCCCUGAGGGGAAACAGCGGGAUUGCAGCGGCGAUAGUUUAGAGUUUGGAUAAAAAUCAAACAAACGUACAGAAAAUGAGAGCGGUGUCUUUGUCGCUCCUCUCGCCUCGAAGGAUUCUGCCCGCUGAGUUGAUUACCGACAGAUUUAUACAUUUACAAAUGUUUCAGAGUACAGAUGUAGAGACUCUUUGAUCUGGAUUUAAUCCUAAUUUGACGUGGACCUGCUUCUACAUUUUAAUGCACUCCUCUAAAGCGGCCGAUCGCGCACAGUCAGAUUUAGAGCGUGUUUUGCAUGCGAAGUGCUCUCAGAUGGCCUGUAACAAUUGAUCUUACGUGUUUGGUAAUAAAACAGGUUUCCGCAGGAUGCUUAACACACGUAAUUAACCACAGAGGCAGAUGAGGAACAAUGACAGAGCUGUGAUUGUUUUAAAUCUAAAUCUAAUCUAAUAUCAAUUUACCAGGCGCCUCUUGUUAAAAGCGACGUACAUUUAUGAGAAGGUGGAUCUCGUGCAAAGAUAAAGACAGACAUGAAUAACAUGAUGAAGUGCUUCAAAUCCUAAUGAAAUCAUGCAGGGCAAGAGGGUAUGCAUACAUAGCCAUGGCAACAUGCACAGUAUGGUCGUAUUGCAUGAUGGUAGAAUGUAAACAUGCUCGCACGUUGCAAUCUAGCUGUGAAGAUACCCAGUAAACAACUGCUGAAGUAGGGCUGGGCGACAUGGCCUCAAAUUGAUCACGAUAUAUUGAGCAGUUCACCUCGAUGACGAUAUAUGGAUGAUAACUACUCCACAAGCUGCUCACCCCCUCCGACAUUAAUUUCGUCUACUUCAGCCGCUACAACUUUUGAACCGUCCUCCAUCUCCUCGCCUGUCUUUCCCUCUUUGUUACGGACUGGAUGGGGGGGACUCGCGUCUCUGAUGUAGGACAGCGUCCUAAAGGGACAUGAGACCAUAGCCUACCUACACACAUCCAAAACCAACUUUGAUUUAUUUAUUUUUUUGACUCCAAAUAUACCAAUACGGUCAAAAUGAUGAAGGUUAUUUUCAUAAAUUUCGGUAUUGGUAAAUUUUCGGUUCAUCGCCCAGCCCUAUGCUAAAGCAAGAGAAGAUUUAAAGGCAGUGAUGUCCUGAUCCUGUCCUGAACGUACAUCAUAGUAAUGUGAGAAUCAUAUCUAGAAGAGGACAGUGACGUUUGUUUAAUUGGAAGAACCCUCACUGGGCUUGCGACAAAGGUAGAGCGUACGUUUUAACAUGGACAGUACUGUUGUCGUCAACAUCGUAUUUGGCACCAAACUCUGAUCAGAAAGGGUCUUAAACUGAGAUUUUGUGGAUCAAAUAAGGUCAGGUAACUUUUUUUUACCGCUGAGGGCUACAGAAGAGAGAGUCGUGCUUAAGUGUGUAGGUGUUCCUGAAAUAGCUGGAUCUUCAGGGUCUUCUUGAAGCAAUGAGAGAACAAGGCAUUUUUUUCCUGUCUCUCUUCAUCUGUCCUAUCAAAUAAGGUCAAAAUUAACCAAAAAAAAAAAUUAAGUCGGUCAGAUAAGGUCGAACUGAAGCUGAGAGACCCCUCUUAACUGUGUGUUUCAGGUCUGGGCGUGGAAGGAGAACGUGUGGGAGAAGGAGAAGGGCACCCUGAUGGAGAGGUACACAGUAGAGCAGAGUAAACCUCCAUCACAGGGGGGGGCCGUCCUCUCCACCCUCACCAUCAAUAACGUCAUGGAGUCGGACUUCCACUCGCCUUAUAACUGCACCGCCUGGAACUCAUUCGGACCUGGGACCAUGAUCAUCACCCUGGAGGAGACAGGUAUGAAAAGUGACUAAAUAAAGUCUGUCAUAGCUUUUAAAUGGUUGUCUCUCAUCCAUGUUAGCUUCUUUUAUAUGUACUACAUGUUAGAGGCAGCACUGCUACGCCUCUGUUACACCUCAUCAUCUUGUUACCAUGUCAAAAAGGUGCAACGGUGAGUCAAGGGGGCCUGAAACUGAGCUGGUAUUAGAGGCAGGAACACAGAUAAAAUAUUAUCACUGCUAAAGUAAGUGCAGGAAAGACCAUCAAGAAAGACCUACACAUCUGCAUGAAAACUGCACAUUGCUUAACAUGUUAAAAUUCAUUAGCCAUGAUCACAUUUUUAACACUUCUGGACUGUGUCAUUUAAAGCAGUACAACUUUAAGUAUGCGUUUUGUGGUUUUUAAUUCAGUGAUGCUAUAAUGAGCUACACAUUAGCAUAAAAUCAGCACAUUGCUGAAUGCAUUCAAAGUCAUCUUGCAAAAGCACAGUUAAAAAGCUCUUUCCUUCUUGAGUUUAGUAAAUAUUUUAUUAUUCUGAACUCAAUGGGUGAGCUACACAUCUGCAUAAAAAUUGCACAUUGCUGAAUUUAAUACAGAAAAUCAUGCUGGAACUCACUUAAUACCUUUUUACUUCCUGGACUGUGUCAUGUAUAUCGGUGCAACCUAUAGUAUGCAUUCUACGUGUUUAAACUUAGUGGGACCAGAAAAAGCUACACAUCUGCAUAAAAACUACACAUUGCUGAACUUCAGUAUGUAUACCAUGAUUGUUAUCUUUUGUCUCUAAAAGAGCUCUCUUAGACUUAAAGCUUUUUUUGAGAUUCACUUGUUGUUAACGACACAUACACAAACAUACAGUAUGAUGGCUUCCUCACAUACCCAAACAAGCCCGUCUCCAGCUUUAUUUAAAAUCUGUUUGCAUUGAGAGCUCCCCGCUGUAUCUUAAACGUUGCCUUGUGUGCGGUUUUCUCCUUUCCGUUAGAAACUGAAGUGCCCUUGAGCAGCAGCGGUGUUUCGUGGUGGCCUCAGCUGGAGGACACACAGGAUAGAUAAGAGUGUUAUGAGUCCAUUCUGGCUGGCUACGCAUUUUAUUUUGAGAGCGUGCUGUGUCACAUUACAUUGAGAAAAUGAUUUCUUCAUGCUCUGUCAGUCUUAUCUGCCUCUUAUUCUUUCAGCUGUCAGAUUUCGCAGGCUUCAGAAAAUCUCGCAAAACAUCUCAGAAAAAGAGAGAGAGAGAGCGAGAAAUAGGACUUGGAUUUGUCCUCACAUGUGCACUAACGGCGUUUUUAUCCUCUGUCUGACUUGCACGCCUUAUCAACAUAAGCAGCCCUGGGAGAUCCAGCAUUAAGCUACUGUAGGACACAACAGGAUUUAUGCUUAAACGACGCAGGUUUCUGUUACAAUGAGGCAGCAGCUGUCCCUCAACCCCCCGACCUCACGCUGCUUGUGUUUGUUUCAGAUAUUGUUCCGGUGGGAAUUAUCGCCGGUGGUACGGUGGGCUCCUCCAUUCUGCUGCUUAUGUUCCUGCUGGCGCUCGCCUUCUUCCUCUACCGCCAACGCAAAGGCAGUGAGUGCACACAGUGGUUUUCUUUGUAAAAGCACAAACGCACACACUCACACACUGUAUAUAUACAUGUUUUAAUGUGUCUAUCACUCUUUCUUUCAUCUGCUCUCUCUAUCUGUCACUCUCCCGCUCUGAAGAAAGGAACAUACGCCAGCGUUAUAGCUUUUUAUUCAAAUGAGAUUAAUGAAUAUUCAUAUAAUAUGGCAAACUGCCGUAAAACGCCUACUCCAUGUUCCUCUUUUCAGUCUACUGACAUGCAAUUGUAUGAUGAUUUUUUUUUUUUUUCUCCUACAUAAAUAACUGGUAUUCAUGUUCUGCUCCUGUACAAGAUAAAGUACAUAAAUAACAGAGCGGGAAACAAGAGCAUUUAGGGGUGAAUAGAAUUUAAAUUAUGAAUUCCUAUAUGUUAUUUAUACAGCCUGUGGCAAUCCAAUCAGCAUUUAUGAGCAGAAAACCAGAGCACUUAAACAAACCAGGCAGAGAAGGGGAACAUGUGCUGCCUUUGAGUUGUUUAAUUUUCGGCUGCUCCAAUGCAAAGAGAGAAUUGGGAAAGACAAUGAAGGUGACUGGCAGAGUCCCCAGAGGGAUUUUCGAGGGAUGAGAGUGUAUUUUCUGCUUUAAAGAUGAUAACACCACAACAGAGGAGAUAUCAUUUGGAAAUAGAAACUCAAACAAACAUUGUUGUGUCUCCAGAUAAGCCGUCUACCAUUUGUUGUAGCAUGCAGCUCGAGACGGCGCAGACUUCACUCUUUACUUUCAAGGUUUCUGCUUUUGGAAGAUUCUUGUUUAUGUUGACAAAUAUUGACUGAGCUGUGAAAAGGAUAUAUCAUCUAAGACGAGCUGUUAUUUUAGCUUAAGGUUACAGGAGGCAGUGUUUAAGCCACAAAUAUGCCUCUUUUAUUGCCCUAAACUCCAGAUUUCUCUCUGUUAUAGACGCCUGUGUGACUAAUCUAAGAGAAACCUUUUAAUGAAAUGACAUUAAACUUGUUUAAUCUCUACCUGUGCAUAUUUAACCUUGUGCUGCUGCAGCCUUUAUGUUAAUUUGACAGCGCUCAAUUCAGACUUGUGUCACAUUACAAGGUUAAUAAGAUUGGCGCCGUGACUUUUAUGUAGAAGUGACUCUGGCGCUUAUUCAAAUAUGAGACAAACAUAUAAAUUUGCCGGCGCAUUAAGACGCGGUAACAAGGUGUGGCUGUAAAAAGGGGUUUAAAAUGCAGAGGAUUCAUUUCUUUGACUGAUUAUUUGACUUUUUUGGCAACCCACCUCUUAUAAUACAUCAUAAUAAGAACAUUUAUAAACCCUAUUACAUACAGACACUAAAACAAUCCUUCAUAACAGCCUAUAUCAAUGUUUGUGGAGUAUGAUUUAUGAUGUAUUAUAAUUAAAUUCUGGUAUUUUUAACAAAUUUUGACCCUCCAGUUGAAAAAGUUGACUGAAAGCUUAUUUAACACAUCUGUACAAGGUUCCUAACAGUUAUAAAAUCCAAUAAUUGAUUUUUGUGGUUUUGAGUAAAGUAUAAGACAAAACUGCAUCAGUUUCUAUAAGAGCCACAUUACGGAAAUUCUUAUUUUUAAGAUUUUGAAAAUAAGUCGUCAGAAAAUAAGGUCAUCAUGUUAUGAAAAUAGAGCCGAGAAUUAAGUUGUUGCUAAGUCAAAGUAUUAUGAGAAUAAGUUUUUGUUUUUAAAGGUUAAAGUUAUUUUGACAUGAGAAUAAAGUUGUGUUGAAGUCUUAGUUUUGGUUUACAGUGAGCAGCCAGAAUAAAGAGCCUGGAGUGUCUUGUUGAAGCGUACUUCAGUUUUGUAAGUUUUGCAGUUAAUGAAAUCCUUGAUAUUCUGGCACAUCAGCUGCAUGUUGAUUUGAAUAUCAGGACUCUGAAAAGAUUGUGCCAAAAACUGAGACAUGCAUUUUCCCCUUCAAAACAACAUAAUGUGACUUUAAUCUCUUAACAUAAUGACUUUUAUCUUGUGACUAUAGACUGAUCAUCAAAUUGGAGAAAGUUACUCACCUGUCAUUAUCUGAAAAUAUUUACAUUUCUGAUUUAUCAUCAGCCCCGUGUCUGACACUUCUUUGAAGAGGACAUUUCUUCAUUUCAAUAUCAUUAAUGCUUUUAUUUUGUUAUUUUCUCUGUCCUGCUUCUAAUUAGCUCUAUACCUUUUUUGUGAAACUAUGCUUUCAUUUUGAAAGGCUAUUUCUGGUAGAUCUUGAUCAUCAGUUUUAGAAGAUUUGUAGAAGAUUCUCUCAAAUUCAUCUCUCAGGAGUUAGCUCAAGCUAGCUCACUAGCACGCUGCCACUUCUUCUUCAUCUAUCUUCAGUUUUAUGGUAUUUGGCAUCCAGCACAGAGGACCACUUUUCCUAGCACUCUGAAAUCUGAUUCAGAUCUCUCUGGUUAGACGAAGAGUUAGAUUAAACAUUGAACAAAGAGCAGAUCAUGCUUUUCUCGUCAUCGCGGCUCUGAAGAUCCGACACAGCAACUCCCUCAACACUUUCUCUAAAAAAAAAACGGCAGCUCGUCUUGGCAGAGUGGACAAUCAGUUGGAUGUCCUUGGGAAAACUAUAAACUGUCCCCUGAGCUGCUUUACUUUUCCUCCUUUAAAGAGCGGGGCUGUAUAAAAACACCCACAUUUAUUAAUCUGGAUCAUCUCUCUGAGUAGUUAAACUUUUGUAAGGCUGGAUGCACAGAGGGCCGUCCUUAGUCAUCCUGUCGCCUAACGCUGCAGAUGCUCUGGACUUGCCAAAGAUAAGGUGAGCAGGGUGACAGGAAGUUUGAUGUUGUGGAUUUAAAGUCCUUUUAUAUUAUCCAUGAAUAUUUUGGAUUUAUCUUCUGAAUUUUUCUUGUUUUUGUUACAGAAUAUCAUGAAUUUAGAUUUAUUUACACUGAGUAAGAGUUAGUCCCUCUGAAACCAUUUAGAAAUACAUGAUAACUCCUAAUUUGCUUCCUGAUGAAGCAAUUAGACAGGUGUUAUCAGCAAAUAAUGAAAGUCAGUGCAUAUUAACAGAUUUAAGGUAGAUUGAUUGUGUAUAUUAGAAACAAAAGAGGACCGAGGAUUGAGCCCUGAGGUACCCCAUGGAUUAGUUUGGCCCUAAUGGAGUUUUGCCUAAUCAGAGAAACACACUUUUCUUUGGAAAUCGUAAGUUUUCCUCCAAAAAUAGACAAAUGUGCGACAAAAUGUGCAUCUUUGUGGCUUCAUUAAUAUCAAUGCAAAACAGACAACCACAAAAACAUGCUAACUCUUCCAAAUUAAAGGUGUCAGAUGAGAAAAAUGGACCAGGCACAUCUAAAACAGAAGAUUCAGCAGGUUAAAGUUGUUGCUGUACUUGUUUAAUUCGCUUUUUCGAACAGGCUGUUCAAUAAAUCAGUGAUUUAUAGUCCCGACACUGACCUGCAGUCUGACCCGAGGUUGUGUUUCUCUUCCAGGCCGGCGGGGUGUUACCCUCGGCAAACCAGACAUCAAGGUAGAGACCGUUAACAAAGAGACCCACAGCCUGGAGGAGGAGGCGGCCGACGUCUCCACAGCAACCCGCAUGGUCAAGGCCAUGUACUCCGUGAGUAGACACCCAUAUCUGAGUCACCUGGGGGUGGAGGAGAGGAGGAGGCGUACGGGUCAAUGGCCUUAAAUGCACAGAGGCAGCGACACAAAGGCCAAGAGAAACACUGCAGGAGAGGAACACACACAUAUACACGCACAUUUUCACACUUUACACACAAAGCAACAAGGUGUGACUGAACACACACAGAAAAACAGUUCACUAACACAAGCACAGAUCCAACAUAAACCACUGUUACUCCUCGAACGACCUGAAUAAACCAAGAGACGAGAAAUCUGAAACAUUAGGAGAUAAUACACACAUUUAUUCUCACUUUCAUACGAUCGCACAUAUGGAAGAUCCUGAGCCUCACACAGAUAUAACAGAUAAUAACAAAGUCACACACAUGCAAAGGAAACACAUCCACACACUCCUUUAAACACUAGAAAGAGAUCAGCCUUGGAAGUCUUGGAAAAAUGGGAUCAACCCGCUCCAAGGCGCUUUUUCCAACCGCUUAUCGUUUUUCGUCUUCCUCUCUCUUGGGAUGAGAAACCUGAAACUCUGUUUUCCUCUCCCCUCCCUCUCUUCCUUCUCCUUUCCUUUUCUCACCCUCCCUCUUUCCGUGUGUGUGUUUCGUUGUUUGAUGGUUUAGUUUCUGCCCUCUGUUUCCCUCUCUCCCUCCACUCAGCCGUUCAAAGACGACAUGGACCUGAAGCAGGACGUCCGGAGCGAGGGCGACACCAGGGAGGAGUACGAGCUGAAGGUGAGGCGGCUGAUCGAUGACACUGACCGGGUUUCUUCUCGUCAUGUUUCUUUCGCAGCAUCUUGAAAUUCAAUCCAUGCAUGUUGUAUAAACUUGGCAUAAUUCAUGGCUUGCAGUCAUCUCCGUCAUGAAAUGUGAGUUAAAAGAUUCCACCUCCUCCUCAGGUUGGGCAUGAGCUCUUAAAACUCAGCGUAAUUCUCUUAAUGAUGAUAUUUCUUUUAAAGAUUUGUCGCCAUUAAGCUCCCAAAAGAAGAUGUAGGCGAGUCUUCAAGUGUCAUCACAGGUUACCUCUGGAGUAGAGCGUGAUCAACUCUACAUUUUUCCUCAUUUAAUCACAAUUAAAACUCAAGGAUCCUUAAUUUUUUCCCACUAAACCUGAAAAACCUUUCAUUAAAAGUGGUCGUACUCUAAUUUUAAAAAAAUUAGAGCCAAUGCAUUUUAAUAUUAAUGCAAGGCAUUGUUAGGUUUCUAUAUUUAUAUAUACCUUAGGCAUCAGUCUAUUAGUCUUUUGGGGUCUUAUUUCUAACACCAAUCUCCCCUCAGCAUUAACACAUCCAAAUCAAAAUGUCUAAAAUCUGCAAUUCGUCCACUAGCCAACAGAGGUCACUACAGAGGACCUUUUUUAUAAAACAAUAAAAAAAAAAAUUCUGUUGAGUCGGCAUUUUCAUAACAACUUUGUCGUCUCAACUCCGAGUUUCAAGAGGAAGAACUUUAUUGACCCCUGAAGGGAAAUUCAAGUCUUCUUUAACAGCGCGGUGUUAGUCCAGGCAGGCCAUGAGGUCAAGCUCAGCCCACUGUUGAUCUAAUCAUCUAAAUGUCUAUAAGGGUUUUCUACCCACCUACACCCCCAAGCUCCAUCUUUUUAUUGCGCUGUGUCUGAUUUCGUCAUAUGUAUCAUCACUAAAGCUGUUUUUAUAUCUUUGCUGCUGCUCUCCCUGCCUCCGAUUUUGGUUUUCCAUGUUAGCAUGUGGAAGCUCUCAGAACAGAGCCCUACCACUAAAUAUAAAGCAAUUAAAAUAGUUUAUAUUUUUGGGUCUUUAGUAAAGUAUAUUUUUUGUUUAUGCCAGUAUGAGAAUAAGAAUAACUUUACUUAUCCACUAAGGGAAAUUCAAUUGUCUGUAGUCUCAUUUAGGCCAGAACAAGCCAAAAAGUCCGGUGUGUCUGAGACUGAGGCUGCCCAUGAUGACCAUUUUGAAUCAAACAUGUUGGAAAAUGUUGACAAUUCUGAUAAUGAAAACAAUAAGAUACUUAAAGUGCUCCAAUCAAGUUUGAAUUUGCAAACCAGUGGGUCACAGCAUGCUAGCUCUGUCCUCUACUUCUUUGAAUAGUUUGUGUCCUCGGGUCGGCUGUUGCGCAGGUUAGCUUUUCCCCACCUUUAUCUUUGUAUGUGUGUCUUUAUGGUCGUUACACACUGUGUCGUUCACACACAUAAUGAAGGCUACAUUCAUCCGUCACAUAGCAUGAAAGGCUCGCCACCAACUGCAUCGACGCUGUCAAUCAUAUCAGCUUACAGUGUGACUUACAGUUUACAAGACAGAUGAAGCAUGAUAAUGAGUGAAAAUGAUCGUCUGAUUAUUGCAAAUUGAGGGUUUGAUUUGUGGUUAAUUUAUUCACAGAGUUAUAAAAUCACAAGUGUGAUUCAGUCAGACUAACGAUAAAUAGAUUUCUUGCACAACAUGUUAAAAGUUACUGAGUGAUUCUUUUUACGAACAGACUGAUGGACUAACAUCCUCUCAUUCAAUCACAGGAUCCAACCAAUGGCUACUACAACGUCAGAGCCACCACCCAUGAUGAGGCCCGCCCCCAGUCCCGGUCCAUCCACUACCAGGGAGAGUUUCGUUCCCCCAACACGAACAGCGGACCGGCUGGUGCGACUUCCAGCGGACCCCCGGCUGCUGCCAGCGGUGCAGUGCCCCCCAGCCAAGUGCCGGGCUCGAGAGCAGGCUGCUACGACCCCCGCCCUCCUUCCAGGAUGUCACACGCCACCUACGCCCAGUUCAACACCUUCACCAGGGUGGCGCAGAGCCAGCAAGCACCCCCAAAUCCGGCUCUUCAGUCACCUGGGGAUUACCCCGGAGACUGCGGCCUGUUGGACAGCAACACCCAGCUGGCCUACGACAACUACGGAUACCCCUCCCAGUAUCCCAGCUACCGCAUGGGUUUUGCUCCACCCAUAGAGGAGGGGCCGGCUUAUGAGAUGUAUCCAACAGGACAAGGGACAGGACCAGGACCUGGCCCUGGCCCUGGCCCUGGCCCUGGUCCUGGUCCUGGCCCUGGUCCCGGUCCUGGUCCUGGUCCUGGUCCGGGGCCUGGACAGCAGAGUCCUGAAGCAGGACUAGGGCAGUAUGGAACCUCCACUCGCUUCUCUUACUCAUCUCCACCUUCUGACUAUUCCCAAAGACACACACAGCGGAUGCAGACUCAUGUUUGA